GUUCCCAGCCUGGAUGCCUCGGCUGGUGGAACUGCUGUCAGGAGAAAAAACAAAACUACAGCGUCAACUGUAGUUUUGUUUUUUUGGUGGAUCGGGUCUUUGGAGGUUCAGGUUCUGGAUUUUGGGAACUAAACUUUGUGGAUAAAGAGACUUUUGUGUGAGAGAAGAACCCGACGGCAUCCUUGUGCAGACAAGGUGCCGACCAACAUGUCAACACAGGCGCCGACGUUCACGCAGCCGCUGCAGAGCGUCGUGGCACUAGAGGGUAGUGCUGCGACAUUCGAGGCUCAAGUUAGUGGUUCUCCGGUUCCUGAGGUGAGCUGGUUUCGUGAUGGUCAGGUUCUUUCCGUUGCGGCUUUGCCCGGCAUUCAGAUCUUGUUCAGCGACGGCCGCGCUGUUCUGAGGAUCCCCACCGUGACCGCCGCACACAGCGGAAGGUUUUCUGUCAGAGCCACCAACGGAGCUGGACAAGCCACGAGCACCGCUGAACUCCUCGUUACAGCUGAGACGGCGCCCCCUAACUUCCUCCAGAGGCUGCAGAGCUCCACGGUGAGACAAGGCAGCCGGGUGAAGUUGGACGUUCGAGUCUCCGGCAUCCCGCCGCCCGCCGUGAAGUUCUACCGAGAGGGAGCCGAGAUCCAGAGCUCGGCCGACUUCAGGAUUCUCCAGGAGGGAGAGCUGUACAGUCUGCUGAUCGCCGAGGCUUUCCCCGAGGAUUCUGGGACAUAUUCUGUGACCGCCUCCAACAGCAGUGGACGAGCCACCUCCACCUGUGAGCUGCUGGUUCAGGGUGAGGAAGCCGUACCGAUGAAGAAAACCAAGACUAUUUCGUCCUCGACCCAGAUGUCCUCGUCUCAGACCGGAGUCCAGAGGAAGGUGGAGUCCAGCUUCCAGGCCUCCGCCAUGAUGGAGAUGCACGUGGAAGGAGGAAUGAUGAUGACUCAGCAUAUCGCUCACAAAACCCCCCCGAGGGUUCCCCCAAAGCCCGCCUCCAAGUCCCCCUCGUCCUUCGUUUCCAAAGUGACGGGAGGACGCCAGCAGUCUCCUUCACCUGUCCGUCACGUGAAGGGGCCGACACCCACACCUGUCAGACCUGUCUCACCCGCCAGCAGACUGUCUGUCUCUCCCAUCAGACCAGUGAAGUCUCCCAUCAUGACCAGGAAACUGCUCUCCUCCUCUGCUGAGGUCCUUCCUCCAUGGAAGCAGGCGGGCUUUGUGUCAGAGGCCAGUUACACCAGUAUGACCAGUAUGAGCAGUGUGAGCAGCUCCACUCAGCUCCACAUGGAGAAGCACUGGGAGCAGCAGGUCAGCGCCACCAGAGAGGCUGAGGGAGGGGUGAAAGCCGAGGCGGUGGCCUUAGUGGUGGCCGCCGUCGACCUGGCUCGGGUCCGCCGGCCCGAGCAGGCUGAAGAGGAAGAGGAGGAGGAGGAGGAGGAGGAAGUUGUAGAGAUGAAGAUGAAGGAAGAGAAAAGCGUUGUAGAGUUGAAAACACUUCCUGCUGAACCUCCUCCGGUCGUCGUGGCCGUGGUGGCCUCAGACCAGCUCAGGGUCCAGGUCUCUCAGAUUCAGGGAUCAACAGAAUCCUCGUCUCCAGUUCCACAUUUCACCGUUUCUAAAGUUUCUGUCCCCAAACAUGAGCCGAGCCUCGAGGUUUCCAUCGCCGGCUCUGCUAUCGCCGCUCUGCAGAAGGAGUUGUCCUCGUCCUGUCACAGAAAGAUCAUCAAGCCCGUCAAGUCUCCCAGUCCGUCUCGUAGGGCGGUGGCGGUGGUGGUGAAGAAGCCCCUCCCAUCGCCGUUCAGACAAGUCCUAUAUCAGUCUGAGUCCCGGGUGGUGAGCGCAAUGAGUGAGGAGGAGUUUGAGGACUGGGAGCCUCAGGAGGCAGCUGCUGUUCUCUCCAGAGCUCAGGAUCCCGUUGUUCCUCCCACUCUUAGUGCUGGCCUGAAGAACGUGACAGUGACGGAGGGCGAGUCGGUGACCCUGGAGUGUCAGAUCAGUGGUCACCCAGCUCCAGACAUCCUGUGGCUCAGAGAGGACUACAAGAUCGAGACCUCCAUCGACUUCCAGAUCAGCUACGUGAGCGGCUUUGCCCGGCUGGUGAUCCGCGAGGCAUUCGCCGAAGACAGCGGACGCUUUACCUGCACCGCCACCAGCGAGUCAGGAACCGUCAGCACCUCCUGCUACCUGCUGGUCAAAGUGUCGGAGGAAAUUGAGAGUAGAGAGGAAACGAUGACUGUCACUCAAACUGGAGUCGCUCAGGAGAAAAGCGUUGUGCUGGAGUUAAAGCAGCAGACGGUGGUGGAGGAGAGUUCAGGAGAGUCCGCCGCUCCGUUCUUCAUCAGGAAGCCCAGCGCUCAGAAGCUGGUGGAGGGAGGAGGCGUCUUCUUCGAGUGUCAAGUCGGAGGAAACCCCAGACCUCACGUCAUCUGGAAGAAGAGCGGUGUACCGCUCACCACCGGAUACAGAUACAAAGUCACCUACAAGAAGGAGACCGGAGAAUGUAAACUGGAGAUCUCCAUGACGUUUGCUGACGAUGCCGGAGAAUACUCCAUCUUUGUGAAGAAUCCACACGGAGAAGCUUCAGCCUCCGCCAACCUGCUGGAGGAAGAGGAAUACGAAGCUUACAUGAAGCAACAUGACGUGACGUACAAAACCGAAGUGACGACGACGACGACGGUGGUCCAGGACCCGUCUGUGGUCGUGAGUCAAUACGAGCUGGAGCAGCGGAGGGUGACGACCCCCAUGAGCUUCGUCUCAGAAACGGAAUUUAUGAUUUCAGCAUUUGAAGAGAGGAUCAUCCAGGAGGUGGAGCUCCGCAUCAUGAUGAUCUCCUACAGAGAGCUGGUGAUCGAGGACGGAGAGCUGACGGUGAUGGUGGCGGAGGAGGAGGCGGUGCAGCCGGCCUUCGACACGCCUGUCAAAAACUACAGGAUCAUGGACGGAAUGGGCGUCACUUUCCACUGCAAGAUGGGUGGAAUUCCUCUGCCAAAGAUUGCUUGGUACAAAGACGGCCAGCGUAUCAGACCUGGUGGACGUUACCAGAUGGAGGUUCUUCAGGACGGACGAGCCAGCCUCCGUCUGCCCGUGGUGCUACCGGAGGAUGAGGGCGUGUACACCGCCUUCGCCUCCAACAUGAAGGGAAAUACCGUCAGCUCUGGGAAGCUCUACGUGGAGCCAUCCGGAGCUGUGACCCCUCAGAGAUACACGCCACAGCCAGCGAUGCAGAGGAUCAGAUCCACUUCUCCUCGUUCUCUGAGCCGCUCACCCGGACGUUCUUCCAGUCGUUCUCCCGGACGUUCUCCGGCCCGCCGACUCGACGAGACGGACGAGGCUCAGCUGGAAAGACUGUACAAGCCUGUGUUUGUCCUGAAACCUUCCUCAAUUAAAUGCUCUGAGGGGCAAACUGCCAGAUUCGACCUGAAGAUCGUAGGCAGACCGAUGCCAGACGCAUACUGGUUCCACAAUGGGCAACAAGUGGUUAAUGACUACACCCACAAGAUAGUGGUCAAAGAGGACGGUGUCCAGUCCUUGAUCAUCGUCCCGGCCUUGCCACAAGACUCUGGAGAGUGGACAGUCGUCGCUCAGAACAGAGCUGGACGGACUUCAGUCUCUGUAACUCUUACUGUUGACGCUCGAGAAAGCCUGACGCGCCCUCAGUUCAUUGAGAAGCUGAAGAACAUCACUGUAAAACAGGGCACUCUGGUUGAACUGGCUGUCAAAGCCAUUGGAAACCCUCUGCCUGACAUCGUCUGGCUGAAAAACAGUGAUAUUAUCACCCCACACAAGCACCCACAAAUCAAGAUUGACGGAACUAAAGGAGAGGCCAAAUUCCAGAUCCCAUCUUCUUCGGGCUCAGACAGCGCCUGGUACACAGCUACAGCCAUCAACAAGGCUGGCAGGGACACCACUCGCUGCAGAGUCAACGUUGAGGUUGACUUCACUGCUCCUCACACUGAGAGGAAGCUCAUUAUCACCAAAGGAACCUACAAAGCCAAGGAGAUCGCCCCUCCCGAGUUGGAGCCCCUUCAUCUGCGAUAUGGUCAAGAGCAGUGGGAGGAGGGCGACCUUUACGACAAAGAGAAGCAACAGAAACCACAGCUCAAGAAGAAGCUGACUUCCAUCAGAAUGAAGCGUUUUGGUCCGGCUCACUUUGAGUGCAGACUGACCCCUAUCGGUGACCCCAACAUGAUGGUGGAGUGGCUGCACGACGGCAAACCCCUGGAAGCUGCUAACAGGUUGCGCAUGGUCAAUGAAUUUGGCUACUGCAGUCUCGACUAUGAAUCUGCUUAUGCCAGAGACAGUGGCGUCGUCACCUGCAGAGCCACGAACAAGUUCGGAGUCGACCAAACCUCAGCCACCCUGAUCGUCAAGGACGAGAAAGGUCUUGUUGAGGAGACUCAGCUCCCUGAAGGCAGGAAGGGAUUGCACAGAAUGGAUGAGAUCGAGCGCAUGGCUUACGAGGGAGGACCUUCAGGAGUCACCACUGAUGACGAAUUUGAAAAGACCAAACCUGAUAUCGUCCUCAUUCCUGAACCAGCCAGAGUGCUCGAAGGCGACAUUGCGCGAUUCCGCUGCAGAGUGACCGGUUAUCCAUUACCCAAGGUUAACUGGUACCUGAACGGACAACUGAUCCGCAAGAGCAAGAGAUACAGACUUCGUUAUGAUGGUAUUUACUACUUGGAGAUCGUCGACGUCAAGUCCUACGACUCCGGAGAAGUCAGGCUGGUUGCAGACAAUCCUCUUGGCACAACCGAGCACACUGUGAAGCUGGAGAUCCAACAGAAAGAGGACUUUAGAUCUGUGCUGCGUCGCGCUCCAGAACAGAAGGCCGCAGAGGCUUCAAAUGACCCCGGCAGAAUCGGAUUUGAUGUUGUGAAGGUCGACGUACCCAGCGAGUCCGCGCAGGACAGGGAGGUUGUUAAGCUGCGUAAGACACAGAGAGUUGUUCACGAGAAGACCUCAGAGGAGUCAGACGAACUGAAGAGCAAGUUCAAGCGCAGGACCGAGGAAGGUUUCUACGAGUCCAUUUCUGCUGUGGAGUUCAAGUCUCGCAGGAGGGACGACUCCUACGAGGAUCUGCUGAAGAAGACGAAGGACGAUCUGCUUCAUCGCUUGAAAGAGAAAGAAGAAGCUGAGAGGAAGAUGAUGGAGGAACAAGGCAAACUCACCAUCCCCACAAUCAAACCGGAGAGGUUCCAGCUCUCCCCCAGCAUGGAAGCACCCAGGAUCCUGGAACGCAUCACAAGCAAGACGGUCACUCCGCUGGAUGAGGUUAAUUUCCGAGUCAGAGUCGUCGGCAGACCAGAACCCGAGUGCCAGUGGUUCAAGAACGGCAUUCUAGUGGAAAGGUCUGACCGCAUUUACUGGUACUGGCCUGAAGAUCAUGUGUGUGAACUGGUGAUCAGAGAUGUGACAGCAGAGGACUCUGCUAGCAUCAUGGUCAAAGCCAUGAAUGUCGCUGGGGAGGCCUCCAGCCACGCCUUCCUGCUUGUGCAAGCCAAGACAGCAAUCAGCUUCAUCCAAAACUUAAUGGAUACCAGUGCAAAUGAGAAGGACACCAUGGUGACUUUUGAGUGCGAAACCAACGAACCUUUCAUCAAAGUCAAAUGGCUCAAGAACAACAUGGAGAUCUUCUCCGGAGAUAAAUACAGAAUGCACUCAGACAGAAAGGUCCACUUCCUGUCUGUGCUGAUAAUUGAAAUGAGGGAUGAUGCCGAAUACUCUAGUGUGAUCGUAGACGACGAGAGCAUCAGGACGAGUGCGAGGCUCCAUGUCGAAGGUGCUGCCCUGGAGCUCAUCAAACACAUGGAGAACAUUGAGGUGCCGGAGACUUACUCUGGAGAGUUUGAGGUGGAACUGUCUCGCGAGGACGCUGAGGGCAGCUGGUUCUUCGGAGACAAGGAGCUGUCUCCCAGCAGUAAAUACAUCAUGUCCUCCCGCAGAGGAAGACAAACCCUGUCCAUCAGGGACGUCAGGAAAGUAGACCAGGGGAAAUAUACCUUCGUAUGUGGAGACCUUAAGACCAGCGCCUCACUGAAGAUGAAAUUGCGCCCGGUGACGCUGAUGCAGCCCUUGACUGACCUCACGGUUUGCGAGGCUGACAUCGCUCAGCUGGAGGUGAGGUUCUCCCAGGAGAACGUUGAGGGAACCUGGAUGAAGAACGGCCAAGCCAUCUCGGCCUCGGACCGCGUCCACAUUGUAAUCGACAAACAGGUCCACAAGCUGCUGGUGGAGAACGUCACCAGAGACGAUGCUGCUUCCUACUCUUUCGUGGUUCCUGCCCAAGACAUCUCCACCUCGGGCAAACUCAGUGUUCAAACCAUUGACAUUGUGGCGCCACUUAAGGAUGUGUCCUCCAUGGAAGGCACCAAGGCUGUUCUAGAGGCCAAGAUCUCGGCUCAGGACGUCAGCUCGGUCAAAUGGUACCACAACGACAAACUACUGAUGCCUAGCGACAGAAUCCAGAUGGUCACAAAGGGAGCCAAGCAGCGUAUGGUCUUCACCCGGACCUUCGCUUCUGAUGAAGGACAAUAUAAACUGGUGGUCGGCAAGGUCGACACCAGCUGCAGCCUGACUGUGGAAAAGGUACACAUUGUGAAGCACAUGGAGGACAAAGUGUGCUCAGAGUCCCAGAAUGUCACCUUUAAAGUAGAAGUGUCCCACCCGGGUAUCGACCCGGUCUGGACUUUCAGGAACCAGCAGCUCAAACCUGGAGCCAAAUACAAGAUGGAGACCAAGGGCAAGGCUCACUCUCUGAUGGUCAUUGACACCAUGAAGGACGAGGAGGGCCAGUACACGUUCCACGCUGGUGAAAAGAUGUCCAGUGCCAAGCUCACUGUCUCCGGUGGAGCCAUCACUCGGCCCCUGCAGGACGUGACGGUGGCCGAGUCUCAGACGGCUGUGCUGGAGUGUGAAGUCGCCAACGCCAACGCUGAGGGCAAGUGGCUGAAGGACGGCCAGCACGUGGACUUCAACGAGAACGUGGUGAGCGAGGUGGACAGGGCCGUCAGACGCCUCGUCAUCGUCAUCACCAGACCGCAGGAUGUCGGAGAGUACACCUACCAGGUGGCCAACUCCAAGACCACCGCCAACCUCAGGGUGGAGGCGGUGAAGAUCAAGAAGACUCUGAGGAACCAGACGGUGACGGAGACGCAGGAGGCCGUGUUCACGCUGGAGCUCACCCACCUGGACGUGAAGGGGUCCCAGUGGAUCAAGAACGGUGUGGAGCUGCAGAACAGCCACAAGUACGAGAUCACCUCCGACGGCACGGUGCAGACGCUGAAGGUCAAGAGCUGCAACAUGCAGGACGAGUCCGUCUAUUCCUUCAAACUGGGAAAACUCUCGGCCAACGGCAGACUCAACGUAGAGACCAUCAAAAUCAUCAAGAAGAUAAAGGACGUGUCGUCGCUGUUGGACAGCACCGCCUCCUUCGAGAUGAGCCUGUCACAUGACAACAUCCCCGUCAGGUGGAUGUUUAAAGGGGCGGAGCUUAAGCCCAGCGACAGGUGUAAGAUUCUGUCAGAGCGGAAAGCUCACAAACUGGUCCUGCAGAACAUCGACAGCAGCAGCGCCGGAGAGUACAGCGCCGUGGUGGGACACCUGCAGAGCAGCGCCACGCUCACCGUGGAGGCCCUGCGAGUCACCAAACCCCUAAAAAGCGUCAAAGUCCCAGAGACCCAGGUGGCCACGUUGGAGUGCGAGGUUUCUCACUUCAAUGUGCCGUCCACCUGGCUGAGAGACGGCGUGGAGAUCGAGAUGAGCGAGAAGUUCAGGAUCGUGGUUCAGGGAAAACUGCACCAGCUGAAGAUCAUGAACACCAGCAGGGACGACUCUGCAGAGUACACCUUCGUCUGUGGGAACGACCGAGUGUCUGCAACGGUCACCGUCAGCCCCGUCCUCAUCACCUCCAUGCUGAAGGACCUGAACGCUCAGGAGAGAGACACCAUCACCUUCGAGGUGACCGUGAACUACGAGGGCGUCACCUACAAGUGGCUGAAGAACGGCGUGGAGGUGAAGUCCUCCGACAGGUGUCAGGUCCGCAGCCGGCAGCUCACGCACACGCUCAGCAUCCGAAACGUCCACUUCGGGGACGGAGGGGAGUACCAGUUCGUGGCGGGGUCCGCCGCCAGCGCCGCCAACCUGUUCGUGGAAGCUCGUGUGAUUGAAUUCACCAAGAAGAUCAAAGACAUAAAGAUCACAGAGAAGAAGAAGGCCAUCUUUGAGUGUGAGAUCUCUGAGCCCAACACUCAGGUGAUGUGGAUGAAGGACGGUCAGGAGCUGGACAUGUCUGAGGAGAGGUACACGGUGACGACAGAGAAAUACGUUCACCGCCUGAUGAUCCAGACGGUUCGCAUGUCCGACGCCGGCGAGUAUUCGGUGGUGGCCGGAUCCAGCGUGUCCAAAGCCCAGCUGACCGUGGAGGGCCGAGACGUCCGGAUCUCCGAACCCGCCGAGCGGGAAAUCACGGUUCUGGAGAAACACCGAGCCACCUUCGAGUUCGAGGUGAACGAGGACGACGUGGAGGGUCGCUGGAUGAGAAACGGGGUGGAGAUCCAGUUCUCGGUGGAGGAGAGGUUCAACUACGUCGCCAUCAGGAAGCUGCACCGCCUCACCAUCUCUGAGACCUACCGGAGCGACGCUGGAGAGUACACCUUCAUAGCCGGCAAGAACCGGAGCACCAUGAACCUCCGAGUCAACAUCCCGGAGCCUCCUCAGAUCCUCCGCCACAUGGAGCCCCAGGCGGUGGAGGCCGGUAAACCCGCUCGCUUCUCGGUGCGGUUGGGCGGCGUCCCUCAGCCUCAGGUCUCCUGGUACAAGAACUCUCAGGCUCUGUCUCCGGGCUUCAAGUGCAAGUUCCUCCACGACGGCGACGAGCACUCGCUGCUGCUGAUCGAGGUGUUCCCCGAGGACGCCGCCGUCUACAACUGCGAGGCCAAGAAUGACUACGGUGCCGCCACGAGCACCGCGGCGCUCCACGUGGAAGUGUCCGAGGUUGUUUCUCCGGACUCCGCUGCUACCGUCGCUCCUCCUGUCGUCAUGACUCCCAUCGGCAGCACCUCUACCCGCGAGGGGGAACCGGCUCGCUUCCAGUGCCGAGUCCGAGGAGACGAUGUGAAGAUCAGCUGGUUCCACAAGGAGAAGGAGAUCAAGCAGUCGGACUUCUUCAGGAUGUCUCAGUUUGACGACAGCUGUCAGCUGGAGAUCUCCAGAGUUUACCCCGAGGACGAAGGCGAGUACACCUGCCGGGCCUCCAACAACGCCGGGACGGCCUCCUGCUCCGCUACGCUCACUCUGGACGGGCACAAACACACCGUGGACAUUCCCGCUGUGUCUCAGAGACACGUCUCCACCAGCCUCACCGCUAUAAAGAAACCAUCCGUCAGCCAAAAGCCGGUUUUCCUCCAGCCGAUCGCGAGCCUCAUGGUGCCUCACGGGGAGGUGGCGCGCUUCCACGCAUGCGUGUCCGGCACGCCGAAGCCGGAGAUCAGCUGGUUCCACGACCGGCAGCCGGUCCGUCCCACCAAGAACGUGGUGUUCCACUUCGACGAGGCGUCGAGCACCGCCGUGCUCAUCAUAGUUGACGCUUUCUCCGAGCACGCGGGGCAGUACACCUGCAGGGCCGCCAACAGCGCCGGAGAGGCCGUGUGCUCGGCCACACUCACAGUAACCACCAAUGAAGAAGAAGAAGAAGUGACUCACGUCAGAGAACACAUCGAAGCCAAGAUCGAGCAAGAAGUCAAAGAACGUUGUAGCACCACCAUCACCACUGUGGAAGAACAAGAGGAAACCUACUACACUGGUGUCCAGUUACCACAGAAAACAAAAACACUUGAACUCAAGCCAGAGUCGAAACGUUACUCUUCCUCUUUAGAGAAGAAAAAAGAAAAGCCAGUUUUCCUCAGCCAGCUCGCCCCAGCAGCCGUGACCACCGGAGAAACGGCCCGGUUCACCGUCAAAGUGUCCGGCCUUCCAAAGCCGACCGUUCAAUGGUCUCACGGCGGGAAGGUCAUUAGGACCUCCUCCAUUUACAAGCUGAUAGAAGAGAAGGAGGAGUACACGCUAGUAAUCACAAAGGUCACAUCUGAGUUUGAGGGCGAGUACUCUUGCACUGCCACCAACAGAUUCGGUCAGACAACGUGCACCACAUACCUCGAGGUGAAAAAGUCUGAUGUUAGCCAGGCAGAGAAAUGGGUAGAGAAGAUGUUCACGGUCACGGGUCAACCUCCUACUUUCACAAUUCAGAUCCAACCUGUGAGGUGCUCAGAAGGACGGGAGGUUUCUUUUAAUUACAAAGCCAGUGGUGAUCCGAUCCCUGGUGUGACGUGGUUCAAGGGGGCUUUUCAGAUCCAGCCCAGUAGAAACUGCAUCGUUAUAGCCAACCCAGAUGGAUCUGGCGUUAUCAGUAUCAAGAGUGUCACACAGAAGGACAGUGGUCUGUAUACAUGUAAGGCCUCCAACCAGUUUGGGGAGGCGUCUUGUAGUGCCGAGCUUGUUGUGUUCAGAGAGUCCGUCUCUGUUUCUCACAAACAGGAGCAGCUGACGACGGUUCAGAAGAAAAGCUACAAGGUUUCAAUGACGGAACAAGCGACAGAGUCUCGCUUGUACCAGGUCAGCCUCCCAGGCCAGGACAGAGCCAGGUCAGAUCAGAUGGUUUACACCAUCGGCACUGAAGACCGGCAGAUAAUUCCCAGUGAGCAAGUGGGCUCCCUCGGCGAGCUAGAAAUCUCUGCUGCCACUAUUCAUUGCGAGCAGCUGACCCACCAGGCAGCAAUGCUUCAGUCUCACGAGAUGGAGGAGAGGGUGUCUGUGGUUCCCACCCGUCCGCCUCAGGUCUCGACCAUUCCUGUGAAACAGCUCCACAUGACGGCGUUUACGUCGUCAGUUGAAGAGAGUCAGGACCUCACAGAGCAGCACUGUGAUCGCAUUGUAAGCCCCGAGGUCAUUGAGCUCCAGGCAGCUCGAGAAAAGAGGUCAGUGGUGAUGUCAGCUGUUGCUGAGGAGCUCACCCCACUUUCUACUGUUAGCACAGAGUCUCUGGCCGACAGGAAGUCUGCGACCAUCAGGCCCACUUCAGAACCUAAACAUCUAGUCAGUGGGCAUCAAGUUGAGUCACAACUGCCCAUCCUAAAAGAGGAGUCUCAGGAUAUCCCCAAAACACAGGAGGAGAAGGGUUAUAAGGUUAAAGAAGGUGUUAAGAUUUUAUACUCAGCCCAGUCUGCAGAGAAACGGGUGCUUGCAGAGGGCCACACAACUGAACUAGCAACAGCAGACUCUGCUGUGAAGUCCUCCGUAGGUAAAGAACAGCACCGACCUGUCUUGGCCUCAGUCAGCGAGUCUAAACAGACUCUUUCCAAGGAGACUAAGUUCUCCAUGAUGAGGCCCACUGAGGAGACAGCCCAUCUCUGUAAGGAUAGAGUGAUGAAUGUAGCGCUAACUGCUGAAGAGAAGCAAAUGCUGCAGGCUGAGCCCACUCAGCAGCUGCCAGGUCUGGCCAGUGCCAUGUCCAUUCAGUCACAGGUAGAAGGAGAGCAGUUGUUGCACCUGCAGGUUAUCACAGACCAGGACCUCCUUCCAUCUGAGAAGAGCUUCACCUGUGAGAAACCCGCACCAGAGCAGGCAGGAGCUAGAAAGAGUCCCACUCUGCUGCACACCGUUACCCAAGAUGAGCAGAGGACAGUAGUUUAUGAGGACACAUCAGAGUUUGAGGCCAAGGCUAGCACCACGACGAUCCAGCCCCAGAAAGAGGCUCCUGCUUCGCUGCAUCUCCCGUCAUCCCAAUCUGUGGAGGCGCUACCCAAAGAGGGUAUCCUCACAAUUGAGAAGCCCGAACAGCAGGUGGCGGCGCAGAAACAAGAAAAGACGAGGAGGCACGCAGCCACCUCGGAGGAGAGAAGGGAGCUCACGGCAGAUUAUCACACAGAGCUGGAUCUGUCCGUGACGGGCUUUCAGUCUCAACUUCGGACUGAACCCAGGCCUCAGAACAUCCUCCAGCUCUCCUUCCAGCCCAUGCAGCUGCCGAAAGAGACGCCAGUUACUUCCGACGUCAAGCAGCAGCGAGCUUUGGUGCAGAAGGAGGAUCGCUUGAACGAGAUGCAUGUCCCCAGUGUGGCCGACAGUCAGGCCUUAGAGGAGGGCCACACUGAGAGUCUCACCGCCGUGGAUAAAUUCACCUGCCAGAUGGCGGUAGAGCCAAAACUUCCCACAGAGCCGAUCCAGAUUGAGGAGAAGGAGAUCUCCACUGAGAGUAGUGUCCUUCUAGAGGCAGCAGAACAGGACUUUGCCGUUCAGAUCCAGGAGGGACAGUCAGUCAGGCAGUCUAUAGUGAUGGACGAGAAGCGAGUGCUGACCGGUGAGCUCUCUCAAGAGAUCACCAAGUCUGAGUCCACUAAAGUCAUCGUCACCACACAGCCGAAACUGUCCAUUAUGGCAUCGGAAUCGAAAGACAGCACCGCUCUUCCCAAAGAGAUGACAUUUGUGAUUCACAUCCCUAAACCUUUCAGUCUAAAUAUUCGGCGUCAGCUCAGAGACGCUCUUCAGUCCGCUACGGCCAGCGACCAGCCGGUGUUACUGGCUGACGUGGUGGGAAGGUUACAGGCUGUAGAGGUACAGGAAGUCAAGGUUCAGCGAGAGCCCAAGCGGGCCAUGUUUACAUACCUGAUCACAACAACAGGUGCCCCCAUGGAGAUCACCCUGGCUUUUGAGGGUAAAUACCCUCAGACAGCUGACAUCAGGACUGAACUCCAAGCAGCUUUCCACUCCAUAGUUUACCAGGAAGCCGACGUUCUUACCUCAGACCAGCCGGGCACUAUGCAGCUAGACAAACCUCAAAGGGCGCAGGUCACCUCGGCCCGCUCUAAGCAAAUGCUGUCAUCCACGGUAGAGACUGUGAGCAUGGCAGAGAGUGCGUUGGACUUCACUGCUGUUAAAUCUCAGGCUGCCGCACUCAAGACAGAGUCCAAAAUGGCAGUCGAAUGUGCUGCCGCUGAGCAACAGGUUGUGGUGCAGGAAUCCAAGGCAGCAAUGAUGGAACAGUCCAUCUCAUCUCAGUUCAAAGUCUCCACAGAGUCUCACGUGUCUUUUGAGCAGUCGGUGCAGGUGUCGAGGCAGGAAGUGAGGUCAGUGACGGUGAAAAGCACAGAGAAAGAUGUAGGAGCGGCUGUUGUUAUCACAACCCUGCCUCCCACCACCGUUCCCACCGAACAGGUGGUGGAUGUGAGCAUCCAGAAGGAGCACAGGGAGGAGAUCUUUAAAGAGGAGAUCACUGUAUCCAGGGCAGAACAGAGAGAAUACCCUGUAAUAGUCACCUCCCUCAAAGAUUUAUCCGUCGACGAAGAUAGUAAGAUAACUUUUAGCACCACCAUUAAGUACGUCACAAAGGUAAACUGGUUUUUCAAUGGGCAAUUGGUGAACUCUGGCAAAGAGUUCAAGUGUUCCAAAGAUCACGACACAUACACAUUGGUUAUCAACAAAGUUGUCAAGGAGAGGCAUCAAGGAGAAUAUGUUUGUGAGGCUGAGAAUGAGGCCGGCAGGACUUCAACAUCUUCAAGACUCACUGUGGUCUCAAGAGCACCGCCAGUCUUUAGGCAGAAAAUCAUGCCUCUGGAGAUAAACAUCGGCAGCCAGGCCAAGUUCGAUUGUGAAAUCGAAGACGCCUUGAGUGUGACCUUCAAAUGGUACAAGUCUGCCAUUGAAAUCAAGCAGAGCGAGAAGUUCAGGAUCCUCAGCCGCCACACCAGUUCCUCCUUGGAGCUCCUAAACCCAAUCAAAGCCGACAGCAACGAAUACACCUGCAAGGCUUCAAACCAACACGGCACUGACAGCUGCACCGCCAUGCUAAUCGUCACCGAAAUGUACCCGCCGGUAUUUGUAUCAAAACCUGACCCAAUGACUUUAUACGUGGGCAAACAAGCUGUGCUCCAGUGCUCACUCACUGGAUCCUCCCCCAUGGAAGUUGUCUGGCACAAGGACAACAUAGCCAUCUCCUCCGAAGGGAACUAUGUCAUGAAAUGUGAAAAGAACAAGUAUUCCCUUCUCAUUAGAAGUCUUGAGCUGACUGACCAGGGAGCGUACCUGUGCAAGGCCUCCAACAGUGUUGGCACUGCUACUUUUACCACAGAGCUCAAGGUUAUCAAGAAGCCCAGCUUUGUUAAGACCGUUGAGCCAGCGUCAGCUGCUGUCAAUGACCCGCUGAGGCUGGAGUGCCAGGUGGACGAGGACACUGGUGUGACCGUCACCUGGACCAGGGAUGGCAAAAAAGUCCACCAGAGCAUGGAGUGUAAACUGUCCUUGGAGGACAAGGUCGCUGUUGUUGACAUUCCCAAGUCGAAACUGAAGGACUCUGGGAAAUAUGUGUGCACGGCCACGAAUGAGGCCGGGAGCUCAUCCUGUGAGGCUGUGGUAACUGUUCAAGAGCCCCCUGCCUUUGUUAGGAAACUGGAACCUAAGAUUACCUGGAAACAAGGCAUAGCUGCACGCAUACAGUGCACCAUUAAAGGAUCGCCCGAACUUCACAUCCACUGGUUCUGGAAUGACAGAGAGCUUGGUGAUGGAGAAAAAUAUAAAAUCUCUUUCAAGAGUGGAGUUGCCUCUUUGGAGAUAAUGAACCUGUUGGUCACAGACAGUGGGAGUUACACCUGUGAGGUGUCAAACAAUGCCGGCAGCGAGAGCUGCAACACUCUUAUAGCUGUUAAAGAGCCACCAUCCAUAAGAAAAGAGCUGCAGACUGUAGAGGCGGUGAAGGGAGCAGCUACUCAGCUGGAGUGUGAGAUCAUGGGAACAGCUCCUUUUGAAAUCAGCUGGUUGAAAAAUAAGAAAGCCAUCUCCAGUGAUCAGAAGUAUAAAAUAAUUCUUCAAGAUACCUUGUCGAGGCUGGAGAUCCAGACCUUUGAUAGUGCCGAUGUUGGAGAUUAUCAGUGUGUCAUAUCCAAUGAUGUGGGCAAAGUCAUCACUAAGGCCCAAGCUAAACUUAAAGAGCCACCGACUUUCUUAAAGAGGGUUGAGAGUGCUACAGCAGUGUUGGGAAACACAGUAAAACUACAGGGGACCAUUAAGGGUUCGGCUCCCAUCUCUGUUAAAUGGACAAAAGACUCUGAAAUACUGAGAGAUGAUGAUUCAAACAUCAAGAUGGCAUUUGAGAACAAUGUUGUUAGCUUGUCCAUAACAACGGUGGCCAUCAGCCACGGCGGCAAGUAUUCAUGUCAAGCUGAGAACGAGGCUGGCCAACAAAAAUGCGAAGCUACCUUGACCGUGCAAGAACCUGCCAGAAUCGUAGAACCUGCAGAGUCCAUCAGUGUGACUGCAGGUGAUUCUGCCACGUUGGAGUGCACGAUCUCUGGAAGCCCAGACCUCAAAGUGAAGUGGUUUAAAGACGGCAAAGAGAUGAUCAGUGGCCGUAAAUAUAAGAUGACUCUGAAAGACAAUAUUGCCACCAUGAAGAUUCUUACGGCAGAAAGAGGAGACACUUCAGAGUACAAGAUGGAGGUGUCGAAUAAAGUCGGGAAAGACCAGUGCACAUGCUCGGUCAUGAUCUUAGAUCGAAUAAUGCCUCCAACUUUCACCAAGUCCCUGAAAAGAGUUGAUGGUAACAUUGGUAAUGACGUCUCCAUGGAUUGUAAAGUGUCUGGGUCCCAACCCAUGACCAUAGCUUGGUUCAAAGAUGACCAGGAAAUCAAAUCUGGAUCCAAAUUCCAGCCAGAAUUCAAAGACAGUUCUGCUACGCUGAGAAUUAUACGGCUGGGGAAAGCCGACUCUGGAGUUUACAAAUGCAGAGCCACCAAUUCAGCCGGCUUUAAGGAAACCAGCGGCACGCUCUAUGUCAAAGAGCCCCCAGUGUUCACAGUGAAACCUGACAACCAGGAUGUUAUUCCAGGAACCACCGUGUCCUUCAGAACAACCUUCACUGGAACAGCUCCUUUAGCUGUAAAGUGGUUCAGAGAGGAAAAAGAGGUUAUAUCUGGAGGCUCAUAUUUCAUAAAGAAAGACGCCUCUUCGAGCUCUUUGGAGCUUAACUCUGUGAAACCCAGUGACUCCUCUAAAUACACAUGCCAAGUGUCCAAUGAUGCUGGGAAGGUGGAUUGCACUGCAGUCCUCUUUGUGAAAGAGCCUCCUUUGUUUGUGGUGAAGCUCGAGGCGACCAAACUUGUCACCAGCAGCGACUCCACCAAGCUGGAGUGCAAAGUGACGGGCAGCCCCGUCAUCGGUUUCAAAUGGUUCAAGGACGAGAUGGAGAUCAGCUCCAGUCCUAAAUACACAAUGGCCUCGAUUGACUUAGUGGCGUCUCUGGAAAUAGGCGACUGUGCAGUCGAGGAUAGCGGAGAUUAUGUCUGUGUGGCGUCCAGCGAGGCCGGUAGUGACCGCUGCAGCAGCACAGUCACAGUCAAAGAGCCGCCAUUGUUUGUGCGUAGCAUGGAGCCCAAAGAUGUGGUGAAAGGUUCUGAGGUGAUGCUGGAGGGCCAGGUCUCUGGCUCAGCCCCUUUCACCGUGUCGUUCUAUAAGAACACAAAGCCGAUCAGGAAUGACAAGAGACACCGGAUCACGGUGAAAGAUGACCUGAUAGCCCUGCAGGUGCUGGCAGUAGAGGCAGGAGACUUGGGCUUGUACCAGUGCACUGUUGAGAAUGAAGUGGGCACGGCCUCCUGUGAUUGUCAAGUAACGCUCAAAGAACCACCAUCAUUUGUGAGAAAGCUGGAGAACCUCAGCUCCUUGGUUGGCAGAGAGGUUUCUCUGCAGUGCACUCUGAAGGGCUCAGAGCCCAUGACUGUGUCCUGGACCAAAGACAACCACGAGCUCAAAGAGGCCGAACACAUUCAGAUUACAUAUGAGAACAACACGGCUCUGCUGCACUUCACCAACUUACAGAGCAAACAUGGAGGCAAAUACUCCUGCCAGGCGCAGAAUCAGGCCGGGAGCCAGACGUGCUCCGCAGUGUUGACAGUCAAAGAGCCAGCUAAGGUCACGGAGGAGGCCAAGUCUAUCAGUGUGACUCAGGGGGAUCCGGCCACGCUGGAGGCCCGGUUCUCAGGCACAAAACCUCUGAAGGCCAGAUGGCUUCAGGCUGGCAAGGAGCUGACCUCAGGCCAGAGAUAUAAAGUCCAUGGCACAGACACCAGCUCCGUGCUCAAGGUUAUUAAAACUGAGAAAAGUGACAGCGGUGACUACACCUUUGAGAUUUCAAAUGAUGUCGGCCAAAGUUCUUGCGUGGCCACACUCACCAUUCUCGAUCAAAUAAUUCCUCCGUCUUUUUCGAGAAAGCUGAAGCAGACGGAAGGUAUCAAAGGAUCAUUUGCUCAUCUGGAGUGUCUGGUAUCCGGCUCCUUGCCGAUAACCAUACAAUGGUACAAAGAUGAGAAAGAGAUCCAGACUGAUGAGAAACACAAAUGCACUUUCUUUGAGAAUGUUGCUUUCCUGGAAAUCUCUAAUCUUGACAGUAAAGACAGCGGCAGCUAUACCUGCAUCGCUAAAAACAAAGCAGGAACCGUCCAGUGCUCUGGGAACGUGUUUGUCAAAGAACCACCAUGCAUUCUUGAAAAGCCUGAUUCCAUGAAUGUCUUGCCUGGCUCCAAAGUCCAGUUGAACGUACUAGUCUCUGGCACGCCGCCACUGACCACCAAAUGGUUUAAAAACAAGAAAGAGAUUUUAUCCAGUGCCGACUGCUCUGUGGUCAAAGACAACACCUCGAGCUCUCUGGAGCUCUUCUUUGCUAAAACCUCUGAUUCUGGAGACUAUGUCUGUGAAAUCCAGAACGAUGUGGGCUCCACUUCAUGCCAGGCAACGCUCUUUGUCAAAGAGCCCCCUAAGUUCACACGAACCCCAGCUCGCGUGUCCGUGGUCCGUCCCGGUCAGAGUAAAGUGUUUGAGUGCCAGCUGACCGGCACACCUGAGAUAGACAUCUACUGGUUCAGGGAAGGCUCUGAGAUCAGCCACAGCGAUCGGUACAAGUUGGUCUUUGUUAACUCUGUGGCCACGCUGGAAGUCUGUUGUGCCGAUACCAAAGACAGUGGGCUUUACUACUGCGAGGCUCGCAAUGAGGCCGGCAGCGAGAGCUGCAGCAUGGAGCUCAAGGUCAAAGAACCGCCAUCCUUUAUUAAAGAGCUGGCUCCGGCUGAUGUUGUGAAGAGCUUUAGUGCCUGUUUUGAGUGUCAGGUAGCUGGGACUGGUCCAUUUGAGAUAACAUGGCACAAAGAUGCAAAGGAGAUCAAACCCAGUGCUAAACACGGCUUCUCCCAGAUGAACGACAUUGUGGGUCUGGAGGUGCACAAGUGUGACACUGCAGAUGUCGGUGAAUACCAGUGUACAGUUGCUAAUGAGGUGGGAAGCUGUACUUGUAAGACUACGCUAAACCUCAAAGAACCACCAACAUUCACCAAGAGGAUUGAGAACACUGCCACUGUUCUAGGUAAAAUGGCUGAGUUUCAGUGUGUUGUGGAGGGUUCUCCCACUCUCUCUGUACAAUGGCAAAAAGAUGAGAACUGGAUUUUGGAGGAUCCUAAAAUUGAGAGAACAUUUGAGAACAAUGUGGCCACUCUCAGGAUUCCCACCUGCGAGGUGACGCACAGCGGGAAAUACACCUGCCAGGUGGUAAACGAGGCCGGGCAGGAUAAGUGCUUUGCCACCCUGACGGUGCAAGAACCUCCUCAGAUCACAGAGAAACCUGAAGUGAUAAAGGUUACAGUGGGAGAUCCCGUCAGUCUGGACUGUAAGGUGACGGGCUCCCCUGAGCUCAAAGUAAAAUGGAUGAAAGAUGGCAGGGCGCUUCAGUCCAUCAGACAGCACAAGCUGGUCUUUGAGAACAACAUCAGCAGCCUAAAGGUUCAGUCGGCUCAGAAAGAGGAUGAAGGAGAGUAUGUCUUCGAGGUGGCAAACCACAUCAGUAGCUGUACCUGCAAAGUCAAUGUGAUCAUACUAGAUCAAGUAAUUGCCCCAAGCUUCAUCAAACCCCUGGUAGACAUGCAGGAGAUAUUGGGCUCCUUUGUUCAGAUAUGUUGCAAAAUAUCUGGUUCCCUGCCCAUCUCUGUGGAAUGGCAGAAAGACGGGACCAAAAUCUCUAGUGGUGUGAAACACAAACUCAUUCAGCAGGACAAUUCAGUGUCCAUUGAAAUCGAACAGCUGGAGAGAUCUGAUGCAGGAUCCUACUCUUGCAAACUGACCAACGCAGCGGGAAGUUGUGAAUGCAAAGCAUCCCUCAUGGUUAAAGAACCUGCCAGCUUUGUGACACUGCCUGAGUCCCAGGCGGCUCUACCAAAUGGCACUGUACGCUUCAAAGGCACAUUUAAGGGAACGCCUCCUUUCACGGUCAAAUGGUUCAAGGACGACUCAGAGCUCAUGACCGGGCCCACUUGUUUCACAGGGCUGGAGGGCCUGUCGUGCUUCUUAGAGCUCUAUUCAGUGGGCGUCACCCAGAGUGGAGUUUACUCUUGCCAAGUCAGCAACGACGCUGGCUCUAUACGCUGCAGUGCAGACUUGACAGUCAAAGAACCACCCGAGUUUGUGCUGAAACUCCCUGCCAUUAAGUUUGUGAAGCAGGGUGAGUCACUCCGACUGGAGUGCAAAGUCAGUGGUACUGCCCCUCUGAAAGUGACCUGGUACAAACAGGACACCAAGGUCACAGAUGGGGGCAACUACAGGACAUCAUUUGUUGACUCAGUGGCAGACCUGGAACUGCUCUCUGCCAGCUUUGAUGAUGAUGGAGUUUACACCUGUGAAGCUCGGAACGAUGCUGGCAGCGUCAGCUGCAGCACCACACUUAACGUUAAAGACCCCCCAUCUUUUGUCAAAGUACCUCAGCCCGUUGAAGGGCUGAAGGGUAAGGAUGUGAGUCUGUACUGUGAGAUGAGCGGUACAGCUCCGUUCCAGAUCACCUGGUUCAAAGACAGGAAACCUCUGAUGGAGAGCAGGAAGUUUAAGAUGGUGAGCGAGGGCAGCUUGGCUACGCUGCAUAUCAUUGGGAUAGAGUCUUCGGAUGCUGGCGAAUACGAGUGCAAGGUGUCAAACAGUGUAGGAAGUGACACCUGCAAGACAUCAGUUAAACUCAGAGAGCCGCCGUCGUUUGUGAAGAAACUGUCAAACAUGACAGUGAUACUGGGAGAGGAGGUGAUCCUUGUGGCCACUGUUAAAGGCUCUGAACCCAUUACUGUGUCCUGGGUUCAAGACAAGGAUCACAUUCUCAGGGACGGUGACAACAGGAAAAUCACCUUUGAGAACAACAUGGUCGCUCUUAAAGUCUUUAAGGCUGAUGCAACCACGGCAGGCAAAUACACCUGCCAACUCAGAAACGAUGCUGGGAGUGUGGAGUGUUUCGCUAACUUGACUGUUCUAGAACCUGCUAAGAUAGUGGACAAGCCCGACGCUCUGAGCGUGACGGCGGGCGACAUCGCCGCCCUGGAGGUCAAAGUGUGUGGAACCCCCGAGCUGACACCGAAGUGGUUCAAGGACGGUGUCGAGCUGGCCUCCGGGAGGAAAUACAAAAUCUCAUUUUCUCAGAUGAUUUCCAGCCUGAACGUCCUCUCUGCUGAGAAAGUGGACUCGGGAGAAUAUACAUUUGAGGUCAUGAACGAGGUCGGGAAGGACCUGAGUAAAAUUAAUCUCACUGUUUUAGAUAAGAUCAUACCUCCAACAUUCUCUAGGAAGUUGAAGGAUUGCAACACGGUCGUUGCAGCAGCUGGAGAGAUGGAGUGCAAAGUGUCGGGCUCCCCACCUUUUACCAUCUCAUGGUACCACGAUGGGGAGGAGAUACAGAGCAGACCCAACUAUGAGAUCGCUUUCAGUAACAACAGCUGCACGCUCAAAGUGUCCACGCUGAAGCUGUCCGACUCUGGAGUGUAUAAAUGUAAAGCCGUCAACAAGGCGGGAUCCAGCGACACCACAGCCGCCUUGGUCGUAAAAGAACCCCCAUCCUUCGUGGUGCCUCCUCAGCCGGUGGAGGCCAUGCCAGGCUCAGACGUGACCUUCUCCGCCAUGGUGAAAGGCAGCGCCCCCCUCAGGCUGAAGUGGUUCAGAGGAGCCCAGGAGAUCCUGUCUGGACGAGGAUGUGAGUUCUCCCUGAAGGACAACCAGGUUCUGCUGGAGCUCUUCAGGGUGGACGGGUCUCACGCCGGAGAGUACACCUGUCAGAUCCUCAACGACGCCGGCAAGGAGAGCUGCCCCAUCAACCUCACCGUCAAAGAGCCGGCAGCCUUCUCUAAGAAGCUGAAGGAUGUGUCGGUGGAGAAGGGUAGAGCCUUGACGUUGGAGUGUUCCUACUCUGGGACUCCUAAGAUCACGGUGACCUGGUUCAAAGACGGCCAGCAGAUCUUCGCGUCCUACAAAUACAACGUGACCACGACGGAGACUUCCUGCAUCCUCGAGUGUCUGAGCACCGACGACAAGGAGGCGGCGGGAAAAUACUCCUGUGAGGUUUCCAACGACGCCGGAAAGGACACGUGUGACGCAACUGUGUCCAUCCUCGAGCCUCCGUACUUCGUGGAGUCCCUGGAGCCCAUGGAGGUGACGACAGGCGACGGCGUGUGUCUCAAGUGUCAGGUGGCGGGCACACCUGAGAUCAAGGUGUCCUGGUUCAAGGCCGACGGCAAAGUCCGGUCCAGCCCCACCUGUAAACUGGAGUACCUGAAGGGCGUGGCCUGUCUGAAGCUCAGCAAGGCCGCCAAGGCCGACGUCGGAGAGUACACCUGCAAGGCGGAGAACAAGAUAGGCUCCGCCUCCUCCACCUGUAAACUCAACGUGCUAGCGGCCAAAACGCCGCCGUCCUUCCCGAAGAAGAUCACCAGCCUGCAGCAGACCGAGGGUCUGCCGGUCCGCUUCGAGUGCCGCGUCGCCGGCUCGUCGCCCAUCGAGGUUUCGUGGCUGAAGGACGGAGAGCCGCUGAGGCCGGGAGCCGAGUUCUCCACGCUGUACGACGACAACACCGCUGUGCUUGAGAUCAGCCGUGGAGAGAUGAGGCAUUCUGGAGAAUACACCUGCGUGGCCAACAACAGCGUGGGCUCGGCCUCCUGCAGAGCUAAGCUCACUCUGCAAGAACCCAGAUACCCGCCAGUCUUUGACCGGAAGUUGCCACCACAGGAGGUGACGGUGGGCGACAGUGUGGAGCUGGAGUGUCACAUGACCGGCUCCGCCCCCAUCAAAGUCACAUGGUCCAAAGACCACAAAGACAUCCGCACCGGAGGAAACUACAAGAUGAGCUGUGUGGAGAACACAGCCCACCUGUCCAUCCUGAAGGCCGACAAAGGAGACACGGGGAGAUACUUCUGUCACGUCGCCAACGACGUGGGGAAGGACUCCUGUUCCUCUGACGUCACCGUCAAAGAGCGUAAGAACUCUCCGGUGUUCACCAAGAAGCCGUCUGAGCACAUGGAGGACACUGAAGGUAAGCUGGUGAAGAUUGAAGGUCGCCUCAGCGGCUCUCAGCCCGUCACCGUCAGCUGGUUCAAAGACGACGAGGAGAUCCACAGCUCCGACAAAUACGACGUGAGCUUCAAGAGCAACGUGGCCGUGCUGUGCAUCAAGAGCAGUCAUGUGACGGACAGUGGCAGGUACAGAUGCCACGCCUCCAACGAGGCCGGGAGGACUUCCUGUGACGUCACCAUGGAGAUCUCAGCCAGGAAGCCUCCGGUGUUCGACGUCCCUCUGAAGCCGCUGACGGUGGACGAGGGAGACAAGCUGAGUCUCAGGUGUCACGUCUGCGGCUCGGCUCCGCUGAAGGUCCAGUGGAUGAAGGACAGGAAGGACCUGACGUCCACGGGCAGCACGAGGAUCAGCUUCUCUGAUGGGACGGCCUGUCUGGAGAUCAGCCCGGCCUCUCGGCACGACGCCGGAGAUUAUCUCUGCAAGGCCACCAACGAGGCCGGCAGCGAGUUCUGCAAGUCCAAAGUCACCGUCAAAGAGAAACCAGGAGCAGCUCCGCCUCCUGCUGAAGCUCCAGCUGCUGGUCCAGCCAAGAAGCUGGAGAACCUCUUCUUCACCCAGGAGCCCCGAAGCACCCACGUCACCGAGAGUAAGACCACCGCGUCACUACCGCACACUAGAUAUUUUUAUGAUCCCAUCACCGUGGUGAAGGACAUCUGCGAUCAGUCCGUCUCCCCCGACAGGGAGGCGGUGUUUGAGUGCGAGAUCAAGAUCAACUACCCGGAGAUCACCCUGUCCUGGUACAAGGGCACCCAGAAACUGGACACCAGCAGCAAGUACGACAUCAGCAUCAGCGGCGAGCGCCACCUGCUCAAGAUCAAGAGCUGCCAGGCCAGAGACCAGGGGAACUACCGGGUGGUCUGUGGGCCGCACAUCUCCAGCGCCAAGCUCACCGUCAUGGAGGUGGAGAGACAUCUGCAGGACACAUCGGGUAAGGAAGGCCAGCCGUGCUCUCUAUCUUGUCAGUUGUCCGUCCCGAACGUAGAGACUCAGUGGUUUAAAAAUGGCCAUCGGUUAGAGAUGAAGGGCAGGUACUCGUCAGAGGUGAAACACAAGGUUCAGAAGCUUCUGAUCAGAGACCUGAGAACUGAAGACCAGGGCAGAUACACCUGCAGGUACCACAACCUGGAGUCCUCUGCAGACCUCUGGGUGGAAGCCGAACAAAUUCAUUUCACCAAACGCAUCCACAACAUCGAAGUCAACGAGCGCCAGUCGGCCAGCUUCGAGUGCGAGGUGUCCUUCGACAACGCCAUCGUUUCGUGGUACAAAGACACCUGGGAGCUGAGAGAGAGCCCCAAGUACAACUUCACGAGCGAGGGCCGAAGACAUUUCAUGGUCAUCCGAAACGUGUCCGUGGAAGACGAAGGCGUGUACUCAGUGAUUGUGAGGUUGGAGCCCAGAGGAGAGGCUAAGAGCACAGCUGAGCUUUAUUUGUCUGGCAAAGAAAUUGAAUUGGCAAUGGUGCCCUUCGAUGUCCCAGACUCCUCAGUGCAGAGGCCUGAAGUGCCUUCAUCAGUGGCAAUUCAAGAAUCUGCUGAAUUCUAUCAAUAUGAGGAAGAGAUUGAACAUCGAGAAUCAGCUGAAUAUUCAUAUCACUAUGAAGAAGUGGUGGAACAGAGAGAGGAGUUUGAGAGGCGGACAGAAGAGGCAGUAACACAGCAGGAGUCUACAGCCAAAGGUAUCACACCUCAAUUGAUUCAACAAUUUGAAUACAAUUACUGGACUUCAUUACGAGCAGUAAUUCGCCUUUUAAGUGAGAAAAGGUUGUUUUGCUUCAGACAACUUCAGACAGUUGCUGUUUUUUGGACUGCGAUGGUGAUUCUGGAUGUUUCUGGUUUGUUUCCUCCCUCAGCUGCCGUUGAGGAGAAGAUGGAGACCAAGAAAGUUGAAAUGAGAGAGGAAAUCCCAACAAAAGUUCCCAAAGCCGUGAAGAAGCCUGAAGAGAAGCUGACAGCAGAUGUGAAGGAGCCCUCAGCACCAAAAGCACUGGAGUCCAGAAAGCCAGUGGAGGAAAAGGUUCCUGCAGUUUUAGUCCCAGAGAAGAACAAAGUUCCUGCUCCAAAAGAACCAGAGGAGGUAAAGAAACCUGCCGCUGCCCCCCCGCCACCUGCCGAGAAGCCCGGAGUGCCAAAGAAAGAUGAGCCCAAGCCUCAGGUACGAGCUGAGCCCAAAAAAGUGGAGCCUACAGUUAAGCCUGAGCCUGAACCCAAAGCGAAAGAAGAACCUGAACCAAAACCGAAGCCCACACCGGCUCCCAAAGCAGAACCUGAACCAAAACCGAAGCCCACACCGGCUCCCAAAGCAGAACCCGAAGCCAAACCGAAGGUGGACCCUGAAGCUAAGCCGGUGCCGGUAAAGAAGCCGGUAACGCCUCCAUCCAAAGUCCCUGAAGAGGCUCCAAAACCAGAGCCGCCAAAGAUCCAGUCUGAACCGGCAGUGAAAAGGCCAGAACCAGAGGCUCCAAAAGCAGAACCAGAAAAACCAAAACCAGAAGUCCGUAAGCCUGAGCCUCUUGUAGCGAAGCCAGAACCUGCUGCCACCAAACCAGAACCUCCAGUUCAAAAACCUGAACCUGCAGUGGUCCCCAAACCUGAACCUGCAGUGGUCCCCAAACCUAAACCUGCAGUGGUCCCCAAACCAGAACCUGCAGUGGUCCCCAAACCUAAACCUGCAGUGGUCCCCAAACCAGAACCUGCAGUGGUCCCCAAACCUAAACCUGCAGUGGUCCCCAAACCAGAACCUGCAGUGAAAAAAGCUGAACCUGAAGUGAGAGUGCCAAAACCAGAAGCUCCAAAGACCAAACCAGAACCGAAGCCUGCACCAAAGGAACCUCUUAAGAAAGUUCCUGUGGAGGAAAAACUACCCGAGCCUCCAAAAGCAUCCAAGAAACCAGAAGUUGCUGCUGUUGUUCCUCCCAAAGAAGAGCUGAGGCCGACCGAGAAAGCUCUGAAGCCCAAACCUAAACUCUUACCUGAACAAGUACCUCAGAAGGUGUUUGAGGAGACCGAACCUGCUAAAAUACCUGAACCCGUACCUGAGAGACGGCCUCCAGGUGCGGAAAAGACCCCUGAGAGGGUCCCAGAGAAGGUGAUGACACCUGAGAGGAAAGUCGAGGAAACUCCAAAGAGGGUACCUGAGGAGAAUGUACUGGAGAGGUUUCCUCCUGAGGAGGUAAAACCUGACCUGGUGUCUAAGAAACAACCAGAGAGGAUCUCUGUAGAUAAAACACCUGAGAAGAUACCUGAAGCUAAACCCAAACCUGAAGCUAAACCUGAGGAGGUAGAAGAAAGUCUUCCUAAAGAAAUAGAAAGUAAGAAGAUUGAGAAGAUUCUUCCGUCAGAGGUUUCUGAAGAGAAAACCGUGUCUCCUCCAGAAAAAGGAACCACGAGUCUCGUUAAGAUCGAGCGAAGGAGAGGAGCUCAGAAGAUUCAGGAAGUCUUUUACGUGACGGAGAAAGUGUCGCCCACGGAGGAGGCGUGGGAACACGGGGAGGUGGUGGAGGAACAUGCCGAGGUGUCCUACGAGGACGAGGCGGCUCGUCCGAGUGAGACGAUGGCGUCGUUAUCGGAGAAAGAGUUCUUCUUCAGUUCAAUAGAAAAGGCCACAGAUCAAAAGUCUGAGCUGAGAGCUGAGAUUUCUGUUACUGACUCUUCAAAGAGGAAAGAAACCAGGUUGACCAAACACAAGAAAACUCAAGAAACUGUUGUUGUAGUCCAGCAAACUGAAUCGGACAGAGACAAAACUAGAGAAACGAGGGAAGACAGGAUUUUUAUCAGCACCAUCGAGUCGCCAAGAGAAGUUACAGAGGAGAGGAAAGACGGCGGUUCAGUCAGACAGCUGCAGGACGAGAGCUCUGGUGUUACAGUCACAAAGACGGGAGAGAUCACCUUUGAAACAGAAAGCAAAGAGAGACCAGUGAGACGACAGGAAGUCAGGAAAACUACAACCAAAGAAAUAGAGUCAGAAUCAGAAAAGAUCUCGUCAGUGACUGACGCAGAGAAAAGUGAUGCAGUUAUUAUCAGAGGAAAAGAAACUGAAGGAAAGGUUCUGAUAGAAGUCUCCAAACAGGAAUCAGUCGAUCACGACGUUUCAGAUAAAUACAGUAGAACUGAGACUAUUACAAUCCAGCAGACAGAAGUCACAGUUAAGGACAAACUGACACAAGUUGGUUCCAUUCAGGUGAAAACGGUAGAAGAGAAAACUAGUAGAAAAGAGGAAACUACAGUUAAACCAGCAGUCGUUCCUGACUCCAAAAGAGAUGAGACUAGUGCGCCAGAAAAAGUACCGGUAAAGAAACAGGAGAAGAAGUUAAAGUCUGAUGAGAUAAUUAAAAAACCAAAACCUAAAGAAGAGUCAGUCAGAACAAACAUCCAGCUUCAGAGGCCAAAUGCGACCAAACAGGAGGCGGAGUCUCACUUUGUUGCUGCAAGAACUGAAGCAGAAAAGCAGAAGAAAGAACAAUCCAGAGACGUCCCUCAAACAGAAGAAACUAGUCUUUUAAUGGAGGUUCAGAGGAAAACCUCUGAACCAGAGAAGAGAAGGAUUUCCCCUCCAGCUGCUUCCAGAGAACCAGAAGUCGAGGCCGAGACGAUUGUUGCUGCUUCGUCUGCUGAGAAAGUGGAGAUAGAAGGAAAACGAACAGAGAGAGUUCCUGUGAAGGAGAAGGAAUCUCCACCACAACUCAAAGAAGCUCUGGUAGAGCCAGCUGCUCCUCCAGAAGAGAUCAAAGUAAAAGUUCAAGAAGCUGCCAAAAAGCCUGAAGUCACUGACACAACCAAGAAGUUGGAGAAGAAAAUGACUCCACAAGAAGAAGCAAAACCAGUGACCAAGCCGAAGCCUGUCGCAAAGGCCGAAGAGCCAACCAAGAAGGUGGAAGAAGACAAACCAGUGGUGGUUAAAAGGAAAACUCCUGAAACAGAUGAAACCAAAGGACCCGUCCAAGCACCAGGAGGAGUCAAGAAAGAAAUUCUUCUGCAGAAAAAAGGAAAAAUUCACACGGAAGUGGAGGGUACGUUUGAGAUUCCCACUUUGAGGAAAACAACCAGAGUGAUAAAGGAAGUGGAAGAGGAGCAGGAGAUUAUCAAACUGAAGAAGAUUCCAUCAGUUCCACAUAAAGAGACUGAAGAAGAGGAAAAACCUCAGAAAGUCACCAAGACCACAGUCUUUGAUGUUGAGGAGUUGGUGCACAGAGAAGAAGCUGUUGAGAUGUCCGUUGCCACCAGGAGACCUGCAGAGGAGAGGAAACCUCGAGAGAAAGCAGAUGUGGUGAAAAAGCCAGAAAUUGUGAAGCCUAAAGAACAGGAACAGAAAGAUGCUCCUAAAGAUGCAUGGACCCGCCAGAAACCCAUUCCAACAGAGGAGAAACCAGAAGACAAGAUUUCGCUGAAGAAAACUCCCAAGGCACCAAAGGAAGAGGAACCUGCUCCGCCGAGUGUAGCCUUGAAGAAAGUGAAAAAAUUGCCUUCAGAUGAGAUUGAAGCAGAGGUAGUCAAACUAAAACCAUUUGUAAAGCCUGUUAAACCAGCUGAGGAGCCGGAGAAGGACAAGAAGGAGAGGCCAGACAGGGACGCAUUACCUUUCCAGAAGCUAGAGAGGAUCCCCAAAGAGGUGGAAACCAAAGAACCUCCCAAGAAACCAGAGAAAGCUCCUCCAGAGGUGAAGGAGCCGCCAGCCAAGGUGCCAAAACCAGUAGAUAAGAAGAAAACUCCAGAGAAAGAGCCUGAGGAGGUCAAAGCACCCACCAAGGUGAAGAAAAUCCCACCACAGGAACAAGAGACAGAGAGCAUCAAGCUGAAGCCCUUCUCCAGGCCUUCCAAAGAGGCUGCAGAAGAGCCUGACAAGAAACCAGCAGAGGAGAAAGAGAGGAAGCCAGCCGAUGAACUGCAGCGCCGCCGCCGCACAAGUCCAGACGAAAAACCAAAAGAACGAGAGCCAGAGGUUAUGCCGAAGAAACCCGAGAUCCCAGAAGCUCCAGAGAAGAAGCCGGAGAAGGUGGUAGAGGCGGUUCCAGCAGAGAAGAUGGUGUCUCCUGUGCCGGUUUCUGUUAAGAAACCAGAAAAGGUUCCUGAGGAGCCCAAACCUCUGCAGCUGAAGAAGGGAGUCAUGCCCAAAGCAAAAGAGGAGAAAGAAGAAGUGGCUCUGAAGCCUUUUGCGCAGCUCAAGAAAGUUGAGCUGAAGAAGACUCCAUCUCCAAAAGUUGAGAAGCUCAAAGAAGUAGUCCCUGUUGAGAAGAUGCCGAGUAUUGAUAAACUCAAAAGGAUUCCUAAAACGGUUUCACCGAGAGACUCGGUCGAAGCUGUUACUCUCAAAAAGGUCCCGAAGAAGCUGUCGCCGGAGGAGGCUGCAGAACCAGCAAAGCCCGUCAAAGGGAGGAUCCCUCUGGUGAAGGAGGUCUCUCCUGGAGCCGUCCAGAUGAAGAAGGUCGCCACCCAGCCAGAGGAGGAGGUGUUCGAAGAGGAAGCCGAGGAAGAGGCGGAGCAGGAGGAAGAAGAAGAGGCCUGGGGCUGGGAGCUGGUUCCCCGGGACAGUUACGGCUCUGAAGACUGGGAGGGUGAAGGAGAGGAAGGAGCUCUCGAGGUUCCAGGGGUCACCAGGAGAGAGGGACAACCAGCAGAAGAAGCAGGAAGAGGUAGAGGUAGAGGGCUGAAACCCAAGCAGACCCCGUCCCCUGGAGAAGGCCGCGGCCGCGGCCUGAGGCCCGGUGGAAAGGGCCCGUCACCACCAGAGGAACCCUUCGCAGGAUUCAAACUCAAAGCCGUCCCCCUGAAGUUCAUCAAGAAGAUUCAGGACAUCGUGCUGCAGGAAGCCGAGUCCAUCGGCUCGUCUGCCAUGUUCGAGUGUCAGGUCUCGCCCUCCACCGCUAUCACUACAUGGAUGAAAGGCGACUGUAACCUGCGCGAGGAUCCCAAACACAAGUUCACCUCUGACGGCAAAGAUCGCAAGCUGAACAUUAUUGAUGUGCAGCUGUCCGACACCGGUGAAUACACCUGUAUAGCCAAGAACGCCGGCAAGGAAAUAUCAUGCACAGCCAAGCUCAUUGUUGAAGAGUUACCUGUGAAGUGGAUCAAAGAACUGGAGGAGGAGACUUCAGCUAUGAAGGGUCAGCCUCUGUAUCUGACCUGUGAGUUGAACAAAGAGAGAGAUGUGAUAUGGAAGUGGAACGGAGAGGUCUUGAAGAAACAGGCCGGCAAGAUUCAGAUCAACAUCAUCGGUAUGCAGCACUCCGUGACCAUCCAGAACACCACUGAGGCCGAAACGGGGCUCUACUCGUGUGAAGUGGCCAACCAGGAAGAUGUAAAGACUGCAACGAAUGUCAAAAUCAUUGAAAUCAUCAAAGAUUGGAUUGUGAAACCACUGAGAGACCAGCAUGUGAAGCCAAAGGCUGCUGCUACAUUUAAAUGUGAGCUCUUCAAGGAAACCCCCAACUGGAAGUGGCUCAAAGGAGACACCGAGGUCACUCCUUCUGACAAGGUGGAGAUAAAGAAGGAUGGAAAGGAGAUGACGCUCACCAUCAAGAACUGUCAGCCCGAGGACGUAGCAGAAUACGCCCUGGAGGUGGAAGGACGCGUCUACACUGCCAAGCUAACACUUGGAGAGCGGGAGGCGGAGAUCCUGAAGCCCCUGGCCAGCGUUGAGGUGGUCGAGAAGGAAGAUGCCAUGUUUGAGACAGAGAUCUCUGAGGAGGAUGUUCCAGGAGAAUGGAAGCUCAAAGGAGAGGUUUUGAUCAGAUCCCCGACGUGCGACAUCCAAAUGGAGGGUGGGGUGCGUAGACUCACUCUGAAAAACUGCCAGGUGGAUCAGGCCGGAGAAGUGUCCUACCAAGCUCUUAACGCCAUAACCAGCGCAAUGCUCAAUGUCAGAGAAAUCGAAAUGGACUUUGUUGUCCCGCUGAAGGACAUUUCUGUGCCUGAAAAGAAACAGGCUAAGUUUGAAUGCACCAUCACAAAGGAUGUCUCUAAGGUCAUGUGGCACAGAGGCGCCGACGUCAUCACCACAGACCAAAAGUAUGACAUCAUCGAUGAUGGAAAGAAGCACAUGCUGAUCAUAAACUGCUGUGAAUUUGAUGACGAGGAUGAAUAUACAAUUGCGGUUUUGGGCAAAACGUCCACAGCUAGACUCACAGUGGAGGGUAUUAGGCUCAAAUUUAUCUUGCCGAUAAAGGACCAAACUGUGAAGGAAGGCAACAUGGCUCGUUUUGAGCUAGAGCUCUCUCACGAGAACGUCCCCGUCACCUGGUACAAGAACGAUGUCAAAAUCCACCCGAGCAGAACGGUGGUCACUCACGUGGACGGAAAGAAACACGUGCUAGAAAUAAAGGAAGUGACUCUAGAUGAUACUUGCCAGAUUAAGGCCGAGGCCAAAGGAAUUCCUUCCAUGGCCAACCUGACGGUCAUAGAGGGAGAUGCGUACUUCACAGUUAAGCUGCAGGACUACACCGCGGUGGAGAAAGACCAGGUGAUUCUAGAUUGCGAGCUCAGCAAAGACGUGGAUGUCAUGUGGUACCACAACGAGGCCGAGAUCAAGACCUCUAAGGUGGUGACCAUUAAGGCUGAGGGCAAACGCAGAUCCCUCGUCAUCAAGAAAGUCGGGGACAAAGACAAAGGACAGUACAUAUGUGACUGUGGGACCGACAAGACAACGGCAACGCUUCACAUUGAAGCUCGCCACAUCAAGGUGGUUCGGCCGGUGUACGGCGUUGAGGUGUUUGAUGGAGAGACCGCUCGAUUUGAGGUGGAGCUCAGUGAGGAUGACGUCCACGGCCAAUGGAAACUGAACGGAGAAGUCCUCAGUCCAUCCGCCGAUGUUGAGAUUGUGGAGGACGGUGCCAAACACACGCUGGUGUUGUACAACUGCAAAGUGCCUCAAACAGGCGAGGUGGUGUUUACCGCCGCCAACGCCAAGAGUUCUGCUAACCUGAAAGUGAAGGAGGUCCCGGUCUCAUUCAUUACACCGCUGACCGACGUGCACGUGUACGAAAAGGACGAGGCAAAGUUUGAGCUGGAAAUUUCUAGAGAGCCCAAAACCUUCCGCUGGCUGAAGGGAUCUCAGGAGUUGUCAAACGAUGAUAAGUUUGAACUCCUGGUGGAGGGAAAGAGACACACCCUUACUGUAAAAUCUGCCAGAUACGAAGACGAAGCCAAAUACAUGUUUGAGGCUGAAGAUAAACGGACGUCUGGAAAGUUGAUUAUCAAAGGUAUUCGCCUCGAAUUUAUCAAACCCAUUAAAGACGUGACCGUGAAGGAGCGUGAAACGGCCGAGUUCAGCGUGGAACUCUCUCACGAAAAGAUCCCGGUGGUCUGGUACAAAAACGACGUCUGUCUGCACCCCAGCAAGGUGGUGCACAUGUCUGAGGACGGGAAAGUCCACACGCUGGCCUUCAAGGAGGUCACCGUCGACGACACCUCCAUGAUCAAAGUGGAGGCAAUGGGCAAGACCUCAGAGGCCAUGCUCACCGUGCUCGAGGGCGACUUGUACUUUGCGGUGCGGCUCCAGAACUACACCGCCGUCGAGAAGGACGAGGUCAUUCUGUCCUGUGAGCUGAGCAAGGCCGCCGCCGAGGUCUGGUGGUUCAAAGACGGGAACGAAAUCUUUCCCUCCAAGAACAUUUUCCUCCAAUCGGACGGCAAGAAGCGAAUGCUGGUGAUCAAGAAGGCGGCCAAGAGCCACAUGGGAGUGUUCACCUGCGACUGUGGCACCGACAAAACCACCGCCGACCUGAACAUCGAAGAGCGUGACAUCAAGGUCGUCCGCCCACUUUACAGCGUGGAGGUCACCGAGACCGAGACGGCCAAGUUUGAGACGGAGAUUUCAGAGGAGGAUCUUCACUCCACCUGGAAACUGAAAGGAGAGAUGCUCCACCCGUCUCCUGAUGUGGAGAUCAAGGAAGACGGAUCCCGACACAGGUUGAUCCUCUUCAACUGCAAAAUGGACAUGGCCGGAAGUGUAGACUUCUCUGCAGCGAAUGCCAAAUCCUCAGCUCAGCUCAGGGUCAAAGCCCGAGUCAUCGGCCUGGCGAGACCCCUGAACGACGCCACCGUGACCGCAGGGGAGACCGCCACCUUCGAGUGUGAGCUGUCCUACGAGGGCAUCGCUGUCGAGUGGUUCCUGGAGGGUUCCAAGCUGGAACCGAGUGACAGAGUAAGUCCUGACACACCUGAGUCCUCAAAACAAAGCACCACUCACUUCCUGACACACAACACCUCUCCGACCUCUCGUGGUGCUUCCUGUCUGUUUUCAGAACUGGCUGCCGAGUUCAUCUCCAGGCCUCAGAACCAGGAAGUGGUGGAGGGUGAGAAGGCGGAGUUCACCUGCUCCAUCUCCAAGGAGACCUACCAGGUGAAGUGGCUGAAAGACGACAAAGAGCUGGAGGCGGGAGACAAGUACCAGACGGUGAGCGACGGGAAGAGACGGAUGCUGGUCAUCAAGAGCUGCGAGCUCAAAGACGAGGGCGGAUACGUGGUGAUGAUCGGACUGACCAGAGCCAGCGCCGACCUCACCGUGCUCGAGAAACUGAAGGUCAUCACGCCGCUGAAGGAUACGGAGGCCAACGAAGGUCAGGAGGUGGUCCUGAACUGUGAGGUGAACUCAGAGGGAGCGAAGGCCAAGUGGCUGAAGAAGGAGGAGACGAUAUUCGAGAGCAGCAAGUACUUGAUGGUCCAGAGGGACAACGUCUUCUCGCUGAGGAUCAAAAACGCCCAGAAGGGAGACGAGUCCAACUACAGCAUCGUUCUGACCAAUCAGAGAGCAGAGCAGGCCAAGAGCUCCUGUGACCUCACGGUCAAAGAGGAGAGUUUGAGGAUCGUGGUUCCUCUGGAGGACAUCGACACUCAGGAGAAGAAGACCAUCAGCUUCUCCUGUAAGGUCAACCGGCCCAACGCCACCCUGAAGUGGCUGAAGGCCGGUGAGGAGAUCGCCUUCAGCAAGCGCAUCGUCUACCGAGUGGACAAGGACAAGCACACGCUGACCGUCAAGGACUGCACGCUGGCGGACGAGGGCGAGUACACCGCCGUGGCCGGAGACAACAAGUCCACCGCCGAGCUGAUCAUCAGCGAGGUGCCCACAGACUUCAGCAUGCAGCUCAAGGACCAGACCAUCACCGAGUUUGACGACGCAGAGUUCACGUGCAAGCUCACCAAAGAGAAGGCCGACGCCAAGUGGUACAGAAACGGACGUGAGAUCAGAGAAGGACCGAGAUACACAUUUGAAAAAGAUGGAAAGAUUUGCACCUUGCGUAUCAAGGAGUGCAGACCCGACGAUGAGUGUGAAUACGCCUGUGGUGUGGACGAGAAGAGAACCAGAGCCAGGCUCUUUGUUGACGAGACCCCGGUGGAGAUCGUCAGACCGCCUCAGGACGCGUUCGAACCUCCAGGCUCCGACAUCGUGUUCGAGGUGGAGCUCAACAAGGACCGCCUGGAGGUGAAGUGGUUGAGGAACAACAUGACGGUCGUCCAGGGAGACAAAUACCAGAUGGUGAGCGAGGGGAAAGUCCACAGACUGCAGGUCUGCGAGAUCCGACCUCGAGAUCAGGGAGAGUACAGGAUCAUCGUCAAGGACAAAGACGCCAAGGCCAAGCUGGAGCUUGCAGCUGUGCCUCAGAUCAAGACCACAGACCAGAGCUACGUCACCGACGCCAGGAAGCCCAUCGACAUGGCCGUCCCCUACAGCGCCUACCCGCAGGCCGAGGCCGACUGGCUGUAUGACAACCUGAGUCUGCCCAGAGACAACAUCUACACAUCCGCCGACUGCACGGAGUACCGACUGAAGGACCCCAUGAAGUCCGACGAGGGCCGCUACAAGAUCAUCAUCAAGAACAGACACGGACAGGGAGAAGCCUUCAUCAACCUGCAGGUCAUCGAUGUACCUGGACCCGUGAAGAACCUGCAGGUGGUCGACACCGCCGACGGCGAGGUCAGCCUGGUGUGGGAGGAGCCCGAGAGUGACGGCGGCACCAAGGUCACUGGCUACGUGGUGGAGAGACGCGAUGUGAAGCGGAAGACCUGGACACUGGCCACUGACCACGCCGAGAGUCCCGAGUACACAGUGACCGGCCUCCAGAGGGACCCCAUGUACCUGUUCAGAGUCUGCGCCAGAAAUCGGGUUGGCAGCGGGCCCAACGUAGAGACCGACAAACCCGUACAGGCCAGGAACAAGUUUGAUGUUCCCGAGGCUCCUCUGAACGUGAUCGUUGGAAACGUCAGCAAGUUCGGCUGCACCGUCUCCUGGGAGCCUCCCGAGUCCGACGGAGGAUCCCCCAUCACCUCUUACGUCAUCGAGCUCAGGGACAGGACUUCCGUGAAGUGGACCCCCGUCCAGGUGACCAAGGCCGAGGAUCUGAGCGUCGUUGUUAACGACGUCAUCGAGAACAAAGAGUACAUCUUUAGAGUCAAAGCUCAGAACAAGGCCGGUGAAGGAAAGCCAAGUGCCGCCUCGCGGCCUGUCAAGAUCAUGGAUCCCAUCGAGUGUCCCAGUCCCCCUCAGAACCUGGUCUAUCAGGACCAGAACAAGAGCUCAGUGCAGCUCAGCUGGGAGACUCCUCUGAGUAACGGAGGCAGCAUGAUCACCGGAUACAUCAUCCAACGCUGCGAGGAAGGCACCGACAAGUGGCUCCGCUGCAACGUUCGCCUCUGCCCCGACCUCUUCUACAAGGUGUCAGGUCUGAAAUAUGGAACCAAGUACAACUACAAAGUGUUUGCUGAAAACGCCGCCGGAGUCUCUGACCCGUCAAACGUCAUCGGACCACUGCUGGCCGACGACACACAUGUCGGUCCUUCCUUCGACCUGAGUGCUUUCAAAGACGGUCUGGAGGUGAUCGUCCCUCAGUCUCUCACCAUCAGAGUCCCCAUCACCGGAUACCCGACCCCCGUCGCCAAGUGGACCUUCGGAGAGAAGGAGCUGACCACUGCGGACGAACGCGUCAGCCUGACCACCAAGUCCAUGUUCGUGGAGCUGAUUGUGACACCGAGCGUCCGCCCAGACAAAGGCACCUACACCCUGCAGCUGGAGAACGACGUCACGUCCGUCUCCGGAGACAUCGAAGUCAACGUCAUCGCGGCGCCCAGCGCUCCGAAGGACUUCAAGGUCCUGGAAGUGACCCGGCAGCACGUUCACCUGAGCUGGGAGGCUCCAGAGCACGACGGAGGAAGUCCUCUGACCGGCUACCAGGUGGAGAAACGGGACGUGUCUCGCAAGACCUGGGUCAAGGUGACCACAGGUAUCCAGGAUCAGGAGUACACAGUCACCGAUGUGGUUGAAGGAAAGGAGUAUCUGUUCAGAGUCACGGCCUGCAACAAGUGUGGUCCCGGAGAGCCGGCGUACAUCGACGAGCCCGUCAACGUCUCCUCUCCUGCCACCAUCCCCGACCCUCCGGAGAACCUGAGGUGGAGAGACAAGUCGGCCAGCGGCAUCUUCCUGACCUGGGAGCCGCCGAGGUACGACGGCGGCACCGGCAUCCGCGGCUACAACGUGGAGCGCUGCCAGAGAGGAACCGACAAGUGGGAGCCCUGCGGGGACAUAGUGCCGGAGCUGAAGUGCCAGGUGACGGGUCUGAUCGAGGGCCAGUGGUACGCCUACAGAGUCCGAGCCCUGAACCGACUCGGAGCCGGUCGGCCCUGCAAGGCCACCGACGAGAUCCAGGCCGUUGAUCCCAAAGAGCCUCCAGAGAUCCAGCUGGACGCCAAGCUCCUGGCCGGUCUGACCGCCAAGGCUGGCAGCAAGAUCGAGCUCCCUGCCGAGGUGACGGGUAAACCCGAGCCCCGAGUGAAAUGGACCAAGGCCGACCUGGUCCUUAAACCAGAAGACAGGGUGUCCAUCGACAGCAAGCCGGGACACUCCACCAUCACCAUCACCAAGACCCAGAGAGACGACAGCUCCACCUACAUCAUAGAGGCCACCAACAGCAGCGGCCGCGCCACUGCCACCGUCGACGUCAACAUCCUCGAUAAACCCGGUCCUCCGGCUGCCUUCGACAUCUCUGAGAUAACCAACGAGACCUGUUUCCUGGCCUGGAACCCUCCGCGUGACGACGGCGGCUCCAGAGUCACGAACUACAUCGUUGAGCGCCGAGCUGCCGAGAGCGAGAUCUGGCACCGGCUGUCCUCCACCAUUAAACUGACCACCUACAAAGCUGUGGGCCUGGUUAAGUUCAAGGAGUACAUCUUCAGAGUCUUCGCUGAGAACCAGUUUGGUGUUGGCCCACCAGCUGAGCACCUACCCAUCAUCGCCAGAUACCCCUUCGACACUCCUGGAGCUCCUUACAAGCUGGAGGCUUCGGACAUCACCAAGGACUCUGUGACCCUGGCCUGGUACGAGCCUGAUGAGGACGGAGGAAGCCCCAUCACCGGAUACUGGGUGGAGAGAUAUGAACCUGACCACAACAAGUGGAUCAGAUGCAACAAGCUGCCCAUCAAAGACACCAACUACAGAGUCAAAGGUCUUCCCACCAGGAAGAAGUACAAGUUCAGAGUCCUGGCUGAGAAUCUUGCUGGAACUGGAAAACCCAGCAAGGAGACAGACCAAAUCCUCAUCAAAGAUCCCAUUGAUCCUCCAUGGCCUCCCGGUAAACCCACGGUGAAGGACGUGCACAAGAGUUCCUGCUUCCUGAUGUGGACCAAACCGGAGCACGACGGCGGAGCAAAGAUCGACGGCUACGUCAUCGAGAUGCUGAAGAGCGGUACCUCGGACUGGAUCCGCGUGGCGGAGAACAUCAACAUCCUGGAGCACUUCCUGAAGGGCCUAAUGGAGAAGCAGGAGUACUCGUUCAGGGUGCGGGCCGUCAACGUGGCCGGAGAGAGCGAACCCAGCGAGCCCAGCGACCCGGUGCUCUGCAAAGAGAGACUCAACCCUCCGACGGCUCCUCGCUGGCUGAAUGUCGUCAACAUCAGCAGGAACAGCGCCGACUUGAAGUGGACACUGCCCGAGCGUGACGGAGGCUCGCCCAUCACUAACUACGUGGUGGAGAAGCGCGAUGCCAGGCGUAAAGGCUGGCAGGCUGUCGACACCACGGUCAAGGAGCUGAAGUACACCGUGACGCCGCUCAACGAAGGAUCACUCUACGUCUUCCGCGUUGCUGCCGAGAACGCCGUUGGCGUUGGACCGUUCUGCGAGCUGGAGGACUCUGUGCUGGCCAAAGACACUUUCUCUUCUCCUGGGCCACCGUACGCCCUCACUGUCAACGCUGUGACCAAGAGAUAUGUGGACCUGCAGUGGGAGGAGCCUAAAAACGACGGUGGCAGACCCGUGCUCAAGUAUUCCAUCGAGAAGAUGGAGAAGCUUGGAACUCGCUGGGUGAAAUGUGGGAAGACUUCGGGUCCGGACUGUAAGUACCGAGUGACAGACGUCAUCGAGGGGACUGAGGUUCAGUUCCAGGUUAGCGCCGAGAAUGAAGCCGGCGUCGGCCACCCGAGCGAACCCACCGAGAUCCUCACUAUCGAGGAUCCAACAGGCGUCCCAUCGCCGCCCGUCGAGCUGCACGUGACCGGAGCCAGCCGGGACUUCCUGUCCAUCGCCUGGAAGCCGCCACAGAGGGAUGGCGGCUGCAACAUCACCGGCUACCACAUUGAGAUGUGCGUGGCCGGGACAGAGAAGUGGAUGAGGGUCAACUCCCGUCCGGUGAAGGAGCUGAAGUACCGCGUGGAGGAAGGCGUGGCCCCCGAGAAGGAGUACAUCCUGAGAGUGAGGGCCAUCAACUCUGUGGGAGUCAGCGAGCCCUCCGACAUUUCCGAGAACGUCUUUGCCAAAGAGUCCGACUGUAACCCGACGCUGGACUUCCAGACUCUGGACCUUGUUGUUGUGGAAACAGAGAAGCUGCACAUCCCGGUUCCCUUCAGAGCCGUACCGUCGCCCAGGAUCACCUGGCACAAAGACGGCAAGGAAAUGAAGGCCGACGAACGCCUCAGCUUCAGGAAGGAGUAUACUUCCUGUCACCUGGAGAUUGACAGCUGCCUUCACGCUGAUGCUGGACAGUACAAAGUGACACUGGAGAACAAACUGGGAGCUGUCAGCGCUGCCAUCAACGUCAAAGUCAUCGGGCUUCCUGGUCCGUGUAAGGAAAUCCUGGCCUCUGAGAUCACAAAGAGCUCCUGUAAAGUGUCCUGGGAUCCCCCAGACUAUGACGGCGGCAGUCCAGUCAUCCACUACGUCCUGCAGCGGCGUGAGGCCGGCAGGAGGACGUACGUCAACAUGAUGUCCGGAGAGAACAAGGUGAGCUGGAACGUCAAAGAUCUCAUCCCCAACGGAGAGUACUACUUCAGAGUCCAGGCCGUCAACAAGAUCGGAGGAGGAGAGUUCAUCGAGCUCCGUAACCCGGUCAUCGCCGAGGACCAGAAACACAUUCCCGACCCGCCGGUGGACGUGGAGACCCACAACCCCACAUCCAGCACCGUCACCCUGACCUGGAAGCCUCCCAUGUACGACGGCGGCGCCAAGAUCAUGGGUUACGUCCUGGAGAAGCAGCAGAAGGGCGAGGAGAAGUGGGAGAGGUGCAACGACUUCCUGGUGCCCGUCCUGUCCUACACCGUCAGAAGGCUGACAGAGGGCAAGAGCUACUCCUUCAGAGUCAAAGCCGAAAACGCAGCCGGGGUCAGCGAGCCGUCUCGCGUCACGCCGUUCGUCAAGAUCUCGGACGCCAUCAAUCCUCCGAAGGUCUUCCUGAGCGGCAGUCUGCAGUCCGGUCUCAGCGUGAAGCGAGGCUGCGAGAUCUGUCUGGACGCCAACAUCUCCGGCUCGCCGUACCCUCAGAUCACCUGGUACUGGAACAACCAGGUGAUCCGGACCGAGGCGCUCCGCAAGAGACCCGAGAAACCCCUGAAGAAGAAGGUGGAGAAGAAGGAGGAGGUUAAAAAAGAGGUAAAGGAAGGAGAGGUGAAGGAAGGAGAGGUGAAGAAGGAAGGAGAAGAGAAGAAGGAAGGAGAAGAGAAGAAGGAAGGAGAGGAGAAGAAGGAGGAGGAGCCAGCAGAGCUGGAGGUGGAGGAGACCGACUACCCAACGAUAAACGAACGUCUGGCCAUCGACAACCGCAACAGGGGCGUGUCCUCCAUCGCCAUCAGGGACUCGCACCGCUUCGACCACGGCGUCUACAUGGUGAAGGUGGAGAACGACCACGGCAUCGCCUCGGCAACCUGCGAGGUCAAUGUGCUCGAUACUCCCGGGCCUCCGGUGAACUUCAUGUUCGAGGAGGUGAGGAAAAACUCUGUGAUUUGCAAGUGGAGUCCUCCUCUGGACGACGGCGGCAGCGAGAUCCUCAACUACACUCUAGAGAAGAAGGACAACUCCAAGCUGGAGAUCGGCUGGAGCUGCGUCACCUCCACGCUGAGAGGAUGCCGCUACCUGGUGCCCAAACUCAUCGAGAAGAAGGAGUACAUCUUCAGGGUCGUGGCCGAGAACAAGUUUGGCGCCGGUCCACACUGCGUCUCCAAACCUCUCAUCGCCAAGAAUCCUUUCGAACCUCCCGAGGCUCCUGAAAAGCCAGAGAUCGAUGACAUUACGGCUAACAGCAUGCUGGUCACCUGGAACGAGCCCAAAGACAACGGUAGCCCCAUCUUGGGAUACUGGGUGGAGCGCCGCGAGAUCAACAGCUCACACUGGGCGCGUGUGAACAGGAACAUCGUCUCCAGCACUGAGCUGAAUGUUGAAGGUCUGCUGGAGGGCAUGACUUACAUCUUUAGGGUGGCGGCUGAAAACCAGGCCGGCCCCGGAAAGUUCAGCUGCCCCUCCGAACCCAAGACGGCCCAGGCUGCGAUCCUACCUCCUGGACCUCCAAUUCCCAGAGUGGUGGGGACUACCGACCACUCCAUCGACGUGGAGUGGGACCCACCAGCGGACAACGGUGGAGGAGAGAUCCUGGGAUACCACGUUGAUAAGGUCAUGGCCGGUACCAAGGACUGGUCCAGGUCUACAGAGCGUCCCUGGAAGACCAGGGCCUUCACCAUCUAUGGAGUCCGUGAGGGAGCCAAGUACCUGGUCAGAGUCAUUGGCUGCAACGCUGCCGGAGAAGGAACACCAGGAUUCACCGAGUCUGUGUUCGUCAGGAAUCCUGCAGAGAAGCCGCUGAUUGAAAUGGACCUGUCUGUCAAGAACGGCGUGGUCAUCAGAGCCGGAGAGCACCUCCGUUUACCUGCUACAGUCACGGGUAAACCCUACCCGUCCAUCACCUGGACCAAGGACGACACCAAACCUGACAAAGACCGCGUGGAGAUCCUCACUGAGGGAAACGAUAGCAUUGUUUCAAUCAAGAACAUUCAGAGGAAGGACUGCGGCAAAUACCAUAUCUCUGUUUGCAACCCUAGCGGCAUCAAGGGUGCUUCGGCCAGAGUGGACGUCAUGGAUGUCCCCGGACCCGUCACGGACCUGAAGCCCGUUGUGGUCACUCGCAAGAUGAUCUUCCUGAACUGGGAUGACCCGGAUGAUGAUGGAGGCAGCGACCUGACCGGCUUCAUAGUGGAGCGAAGAGACGCCAAGAUGCACACGUGGAGGCAGCCCGUUGAAACCACCUCGUCCAAGUGUGAAUGCGUGGGCAUCAUGGAGGGUCAGGAAUACUUGUUCCGCGUCAUCGCCAAGAACAAGUACGGAAUGGGCCCACCAGUAGAGCUGGGACUCAUCAAGGCUGUUGACCCACAGGGUCCACCGUCAUACCCAGAGAAGUUCCACUACACCGAGCGCACCAAGAACUCCAUCACACUGACCUGGAAGCCUCCUCGUAACGAUGGCGGCAGCCCCCUCAUCGGCUACUUUGUUGAGAAGAAAAGGCAGGACCAGCAGGCCUUCGAGCCAUGCAACACAGAGAUCUGCCCCAACAUGACCAUGACUGUGGAGGGUCUGGAAGAGGACUGGAUGUAUGAAUUCAGGAUCAAGUGUGCCAACCUAAUCGGAGAGAGUGAGCCGUCCAUCCCGUUGAUUGUGGUCAUACAAGAUGACGAAGUGUCUCCUGAGGUCCACAUGCUGAAGCACUUCAAGGGCGACUGCAUUACUGUGAAGAAGGGUGAGCCCAUUGAGAUGCCCGCUGACAUCCUGGGUCUCCCCAUCCCAAAGAUCGAGUGGUCCAAGGACGACGUGGUGAUCGAGAAACCCACCGAGACUCUGCUGUUGGAGACGGAGGUGACCGGAAGGAUGAACGCAAAGACCACUCUGACCAUCCCAGCAGCCAACAGGAGGGACCAAGGCAGCUUCACCGUGUCCGCCUCCAACAACAUGGGUUCGGCAAAGCACACCAUCUCUGUCAUGGUGCUGGACCGACCACUUCCACCCAGGAAUGUGUCGGUGUCCAACAUCAGGGGGCAGUCUUGCUACCUUCGCUGGGACGCGCCGCUGGAUAAUGGUGGCAGCGAGCUGACCAACUACAUUGUUGAGAAGAUGGAUGUGGUGAAAGAGGAACCGGAGCUGGAAGAGGGACAGGAAGCUCCACCUGAGCCCCAGUGGGAGGUGGUUAACAACAGCAUCGUCGAGAAAAAAUACGGGGUGUGGAACCUGGAGACCAACAAGUCCUACCUGUUCCGGGUCAAAGCCGAGAAUCGCUAUGGUAAAUCUGACCCUUGCGCAACCGAGGAAGUCUUGAUCAUCGACCCAUUCGGCCUUCCUGGCCCACCGGAGAAACCAACCAUCGCAGAGUACUCCAAGACCUCCAUGACCCUGACCUGGGAGCCUCCCAGAGACAACGGUGGCUCUAUGAUUAUCUGCUACUGGCUGGAGAAGAGGGAGAAAGGCACUGACUACUGGGCCAAAGUCAACAAGACGCCAGUCACCAAGAGGGGUAUGAAAGGCUGGGAGUACCAGGCGACUCGUCUGAUCGAAGGAACUGAGUACGAAUUCAGGGUUGCUGCCAGUAAUUCUGCAGGAACUGGACCGUUCAGCGGACCGUCAGACUCUGCCUUUGCUGUCGAUCCACUAACUCCUCCAAGCAUGCCCGCUGCUCCUGUGGUGGUCGAUAAGACGAAGUACAGUGUGACGCUGUCCUGGAAAGCACCAGAGAGGGAUGGAGGAAGCCCCAUCAAGGGCUACAUCAUCCAGAUCCAGGAUGAGGGCUCAUCAGGGUGGGUUAGCGUCAACGACAAAGACUCCCUCAACCCCACCACGGAGUUCACUAUGCCCAGCCUACGCGAGCUGAAACGCUACCGCUUCAGGAUCAUCGCCGUCAACGACAUCGGCGAGUCCGACCCGAGCCCCCGCAGCGGCGAGGUUCUGGUUGAGGACGUCCAGCUACCUCCUUCCAUCUCCAUCGACGUAUUGGUCGACGACCUGGUGUGCAUCCGUGCCGGAGAUCCGAUCAGGAUCCCCGCCACCAUCAAGGGCCGCCCUGCUCCCAAGGUUACCUGGGAAUUUGACGGCAAAGCCAAGUCGCACAAGAAGAACAAGCUGCACACACUGCCUGUGGACUCCGAGGUUGAGUCCACAGAUACCACGUCUAUCGUGACCAUCCCCUUCAGUCUGAGGAGCCACUCUGGACGCUACACCAUCACCGCCAAGAACAAGUCCGGACAGAAACACGUCAACGUCAGAGUCAUUGUCCUCGACGUCCCCGGACCUCCGAAGGAGCUGAGGGUCACCGACAUCACCCGGUCGACCAUGAGGGUGAUCUGGAAACUCCCCGACAACGACGGAGGAGAGAGAAUCAAGAGCUACUUUAUCGAGAAGAAGUGUGUCACUGACAAAGCCUGGACAAAGGUGAAUGCAGCCUGUGCCAGCCAGGCCUACGUGGUGCCGGGUCUGCUGGAGGGUCAGGACUACCUGUUCAGGGUCCGAGCUGAGAACAGACUUGGAUUCAGCCCGUUCGCCACCACCACCGACCCCAUCCGGGCCAGAGACCCCAUCUACCCUCCCGACCCCCCCACCAAGGUCAUGAUCAACCUGGUGACAAAGAACACCGUGACUCUGAGCUGGGAGCCUCCCAAAAACAACGGUGGCUCUCCGGUGAAGCAUUACAUCAUCGAGCGCUUGAGCUGGGACACCAGCGGCAAGGAGAAGGAGACCUGGAAGCAGUGCAACAAGAGGGAGGUGGAGGAGCUCAGCUUCAUGGUGGAGGACCUGAAGGAGGGAGGAGAAUACGAGUUCAGAGUGAAAGCCGUGAACGACGCUGGACCCAGCCGACCCUCGGCCACCGCCGGACCUCUGGUCAUCAAGGAUCAGACAUGCGCUCCCACCAUCGUGCUGCGUGACGCCAUGGAGGGCGAGGAGGACUGUGACGUCAGCAUUGUGGCGAAAGUGAGCGGCUGUCCAUUCCCAACGCUCACCUGGCAGAAGGCUACUGUGGCCAAACCUGAGGAGAAGGCCGCCGUCCGGUACGACCAGCACAUCAGCAAACUGGUGACCCAGGACAAGUGCACGCUGCUGAUCCAACAGGCCAGCCGGCACGACAGCGCCCUCUACAGCCUGACGGCCACCAACAGCCUGGGCACCGCCACCAAGGACAUCAAGCUUGCCGUGCUCGGACCUCCUGGCGCCCCCGUCGGACCACUCAAGUUCACCGAGGUGUUCGCGGAGAGGAUCGGUCUGGCCUGGAACCCUCCCAAAGACAACGGCGGAUCCAAGAUCACCAACUACGUGGUUGAGAAGCGUGAGGAGAACAGGAAGUCCUGGGUCCACGUCUCCAACGACCCCAAGGAGUGCGCCUACGUGGUGACCCGGCUCACGGAGAACCACGAGUAUGAGUUCAGAGUCAUGGCCCAGAACAAGUUAGGAGUCGGGCCCCCGCUGGCCAGCGAGCAGGAGAAGGCCAGAAACCUCUUCACCGUCCCCGGUCAGUGUGAGAAGCCGACGGUAACGGACGUCUGUGUGGAGUCGAUGACCGCCAACUGGGACGAGCCCAAGUACGACGGCGGCUCCUCCAUCACCGGCUACUUUGUGGAGAAGAAGGAGACCACCGCCAAGCGCUGGGUCCGCGUCAACCGCGACCCGAUCCGAGCUGUGCCUCUGGGCAACAACUGGGACGUCGCCGGCCUGCAGGAGGGCGCCAUGUACCAGUUCAGGGUCAUUGCCGCCAACGCCGCCGGCUGUGGUCUGCCCAGCGUGCCCUCUGACCCCGUCCUCUGCAGAGACCCCAUCAAGCCUCCCGGGCCGCCCAUUCCGAAGGUGACGGACUGGACGAAGUCCACCGUGGAUCUGGAGUGGAUCCCCCCCGCUGUGGACGGAGGGUCGAAGGUCACGGGCUACAUCGCCGAGUUCAAGGAGGUGAACAAAGAGGAGGAGGAGAAGAAGGUUCAGAGGAGGCUGCUGCUGAGCGGCGACGAGGAGGAGAAGGAGCCAGAGAGCGAGGAGACCUGGAAGAAGGCGAAGGACACCGAGAUCAGAGGAACCAAGUUCGUGGUGGCCGGUCUGAAGGAAGGCGGUCUGUACCGCUUCAGAGUCCGAGCUGUGAACGCGGCCGGAGUCGGAGAACCGGGACUCGUUUCUGAGCUGAUCGAGGUCAAAGACAGAACAAUUCCUCCUGAGAUGGACCUGGACGCCUCGGUGAAGGAGAAGAUCGUGGUCCACGCCGGCGGCACCAUCCGCAUCAUCGCCUACGUGUCCGGUAAACCUGCCCCCCAGAUCUCCUGGUGCCGGGACGACGCCGAGGUGCCCAAAGAGGCUGUGGUGGAGACGACGGGUAUCUCAAACUCACUGGUCAUCAAGAACUGCAGACGCCAACACCAGGGCAUCUACACGCUGAGCGCCAAGAACGAGGGAGGAGAGAGGAAGAAGGCCGUUAUCGUGGAGGUCCUGGACGUCCCAGGACCGGUCGGCCUUCCCUUUGCCGGCGAGAAUCUGACCAACGACUCUUGCAAGCUGACCUGGUACUCCCCCGAGGACGACGGCGGCUCGGCGAUCACCAACUACAUCAUCGAGAAGAGAGUGUCGGAUCGCAUGGGCUGGACCUCGGUGUCCUACACGGUGACGAGGAACAACGCCGUGGUGCAGGGACUCCUCGACGGCAAGGGCUACUUCUUCAGGAUCGCGGCCGAGAACAUCAUCGGCAUGGGACCGUUCAUCGAGACCGACAAGAUGGUUCUCAUCAAGGACCCCAUCUCCGUCCCGGAGCGUCCAGAGGACCUGUUCAUCACCGCCGUUACCAAGGACUCCCUCUCAGUUACCUGGAGAGCGCCCAAGUACGAUGGCGGCGCCGAGGUGACCGAGUACGUCCUCGAGACCCGCAAGAUCGGCUGGGACAGCUUCACGCGAGUAGGCGGAGACACCAAACUGAUGGACAGGAAGUUCACGCUGACGGGGCUUAAGGACGGCUCUAGCCACGAGUUCAGAGUCUCUGCCAUCAACCAGGUGGGACAGGGAAAACCAUCUUUCACCACCAAACCGGUCCAGUGCAAGGAUGAGCUCGAACCACCCACCCUGGACCUGGACUUCAGGGACAAGAUGAUGGUGAAGGUUGGAGACACUUGCACGCUGUCGGGACGCUACAGCGGCAAACCGGCCCCGGCUGUCGCCUGGACGAAGAACGACGAGGAGCUGAAAGCAGACGACGAGAUCGCCCUGCACAGCACCGCGCGCCACCUCAGCCUCAACAUCAGCAAGGCCAAGAGGGAACACAGCGGACGCUACUGCGUCAGCGUGGAGAACGCCGCCGGAACUCGCACAGGAAUCUGCACCAUCACCGUGGUUGACCGUCCUCAGCCUCCGGAGGGCCCUGUGGUGUUCAACGAGGUCUACACGAACUACAUGGUGAUCUCAUGGAACCCUCCUCUGGAUGACGGAGGCUGUGCCGUCUCCAACUACAUCAUCGAGAAGAGAGACACCAACAGAGACCUCUGGAUGCCUGUCACCUCGUCCUGCACCAGGACCACCUGCAAGGUGCCGAAGCUGAUCAAGGGUCGCGAGUACAUCAUCAGGAUCAUGGCUGAAAACAUCUUCGGCGUCAGCGAGCCUCUUCUGUCUGCAGAGUCCAAGGCCAGGGACAUCUUCAAGGUGCCCGACGCUCCUAAACAGCCCACAGUGAAGGAGGUCUACCACGACUCCGCCCUCAUCAGCUGGGAACCUCCUGCUGACGGAGGGAAACCAAUCACAGGCUACAUCGUGGAGAGGAAGGAGACCAUGGCCCACAGGUGGGUUCGCUGCAACACGGAGAGAAUCCAUCCCAAGGUGGAAUACUGGGUGACGGAGCUGCUGCAGGGCUGCGAGUACGAGUUCAGAGUCAGCGCUGAGAACAUCGUGGGAGCCGGAGACCCGAGCCCACCGUCCAAACCCGUAUUCGCCAAAGACCCCAUAGUGAAACCCGGUCCACCGGUGAACUUCCAGGCCAUCGACUUCACCAAGGAAUCGGUGAGUCUGUCCUGGCAGCCGCCCAGCGACACCGGCAGAGGAAAGAUCUUCGGAUACCUGCUGGAGUUCCAGAAGUCUGGAGAGGAGGAGUGGUCCAAGGUGAACCAGACUCCAGAGUCCUGCCAGGAGACCAAGUUUAAGGUGAUCAACCUGGACGAUGGUGUUAUGUACCGAUUCAGAGUCGUGGCGGUCAACGCUGCCGGAGAGUCCGACCCAACUAACUUGAAGGAGCCAAUCAAAGUGCAAGACAGACUUGAGCCCCCAGAGCUGAUUCUUGAUGCUGCAAUGACCCGAGAGGUGAAGGCCAUGUGCGGCACUCACAUCACUCUGAUGGCCACCAUCAAUGGUGUCCCGUUCCCCACCGUCGCCUGGCAGAAGAACGAGGCCGAGGUGCCCACCAGGGCCGACAUUGAGACCAGCCAGACGGGCACCAAGCUGGAGAUGAGGUUCUGUAACCGUGGCGACUGUGGAGACUACACCCUAACUGUGGAGAACCCAGCUGGAUCCAAGACCGCCAUCUGCACUGUGCUGGUAUUCGACAAACCUGGUCCCAUCCAGCACCUCCGGGUGUCUGACAUCCGGAGUGACUCUGCCUACCUGUCCUGGAAGGACCCAGAGGACAACGGCGGUGUUCGCAUCACUAACUUUGUGGUGGAGAAGAAAGACGUUGCAUCAACUCAGUGGGUCCCUGUCUGCUCCACGUCCAAGAAACGCAGCAUGACGCUGAAGCACCUGAUAGAGGGCACAUCCUACCAGUUCAGAGUCGCUGCUGAGAACCAGUACGGCCGCAGCGAAUACGUCGAGACGCGAAAGGCCAUCAAGGCAAUGAACCCACUCUUCCCUCCUGGUCCGCCUAAAGACCUGCACCAUGAUGAUGUGGAUAAGACUGAGGUGUGGUUGGUCUGGAACUGGCCCGACCGCAACGGGGGAAGUGCAAUCACAGGCUUCCUGGUGGAGUAUCAGGAAGAGGGAGUGAAGGACUGGGACGAGUGGAAGGUUGUUAGCAUCCCAGAGAGUCAUGUGACUGGCCUUGAGGAAGGAAAGACCUACCGUUUCAGAGUGAGGGCUGAGAACGCCAUUGGCCUCAGCAGACCUGACACCACUGUGCCUAUCCUCUGCCAGGAAAAACUGGUGCUUCCAGUUGUCGAGGUGGACGUCAAGCUCAUUGAAGGCAUCACCGUAAAAGCCGGCACCACCAUCAGGCUGCCAGCCAUCAUGAGAGGAAUACCCAUUCCCACUCCCAAGUGGUCCAUCGAAGGAGAGGAGAUCACUAGCGAGGCUAACGUCAAGGUUGAAACUGACAACUUCUCCACUGUGCUCAGCAUUAAUGAGUGCACCAGGAACCACACGGGCACCUACCUGCUCACUGUGUCCAACCCAGCUGGAUCCAAGACGGUGGGCUUGAACGUCACUGUCCUGGAUGUUCCCGCUGCUCCCAUUGGACCUGCCAACAUCCUUGAGGUCACUCCGGACUCCAUGAUGAUUGAAUGGCGUCCUCCAAAGGACGACGGCGGUAGCCCUGUCACCAACUACAUCGUGGAGAAGCGAGAGUCCAAAAAGGAGACCUGGGGAGGUGUGGGCGCAGUCGGCCUUGCCACCAAGCUCAACAUCAGCCGCCUCCAGAGGGGAGUGGAGUAUGUGGUUCGCAUUCGUGCUGAAAACAAGAUGGGCAUUGGCGCUCCUCUGGAAAGCAAGCCCACUGUUGCCGAACACUCCUUUUUGCCGCCCAGCCAGCCUGGUAAGCCACAGUCCUCUGAUAUCUCAGAGGAUUCUGUUACAGUCGGCUGGACCAUGCCCCUGUCUGAUGGAGGCAGCCAGAUCACCGGCUACAUCAUUGAGCGCCGACACAAGGGAGGAAAAUGGAUCCGCGUCAACAAGACACCAUGUAAGGACCUGAGGUACAGAGUCCUGGGACUGUUUGAGGGCAAUGAGUACGAGUUCAGAGUGUUUGCUGAGAAUAUUGUUGGCUACAGCAGCCCGUCUCUCACCUCUGACCCCUGCAAGCCCUGCAGGCCCAUCACUGUCCCCAGCCCUCCUGUCAACCCCAAAGUUAGAGAUUACAGCAAGACCACCGCUGACCUGGUGUGGACUAAACCCAACAAAGACGGAGGCAUUCCCAUCCUGGGCUACACUGUGGAAAUGAAGAAGGCAGAUACUGAAGAAUGGAAAAAGGUGAACCUGGAUGACUUCAUCAAGCAGUGUGCCUACAGGGUGAAGGGUCUGGAGGAGGGCGUGACAUACAGAUUCAGAGUCUAUGCCUCAAACAUGAUCGGAGAUGGAGAGCCCAGAGAAAUCCCGGAAUCCAUUACUGCUCAGGAUAUCCUGAUCCCUCCAGAGAUAGAGAUGGAUGUCACUUGCCGCGAUCACCUUACCGUGCGGGUUGGACACAACAUCAACAUCAUCGGGUACAUCAAGGCCCGGCCUGACCCAGAAGUGCUUUGGUCAAAGGGAGAGACAGUUCAGGAGAACAGCAAACGUCUCACCAUCAUUCAGAACUUCCCUGUGGUCCACCUGAAGAUCAAGGAGGCCACAAGAGAUGACCAUGGCAAAUAUAUCCUGAAGGUUUCAAAUGAGGGCGGCGAGGCCUCUUGCACCAUCACAGUAAAUGUGCUAGACAGACCCAGCCACUGCCAGAACCUGCACACAACCUAUGCCACCAGGGACUCAUGUAUGCUCAACUGGGAGGCCCCUAAAGAUAAUGGUGGAUCCGAGAUCACCAACUACAUUGUGGAGUGCCGUGAGCCCAGCAUUAGCAUGUGGUCUAUGAUCACCUCCCAGUGCACCAAUCGUAAGAUCAAGGCUAAGAUGAUGGAAGGCCAUGAGUACCUGUUCCGCGUCUGUGCUGUGAACAAGAUGGGCCCGGGACCAUGUGUGGACACCAAGACCCCUCUGCUGGCCAUCGACCCCAUUGAGAAGCCCGGUGAGCCUGAGAACUUCAGAGCCACUGACGUUGGUAAGAACCACGUCUAUCUGAGAUGGAGGAAGCCUGACUACGAUGGCGGCAGUCCCAACAUCUCCUAUAACUUGGAGUGCAAAGUCAAAGAUGCAGAGGAGUGGGUGAAACUAAGCACCGGUAAUCUCAAAGACACCUUUUUCCUGGCUGACAAGUGCGUGGAGAACCAGACGUACACCUUCAGGGUGCAGACUGUCAAUGAAGGAGGUGAGAGUGCUUGGGUGAAGCUUGCCGAUAUUAUUGUGAGGGAGGAGAUCCAGAAGCCCGUCCUUGACCUGAAGCUGACCGGAGUUCUGACAGUGAAGGCCGGAGAGUCGGUGAGAAUGGAGGCCGGGCUGAGAGGAAAGCCCCAGCCUGAGGUCAAAUGGACGAAAGACAAGGCUGUCGGAGACAACCCAAGAAUCAGCUAUGAGACUGGGCCCGACUACUCUAAGUUCCUUUUGACCAAGUCCAGACGCAGUGACACUGGAAAGUUUAUCAUCACUGCCACCAACUCGGCCGGCACCUUCACGGCAUACGCCAACGUUAAUGUCCUGGACGUUCCCGGCCUAGUGAGGAACCUCAGAAUCAUCGGCAUUGGGGCUGACAAAUGCAGAGUGGUGUGGGACGCUCCGGAGGACGAUGGAGGUUGUGAAGUAGACAGCUACAUUCUAGAGAAAUGCGAGACCAGGAGGAUGGUCUGGUCCACGUACUCAGCCUCUGUGGUGACACCAUAUUGCAACGUCAUCCGUCUGAUGGAGGGGAACGAGUACAUCUUCAGAGUAAGGGCUGAGAACAAGAUGGGAACCGGCCCCGCCAUGGAUAGCAAGCCUGUCACUGUCAAGACUCAGUUCAACAAACCUGGACCCCCUGACGUUCCUGACGUCACCAAGGUGAGUAAAGAUGAGAUGACCGUUGUCUGGGCUCCUCCUGAGAAUGACGGAGGAAAGUCGAUCACCGGCUACAUCUUGGAGAGGAAGGAGAAGAGGGCAGUGCGCUGGGUGCCAUGCACCAAGAGCCCCAUCAUUGAGAGACGCAUGAAAGUCACCAACCUGAUUCCCAACCACGAAUACCAGUUCAGGGUGAAGGCUGAGAACGAGGUCGGCCUGGGAGAACCCAGCAAACCCUGCAGACCCGUUGCAGCUAAAGAUCCCAUCGAGCCCCCUGGCCCCCCUGCAGGCCUGAAGGUGGGCGAUAGCACCAAGACCUCUAUCACCCUGUCCUGGUCUAAACCUGUGUAUGAUGGUGGUGCCCCCAUCAUCAACUACAGCCUGGACAUGAGGCUGAAAAGUGAGGCAGACCCUGAGAAGCCCACAGAGGGCUGGAAGAGAAUUGACACCCAUGGCCCAUUGGUGUACACAGAAUUCACCAUCGGCCAGCUGGAUGAGAAGCAGGAGUACAACUUCAAGGUGUCCGCCCAAAACCAGGUGGGCUGGGGACGUCACGCCUACUUGAAGGAGGCCGUCUCUCCCAAGGAGGUCCUGGAGGCUCCAGAGAUUGACCUGGACGCCAGUCUGAGGAAAGGCCUGUCUGUUAGGGCCGGCUGUCCAAUCAGGCUUUUCGCUGUGAUCAGAGGAAGGCCUGCCCCCAAGGUUAUCUGGAAGCGCGUGGGUGUGGACAGUGUGAUCCGCCGAGGUCAUGUGGACCAGGUUGACACCAUGUCCUUCCUGGUCAUCCCUGAGAGCACCAGAGAGGAUUCUGGGAGAUACUGUCUGUCUCUGUCUAAUUCAUCUGGAGAGAAAGCUGUGUAUGUCCGCGUCAAAGUCCUCGAUACUCCUGGUCCCGUUGGCGGCCUCGAGGCAACCAACAUCACCAAGACGUCAGCUCAGCUGUCCUGGUUGCCGCCAGAUAAUGAUGGUGGUAGCCCCAUCAUCAACUACAUUGUGGAGAAACGGGAGGUGGAUAGGAAGACCUGGAACAAGUGCACAGAGGAGCUUAAGAAGACCAGCUUCAAGGUGACCAACAUGGCGCCUGGCAUCGAGUACUACUUCAGAGUCACAGCCUGCAACAAGUAUGGCAUCGGAGUUCCUCAGGAUUCGCCCAAGUCCUACCUGGCUGUUGACCCAAUCAGUGAGCCGGACCCUCCGAAGAAAAUGGACGUGUUGGAGAUUACCAAGAAUAGUGCCACGUUAGGCUGGCUGAAGCCACUCCGAGACGGAGGAGCCAAAAUCAACGGUUAUGUGGUGGACUACCAGGAGGACGGUGCUCCCGAGCACAAGUGGACACCGUACUCUGUGGUCAAAGACAUGACCAUCGUGGUGGUCGGUCUGAAGGAAGGAACGAAAUACAAGUUCAGAGUGGCAGCCAGGAACUCAGUGGGAGUCAGUCUGGCCAGAGAGGCAGAGGGAGUGUUUGAGGUCAAGGAGCAGCUCAUGGCUCCUAAGGUCAUCAUGCCCGACAUUGUGAUGGUGAGAGCUGGAUCCAAGCUGGUGGUUGAGGCCCUUGUGGCAGGUAAACCCUCUCCCUACUGCAAGUGGAAACAGGGCAACGAGGACGUGCUGACCUCCGACCGCCUGUUGGUCGUAAAGACACUGACGACCUGCACGCUUAUCAUAAAGAAUGUGAAGAGAAACGACAGCGGCUACUACAGCCUGUCUGCUGAGAACAGCACCGGCAGGAUCAACCAGAUCCUCAAAGUCACCGUCAUGGACAUCCCUGGACCCCCUGAAGCUCCUCUGGAGAUCACCGAACAGGACAUUGAUGCCUGCAUGCUCCUCUGGAACUCCCCACAGGAGGAUGGCGGCAGCAACAUCACCAACUAUAUUGUGGAGAAGUGUGACGUCAGCCAGGGCGACUGGGUCCCCAUAAGCACAUCCUGCACCAAAACCAGCUGUAGAGUGACCAAACUGACAAAUGGCAAAGAGUAUGGCUUCCGAGUCCGUGCUGAGAACAGGUUUGGCGUCUCUGCGCCCAUCUACUCUGAGAAGAUGAUUGCCAGACAUCCAUUUGAUCCUCCCAGCGAACCCAGAAACCUGCACAUCAACAAAGUCAACAAGGAAUUCGUCAUCCUGUCAUGGGAGCGUCCCAGCAGCGACGGAGGCUCCCCCAUCACUGGAUUUUGCAUUGAGAAGAAGGAGAGGAACAGCCUUCUGUGGGUGAAGGCCAAUGAGUCCUUGGUCAAAGCCACCCAGUACACCUGCACUGGCCUGAUGGAGGGCGUGGAGUACACCUUCAGGGUGUCAGCACUCAACCUGGCUGGACAGGGCAAACCCUGCAAACAGACAGACUUGAUCACCGCUAGGACUGAUAUUGACCCACCAGGCAAACCCGAGGCCAUGGAUGUGACCAAACACUCGGUCUCAUUGGUCUGGAGCCGCCCCAAGAAUGACGGAGGCAGCAAGUUGAUUGGCUACUACAUGGAGUAUACAAAGCUUCCAGAAGAGAAGUGGACGCGUUGCAACGCUAACUGCAUGAACAUCCAGACGGAGAUCUAUGUGGUGAGCGGGCUGGACGAAGGCCAGCAGUACCAGUUCAGAGUCAUCGCCAAGACCGCCAUCAACGUCAGCCUGCCGUCCGAGCUGUCCGACCCCAUCGCUGUCAUUGCACAGAACGUUCCUCCUCGUGUUGAACUGGGCGUCAACAUGAAUAACCUGAUUGUGGUGAAGGCCGGAGAGAACAUCUCUCUGGAUGCCGAGGUGUUCGGCAAGCCGCUGCCGAAGGUGAGCUGGAAGAGAGACGGAGUGCCUCUGGUACUCGUUGAGGGAAUGAAGAUGGUCCAGAAGAAACAUGUCCACCUGCUGGAGCUCUUUGCCGUCACCAGGAAGGAGUCUGGAGACUACACCAUCAUCGCUGAGAACAUCAAUGGCUCUAAGUACGCCAGCAUCAAGGUCAAGGUGCUCGACAAACCAGGCCCUCCAGCCUCAGUGAAAAUUGCUAAGGUGUUUGCUGACCGUGUGAAGGUGCGAUGGGAGCCCCCGCUUGCAGAUGGCGGCUCUGAGAUCAUCAACUACAUUAUCGAGAAGCGUGAGACCAGCAGGGCCAACUGGGCGCUGGUCUCCGCCAACAUCCAUGGACACGUCACCGACUGCUUGGUGGAGAAACUCAUUGAGGGCCACGAGUACGAGUUCAGAGUCAGUGCUGAGAACCAGUACGGCACGGGAGACCACAUUGCGACCGACCCCGUCAUGGUCAAGAACCCGUAUGAUGUUCCCGGUCCAUCUGAGCCACCGGUCAUCACCAACAUUACUAAGGACUCCAUGACAGUGAGCUGGAAGGCCCCAGCCAACGACGGCAAGGCCACCAUCCUCGGCUACAUGGUGGAGAAACGUGAGGCCACUGAGCUGACCUGGGCUAAGGUCAACCGCCGGCCGGUCAUCGACAGGACCAUCAAGGCCAUUCAGCUGACCGAGGGCUCCGAGUACGAGUUCAGAGUCAUCGCCAUGAACAAGGCCGGUCUGGGCAAACCCAGUGACGCGUCCAACGCUGCACUGGCUGUCGACCCCGUCUAUCCUCCCGGCCCACCUGCGUUCCCCAAGAUGGUGGACUCCACCAGGAGCUCCAUCAGCCUUAGCUGGACCAAACCAGCGUACGACGGAGGCUGUGAAAUCAUAGGCUACCUGGUCGAGUGCAAGCGGGUCGACGCUGAGCACUGGACCAAGUGCAACAUCCCGAAAAAGCUCAAGGCCACCAAGUUCGUGAUGACGGGCCUGAUGGACGACGCCGAGUACCAGUUCAGAGUCAUCGCCGUCAACAAGAUCGGCUUCAGCGAACCCAGCGAGGUCCCUGGAAACCACAUGGCCAAGGACAUCCUGAUCGCUCCUGAAGCUGAGCUGGACGCCGACCUCAGAAAGGUUUUGGUUCUUCGAGCCGGCGUCACCAUGAGGCUCUACGUGCCCCUGAGGGGACGCCCGGCACCGAAGGUGACGUGGACGAAGGUGGACGCCACCCUGAAGGACAGGCAGGGCGUGCUGAUCAAGACGUCGGAGUGGGACACCCUGCUGAUGAUCGAGGACGUUACCAGAUACGACGCCGGCAAAUACGUCCUGUCGCUGGAGAACAGCAGCGGCUCCAAGAGCUACACCAUCGUGGUCAAGGUCCUCGAUUCUCCUGGACCGCCAAUGAACCUGAUUGUGAAGGAGACCUCCAGGAGCCACGCCAGCAUCACCUGGGAUGCCCCGUUGAUCGACGGUGGCAGCCCCGUCAAGAGCUUCGUCGUAGAGAAACGUCUGGCCGAGAGGAAGGCCUGGACCUGUGUGGCGACGGACUGCUGCAAGAUCUCUUACAGGAUCACAAACCUGGAGGCCGGACAGGCCUACUGCUUCAGAGUACUGGCCGAAAACGCCUACGGGAUCGGGGAGGGCUGCGAGACCGCCGGCAGCGUCCAAGCCUCAGAGCAACCUGGUCCAGUGACGGACUUCAGAGCCCAAAAGACCACCAAGGACUCGGUCGUCCUGGGCUGGAAGAAGCCCAUCAGCGACGGUGGAAGCCAUGUCACUGCUUACAUCCUGGAGCAGAGUGAAGGCGAGCAGAAGUGGAAGCAGAUCACGAAGGGCAAGAACUCCUCGCACACCAUGAGCGAGCUGACUGAGGGCAAGGAGUAUUUGUUCAGAGUCAAGGCGCUCAAUCAGUCUGGAGAGGGACCACCCACCGACCUCACCGUCGUCGCCAAGGACCAGUUUGUGCGGCCUGACUGCAACUUGAGUGCUCUGCAUGAUGGUUGCUGCACGGUGAAGGAGGGCAGCACCACACGUAUCAACAUCCCAAUCACCGGAGUGCCUCUCCCCACCGCCACCUGGAAGAAAGGCGAUGUGGUGAUCGGCGACACCGGCCGAAUGUGCGUGGAGGCAUCUCACGGCGUCACCACCCUGCUGAUCAGAGACUGCCAGAGAGGAGACGCCGAGACCUACAACAUCCACGUCAGGAACAACGGCGGCUCCAAGGAAUGCAAGUUCCAGCUGAAGGUAGUCGGCAAGCCCGGCAUCUGCACCGGACCCAUUAAGUUUGAAGAGAUCACCGCUGACGGUAUGACCCUGGAGUGGGCGCCGCCCAAAGAUGACGGCGGUGCGGAGGUGUCCAACUACAUCGUGGAGAAGAGGAGGACAACGGACAACAAGUGGCUCACAGUGGCCUCGGCCAUCCAGAAGACCACUAUGAGGGUGAUCCGGCUCCACGAUGGAACAGAGUACAUCUUCAGAGUGUUUGCUGAGAACAAGUAUGGGAUUGGAGAGUAUCUGAGGUCCGACCCGGUCAUCGCCCAGCAUCCAUUUAAUGUGCCCGAGGCGCCUGCUCCUCCAGAAAUAGUGACCAUCCGCCACGAGUCAGCCAUCUUGACUUGGGCUGAUCCAAAGGACACCGGUGGUUCCCCAAUAACUGGAUAUCAUGUGGAGUUUAAGGAGAGGAACAGUCUGAUGUGGAAACGUGCCAGUAAGACUCCUCUGAGAGUGAAGGAGUGUAGAGUCACUGGCCUGAUAGAGGGACUAGAGUACGAGUUCAGGGUGAUGGCCAUGAACAUGGCCGGCCUUGGAAGGCCAAGCAGGGUCACUGAGGGUGUGGUUGCCCUGGAUCCUAUUGAUCCUCCCGGCAAGCCUGACGUGAUUAAUGUCACCAGGACCACGGUCACUCUGAUGUGGACCAGUCCGAAAUACGACGGCGGCCACAAGCUGACAGGCUACAUGGUGGAGAAGCUGGAGGCUGGUGGCAAGGCCUGGAUGAAGGCCAAUCAUGUCAACAUCCAGGGCUGUGCCUUCACCGUCACUGACCUGACAGAGGGAGCUCAGUAUCAGUUCAGGAUCAGGGCUAAGAAUUCUGCUGGGGCUAUCAGUGUUCCCUCAGAGCCAACUGAGCUUCUGACCUGCAAGGAUGAGUAUGAGCCCCCGACCAUCACUAUUGACCCAGACAUGAAGGACGGUGUAUCAGUCAAGGCAGGAGACACCAUCCUGAUCUCAGCCUCCAAGAUUUUGGGCAAACCUCCACCCACUGCUGUCUGGUCGAAGGGAGGACGUGAGUUGAAGAGCUCUGACAUCAUCACCAUCACCAGCACCCCCACCUCCUCCACUCUGGCUAUCAAGUACGCAAGCAGGAAGAACACGGGAGAGUACACCAUCACCGCCAGCAACCCCUUUGGCAUUAAGGAAGAACAUGUAAAGGUGAAGGUCCUGGAUGUGCCUGGACCACCGGGCCCCAUCGAAGCCAGUAACAUUUCAGCUGAGAAGUGUACUCUGACCUGGCUUCCACCAGAUGAGGAUGGAGGCUUCUCUAUCAAGUCCUACAUUCUUGAGAAGAGAGAGACCAGCCGCCUGCAGUGGACCAAGCUAGCUGAAAACGUCAUGGACUGCAGACAUGUAGCCGGCAAGCUGAUCAAGGGCAACGAGUACAUCUUUAGAGUGUUUGCUGUGAACCAGAAUGGCAUUGGAGACUCAAGCCAGUCCAGUCCAAUAAAAAUGGUUGACAGUUACCGCCCACCAGGCCCACCUUCAGUCCCAGAGGUUGAUAACAUCAUUAGGAACGCUGUCACCAUUUCAUGGAAGAGACCAGCACAGGACGGGGGAAGUGACAUCAGAGGAUAUUGUGUAGAGAGGAAAGAGAGAAGAGGAAUGAGAUGGGUGAGAGCCAGUAAGAGGUCGGUCCCUGACCUGCGCUUUAAGGUGCAAGGCCUAACUGAGGGAGUAGAGUAUGAGUUUAGAGUCACUGCUGAGAACAAGGCUGGAUUUGGGGAGCCAAGUGAGCCAUCACAACCUGUGAUGACCAAGGACAUUGUAUAUCCACCUGGUCCUCCAUCCAACGCCAGAAUUACAGACACCACAAAAACCACAGCUUCCUUCGCCUGGGGCCGACCCCACUAUGAUGGGGGUCUUGAAGUAGAAGGAUAUAUUGUUGAGUACAAAAAGGAAGGGCAUGAUGACUGGGAGGUGGAGACACAGUAUCCAUUGAAAGCUACUGAAUAUGUCAUUGGUAAACUUCAAAAAGGAGGCAAAUACCACUUCAGAGUCACUGCUGUAAACUCGGAGGGAGUUGGUGAGCCUGCAGAGGUUGAGAAAGUGAUUGAACUGGUGGACCAGGAGACGCUGCCAGACUUUGAGCUGGAUGCUGAACUCAGGAAAACCCUGGUGGUCAGGUGCCGUGCUUCAAUUCGUAUCUUUGUUCCCAUCAGGGGUCGUCCAGUUCCUGAAGUAACCUGGAGCAAAGAUGAUACCAACCUGAAAAGACGUGCACACAUUGACACCACAGAGUCCUACACUCUACUGGUUAUUCCUGACUGCACCAGAUACGAUGCUGGAAAGUACAACCUGUGUCUCGAGAACGUUGCUGGGAAGAAGACCGGCUUUGUUAAUGUGAAGGUUUUGGACACACCAGGACCACCAGUCAACGUCAAGCCCAGAGAGAUCACCAAGAACAGCAUCACUCUCCAGUGGGAAAUCCCUAUAAUCGAUGGUGGUUCUAAGAUUUGCAACUAUGUUAUUGAGAAGAGGGAGGCCACCAAGAAGGCCUACACAGUAAUUAGCACUACAUGGCAGAAGUGCUCCUUCAAGUUUAUAGACCUUGAGGAGGGAGCUUACUACUACUUCCGUAUCUCUGCUGAGAAUGACCUGGGCAUAGGUGAGCCUGCUGAAUCCCCAGAGCCAAUCAGGGUGUCUCAGGCCCCCUCAGCACCAGAUAACUUGUAUGUUACAGAUGUGUCAGCUAACAGUGCUAGUCUGGCAUGGACCAAGCCCCUUCAUGAUGGUGGCAGCUUGAUUACUGGAUACGUCAUUGAGGCCCAGAAGAAGGACACUGACCAGUGGGUCCAUGUGGACACCUUGAAGGCUCUGGACUACACUGUCACAGAUCUGAUUGAGGGCGCAGAAUAUACCUUCCGCAUAAUGGCUGUCAAUGCAUCAGGCAGGAGUGACCCACGUGAGAGCAGACCUGCUAUUAUCAAAGAGCAGUUAUCUGCUCCUUCAUUUGACCUGCGUGGAGUCUACCAGAUGACGGUAAUCGCCAAAGCAGGGGAUCGCAUCAAGGUGGAGAUUCCAGUGCUCGGUAAACCCAGACCUGUGGUUUCCUGGAAGAAGGGAGACAUAGGGCUCAAGGAGACACAAAGAAUGAACAUUGAAACCACACCAAUGUCAACUAUCCUCAACAUCAGUGAGGUGAAGAGGAAAGAUGGAGGCCAGUAUUCCAUGACUGGAAAGAACAUGCUGGGCACAGUGACUGAGACGAUCACAGUCCUGGUCCACGACAUCCCAGGUCCUCCCACUGGUCCCAUAAAGCUGGACGAGGUUUCAUGUGAUUAUGUUCUCAUGUCUUGGGAGGCACCAGAGAAUGAUGGAGGCGUUCCCAUCAACAACUAUAUUGUUGAGAUGCGGGAGACUAUUGGUACUUCUUGGAUGGAGUUGGCAGCUACAGUGAUCCGCACCACAUUCAAGGCAGGCCGACUCAACACUGGAACCCAAUAUCAAUUCCGUGUCAAGGCCCAGAACAGAUAUGGCAUUGGACCAUGCAUUAUCUCUGAACCAGUGGUGGCUGCGUAUCCAUUUGAUGUGCCGGGCCAGCCAGGCGCUCCUGUGGUCACAUCUUUCAACAAGGAUGCUCAGACUCUGAGCUGGAAUGAGCCUUCCUCUGAUGGUGGUAGUGUCAUCCUUGGCUAUCACGUGGACAGAAAAGAGAAAAAUAGCAUUCUGUGGCAGAGAAUCAGCAAAGCAAUUGUUGUUGGAAAUAUCUUCAAAUCAACAGGCCUUGUUGAUGGAAUCGGGUAUGAACACCGUGUUAUUGCUGAAAACAUGGCUGGUCUCAGCAAACCAAGCAAACCCUCUGAGACUAUGUAUGCUCUGGACCCAGUUGACCCACCAGGCAGACCUGUGGCACUGAAUAUCACCAGACAUGAGGUGACAGUUUCGUGGACCAAACCGGAGGGAGAUGGUGGAUUUUCCAUCACUGGAUACACAGUAGAGAGGAGAGAGAUGCCCAAUGGACGCUGGCUUAAAGCCAACUUUAACAACAUCCAAGAAACCAUCUACACAGUCAGUGGUCUGAUCGAAGAUGCAACUUAUGAAUUCCGUGUGUUUGCUAGAAACUCAGCUGGUGCUGUCAGUGCUCCAUCCCAGUCAUCAGAGGCAAUCAUAUGCAGAGAUGACAUUGAAGAGCCCAGGCUUAAUGUUGAUGCAUUGUAUAGCAGCAAUGUUGUUGUCAUGGCAGGAGAUUUGUUCAAGCUGGAGGCCAACGUGACUGGCAGGCCAAUCCCAUCUCUGGUAUGGACCAAGGAAGGAAAGGAGCUUGAGGAUACAGCCAAGCUAGAGAUAAAGACAACCGACUUCCACACAACUCUAAUGAACAAAGACUCCCUGAGGAGGGACGGAGGUGCUUUUACACUCACCGCCAGCAAUCCCGGUGGCUUUGCCAAGUUCAACUUCAAUGUCAAGGUGCUCGACAGACCUGGGCCACCAGACUCCCUCAGUGUUACUGAUGUCACUGCUGAGAAAUGUGUCCUUAACUGGCUACAUCCAACACAUGAUGGUGGUGCCAAGAUCGAGUACUUUAUCAUUCAGAGGCGAGAGACCAGUAGAUUGGCAUGGACAAACGUGGCCACAGAACUUCAGGCAAACAGGUUCAAAGUCACCAAGCUCCUGAAGGGCAAUGAAUACAUCUUCAGAGUCAUGGCUGUUAACAAGUAUGGGGUGGGUGAGCCUCUGGAGUCGGAACCUGUCAUCUGUGCCAACCCGUAUGUCCCCAGUGACCCACCACAGCAGCCUGAAGUCACCACCAUUACCAAGGACUCCAUGGUCGUCUGCUGGGAGCGCCCUGAACAUGAUGGAGGCAGCAGAUUAAACACCUACAUAAUUGAGAGAAGGGAUAAGAUUGGCCUGCGAUGGGUGAAAUGCAACAAGAGGACUGUAACUGACCUGCGCUUCAAGGCCUCUGGCCUCACACCAGGACAUGAAUAUGAAUUCAGAAUUUUUGCUGAGAAUAAUGCUGGUCUUAGCCAGCCUAGUCUUUCCAGUCCAUUCUACAAAGCUGUAGACACCAUCUUCCAGCCUGGACCACCAGGGAACCCAAGAGUGCUGGACACAACCAAGUCUUCCGUCACCCUUGCCUGGAACAAGCCUGUCUACGAUGGUGGUUCUGAAAUCACUGGUUACAUUGUGGAGACCUGCCUCCCUGAGGAGGAUGAGUGGACAAUACACACUCCCAAGAAGGGAUGGACAGCCACUUCCUUCACCAUUACCAACUUGAAGGAAAACCAAGAGUACAAAAUCAACGUCUGUGCCACUAAUUGUGAGGGAGUGGGAGAACCCGCUGCUGUUCCUGGGACACCCAAGGCUGAAGACAGACAGCUUCCCCCAGAAAUUGAACUUGGAGCAGAGCUGCGUAAGGUGGUCAGCCUCAGAGCCUGUAGCACACUGAGACUCUUUGUUCCUAUCAAGGGCAGACCAGUACCUGAAGUUAAAUGGUCAAGAGAGCAUGGAGAAUCCCUGGACAGAGCUAACAUUGAAAUCACCUCAUCAUUCACCACUCUUCAGGUAGACAACGUUGACAGGUUUGAUGCAGGUAAAUACAUGGUGACGGUGGAAAAUGCCUCAGGAAGCAAAACAGCCUUUAUUAAUGUCCGGGUGCUUGAUACUCCUGGAGCCCCUCAGAAUCUGUUUGUCAAGGAGAUCACCAGAGAUUCAGUUUCCCUCGUUUGGGAUGCACCUCUCAUUGAUGGUGGCUCCAGAGUUCGCAACUACAUUGUGGAGAAGCGAGAGUCAACCAGAAAGGCCUACUCAACAGUCUGUGCCAGCUGCCACAAGUCCAGUUGGAAAGUUGGAGACCUGGAGGAAGGAAAGAUGUACUGCUUUAGAAUCCUUGCUGAGAAUGAAUAUGGCAUUGGUCUCCCAGUAGAGACUCCUGAAUCAAUUAAAGUGUCAGAGAAGCCUCUACCACCAGGUAAAGUGUCCCUUCUUGAAGUUACCAGCUCCAGUGUCGCACUAACCUGGGAAAAGCCUGACUAUGAUGGUGGCAGCAGAAUCACAGGCUAUAUUGUUGAGAUGCAGGGUAAAGGCAGUGAGAAGUGGACCCAGGUCAUGGUGGUAAAGACCAAUGCGGCUCUUGUAACUGGCCUUACACAGGGAGAGGAGUACAUGUUCCGUAUCUCAGCCGCCAAUGAAAAGGGAGUUAGUGAUCCACGUCCUCUUAGUUUGCCUGUGGUGGCUAAAGACCUAGUCAUCUCACCAACCUUCAAACUGAUUUUCAGCACAUUCAGUGUGCUAGCAGGAGAUGAUCUGAAGAUAGAUGUGCCAUAUGCUGCCUGUCCAAAGGCUACAGCAACUUGGCUCAAAGAUGGCAUUGUUCUCAAGGAGACAACAAGAGUUAAUGCUGAAGCCACAGACAAAAACCUUCUCCUGGUUAUUAAGGAGGCUUGCAGAGAUGAUGUGGGCACAUACACCAUCAAACUGACCAACAGAGUUGGAGAAGCAUCUACAGACGUCAGUGUCAUUGUUUUAGAUAAGCCUGUUCCUCCAACUGGCCCAAUUAAGCUGGAUGAGGUCACUGCUGACAGCGCGGUGUUGUCCUGGAAUCCACCAGAGUAUGACGGUGGAUGUGCCAUCAGCAAUUACAUUGUUGAGAAGAGAGACACAUCUACCACUAACUGGCAGAUUGUGUCAGCUACUGUGGCCAGAACCACUAUCAAGGCAGCCCGUCUGAAGACUGGAGUUGAGUACCAGUUUAGGAUUGCUGCAGAGAAUAGAUAUGGCAAGUCCUCUGUCCUGCUCUCUGAAACUAUUGUUGCUCAGUAUCCAUUUGAAGUGCCCGGCUCACCACGUUCUGUUGUGGUCCAGUCAGCCACCAAGGAGAGCAUGGUGGUUGUUUGGGAUACACCCAGCAAUGAUGGUGGGAGCAAAAUUCUGGGCUACCACUUGGAGCUCAAGGAGAGAAACAGUAUACUGUGGGUGAAACAGAACAAACAACUAAUCCCAGAGAACAGAUUUAAGGUGGUUGGCCUUGAGGAGGGUAUUGAAUAUGAGUUCAGAAUCUAUGCCGAGAACAUUGUUGGCCUCAGCAAAGCCAGCAAACUGAGUGAAAUGCAAGUGGCCAGAGAUCCUUGUGACAGACCAGGAAAACCAGAGGCUGUCAUUGUGACAAGAAACCAAGUGACACUCAGAUGGACCAAACCUGACUAUGACGGCGGCAUCAAGAUCACAGGCUAUGUGGUUGAGAAGAAGGAAGGAGCCGGCCGCUGGAUGAAAGCUAGUUUCGCCAACGUCAUUGAGACUAAAUUUGUUGUCACAGGACUUACUGAAGAUCAAAUUUACGAGUUCCGUGUCAUCGCCAGGAAUUCAGCAGGUGUCUCCAGCCAGCCCUCUGAUUCUACUGGAACCAUCACUGCUAAGGAUGAGGUGGAUCCACCCAAGAUUGACUUAGAAGCUAAGUACUCCCAGAAUGUGGUGGUAAAUGCUGGAGAGACAUUCAGGCUUGAUGCUGGUAUCUCCGGUAAGCCUGUGCCCACUGUACACUGGCUGAAGGAAGGCCAAGAGAUUUCUGAAGCAGCACGCCUAGAGGUCAAGAACACAGACUUCACAGCUUGCAUAGUGGUUAGAGAAGCUAUCCGUGUUGAUGGAGGUCAGUACACUUUGCUGGUAAAAAAUGUUGGAGGAGAGAAAUCAGUUAACAUUAAUGUCAAGGUCCUGGACAGACCAGGUCCACCCGAGGGCCCUAUCUCCAUCUAUGGGGUCACCAAUGAGAAAUGCACCAUUGCCUGGAAAUCUCCCCUGCAAGAUGGAGGUAGCGAUGUUUCCCAUUACAUUGUUGAGAGGAGGGAAACCAGCCGACUGGUUUGGACUGUAGUUGAACAAAAUGUUCAGACACUGAGCCUGAAGAUCACAAAACUUCUUCCUGGUAAUGAGUACAUCUUCAGAGUGAUUCCAGUCAACAAAUACGGAGUUGGUGAGCCUCUGGAAUCUGAGGCGAUGAUUGCCAAAAAUCAAUUUGUCACUUCCAACUCACCAACAGAUGUAGAAGUCUCCACAAUCACCAAAGACUCAAUGGUGGUGACCUGGGAUAGACCAACUAAUGAUGGUGGCAGCCCUAUUCAGGGAUACAUUGUUGAGAAACGUGAUAAGGACGGUGUGAGAUGGACCAGGUGCAACAAGCGCACAGUGAGUGAGCUGCGCUUCAGAGUGACAGGGCUCCUAGAAAACCACAGCUAUGAAUUCAGAGUUGCUGCUGAAAAUACUGCAGGGGUUGGCACACCUAGUGCACCAACCGUGUACUACAAAGCAUUGGAUCCAAUCUUCAAAGCAGGCCCACCAAACAACCCCAAGGUGGUGGACACAUCACGGUCCACUGUUUCCCUGACAUGGAGCAAACCCAUCUAUGACGGUGGCUGUGAGAUUCAGGCUUACAUUGUUGAGGCCUGCGAUGUAGCAACUGAUGAGUGGUUUAUGUGCACUCCUCCAACUGGAAUCACAGACACCAAGUUUACAGUGAAAAAGCUUCUGGAGAAGCACGAAUACCAAUUCAGAGUGUGUGCCAUCAACAAAAUUGGUGUUGGGGAGCAUGCUGAUAUUCCAGGAAAAAUUCUGUUGGAGGAAAAGCUUGAGGCCCCUGAUCUUGACUUGGAUACUGAUAUGAGAAAGAUGAUCAACAUUAGAUCAGCAAGUACUCUCAGGCUGUUUGUUCCUGUGAGAGGUCGUCCAGCUCCUGAGGUGAAAUGGGGGAAGGCUGAGGGUGAGAUUAAGGAAACUGCCCUGAUUGACAAUACAAGCAGCUAUGCUACACUUGUCAUUGAGAAUGUUGACAGAUUUGACACUGGCAAGUACACCCUGACUGCAGAGAAUGCCAGCGGAGUGAAGUCAGUCUUCAUCAGUGUCAGAGUCUUGGAUUCACCUGGUCCACCAGCUAACUUCUUGGUGAAAGAGAUUACCAAAAAUUCCGUCACUCUCACAUGGGAGCCUCCACAUCUAGAUGGUGGCUCAAAGAUUAAGCAUUAUAUUGUUGAGAAGCGUGAGAGCACUAGGAAAGUUUAUUCUCCCAUCACCACCUGCAACAAGAUGUCAUGGAAAGUUGAACCUCUUCCAGAGGGUGGAAUCUUCUUCUUCAGAGUCUCGGCUGAGAAUGAAUAUGGUGUGGGUCUCCCUGUUAAAACUAUAGAACCAGUUAAGAUAUCUGAAAAGCCUCAGCCACCUGGUAAAGUCAGUGUUGUUGACGUCACUUGUAGCACCGUAACUCUAUCCUGGGAGAAGCCUGAACAUGACGGCGGCAGUAGGAUCAGUCACUAUGAAGUUGAAUUGGCACCUAAGGACAGCGAAAUUUGGUCUCUGUGCACCAGUGGGAAAGCACUGGAGACUGUAGUGACAAAUCUGCUCAAGGGGGAAGAGUACCAGUUCAGAGUUUUUGCUGUAAAUGACAAGGGCAAAAGUGACCCCAGACAACUGGCCCAAUCAGUUGUAACUAAGGACCUUGUGAUUGAGCCUUCUGUUAGACCCAAAAUGAGCACCUACAGUGUCCAGGUGGGGUAUGACCUCAAGAUUGAGGUCCCAUUUGCUGGUCAUCCAAAGCCAACUAUCACUUGGACCAAGGAUGGAGCAGCCCUUAAGCAGACCACCAGAGUCAAUGUCACUGACUCAGCACGUCACACCACUCUCACCAUAAAAGAUGCUACCAAAGAGGAUGGAGGCAUGUACAGCAUCAAUAUUUUCAAUACCCUGGGUUCCAAGGAUGCCACUAUUGAGGUGAUUACCCUGGACAAACCAGGCCCACCAACAGGCCCUGUCAAAUUUGAGGAUGUCAGUGCUGAGUGUAUGACUCUUAACUGGGAACCUCCUACAUAUACAGGUGGUUGCCCAAUCUCCAACUAUGUGGUUGAGAAGAGAGACACAACAACAACCAACUGGGUGGUCUUAUCUGCCACACUGGCAAGAACCACGCUAAAAGUGAGCAAUCUGAAGACAGGCAGUGAAUACCAGUUCAGAAUCUAUGCUGAGAACAGAUAUGGAAAGAGUUAUGCAAUCGAUUCAACGCCUGUUGUGGCUCAGUAUCCGUUCCAGGAGCCUGGCCCAUCAGGAACACCAUUUGUGUCUACAUACUCUAAAGACUAUAUGGUGGUUGAGUGGCACAAACCCCCAUCUGAUGGAGGAAGUGCCAUUUUGGGCUACCAUCUGGAGCGUAAGGAGAAGAACAGUAUCCUCUGGACCAAGAUCAACAAAAUGCUCAUCCAAGAUUGCAGGUUCAAAUCUACUCCUCUUGAGGAAGGCAUUGAGUACGAGUACAGAGUAUAUGCUGAGAAUAUUGUUGGCAUCGGAAAAUGCAGCAAAGUCUCUGAGGUUUAUGUAGCCCGUGACCCAUGUUAUCCUCCUGGCCGUCCUGAGGCUGUGAUUGUGACCAGGCACUCAGUGAAGCUGAAGUGGACUGCUCCAGAGUAUGAUGGUGGAAGCUUAAUUACUGGCUAUGUAGUGGAGAAUCGUGACCUUCCUGAGGGAAAGUGGAUGAAGGCCAGCUUUGCAAACGUCAUUGAACAUGAAUUCACAGUUACUGGUCUGACAGAAAACAGUAAAUAUGAUUUCAGAGUAAUUGCAAGGAAUGCAGCUGGUGCUGUCAGCAAGCCCUCUGAGAGCACAGGAUCCAUCACAGCCAUGGAUGAAAUUGACCCGCCUAAGUGUGAGACAGAUCCUAUGUACAACCAGACCAUUGUUAUCAAUGCUGGAGAGAUUUUCAGUUUGGAGGCCAGUGUGGAAGGAAAGCCCAUCCCCGCAGCUCAGUGGUUCAAGGGAAAUGUUGAAGUUGAAAACUCGGCAAGAGCUGAGAUCAAAAACACAGAUUUUAAGGCUUUGCUCGUUGUGAAAGAGGCCAUCAGAGUGGAUGGUGGACAGUACACACUGGUUCUGACUAAUGUAGCUGGAACUAAGACUGUCCCAUUCAGUGUGAAGGUCCUGGACAGACCCGGUCCCUCAGAGGGACCUCUCACCGUCAGCAAUGCCACUGAGGAAAAGUGCUCACUGUCAUGGUUGCCCCCCAGGCACGAUGGAGGAGCUAGCAUUUCACACUACAUCAUUCAGAAGAGAGAAACCAGCCGCCUGGCAUGGACUGUAGUCUCCAGUGACUGUGGAGCUACCAUGUUCAAGGUUACCAAACUGUUGAAGGGCAAUGAGUACAUCUUCAGAGUCAUGGCUGUCAACAAAUACGGAACGGGCGAGCCUCUUGAAUCAGUGCCAGUUAUCAUGAGAAAUCCAUUUGUUCCCCCUGGCUCACCUCAGGAGCUUGAAAUCACUAACAUUACCAGAGAUUCCAUGACUGUCUGCUGGAACCGCCCUGAGACAACUGGAGGCAGUGAGAUUGGUGGUUACAUUGUUGAGAAGAGAGACAGAGCUGGAGUGAGAUGGACCAAGUGCAACAAACGCAGAGUGACAGACUUACGUUUCAGAGUAACUGGACUGACUGAGGACCAUGAAUAUGAAUUCAGGGUAUCUGCUGAGAAUGUAGCUGGAGUGGGUCAGUCAAGCCCACCUACAUCCUACCUCAAAGCCUGUGACCCUUCCUUUGAACCGGGCUGUCCCUCCAAUGCCCAUGUGGUCAAUGUGACUAAAGACACCAUCAGUCUGGCCUGGCACCGGCCUAUCUAUGAUGGUGGUUGUGAGAUUCAAGGAUACGCUGUGGAAAUUACUAAGGCUGAUGAGGAGGAGUGGAGCAUAUGCACCCCACCUUCUGGAGUUAAUGCUACCAAGUUUACCAUCACUAAGUUGAUAGAGCACCAGGAAUACAAGGUGCGCAUAUGUGCAAUUAACAAGCUGGGUGUUGGUGAGCCCACCGAGAUCGAGGGAGUCGUGAAACCAUUGGAUAAGCUUGAUCCUCCAGAGAUGAUUCUGGAUGCAGAGCUCAGGAAGGGAAUGGUUGUUCGUGCAGGAGGCUCAAUGAGAAUCUGUAUUCCAUUCAAAGGCCAUCCUACUCCUGAGAUCAGCUGGGCCAAAGAGGAUGGAUUACUGCCCAUUAAAGCUCAGAUAGAUUCUGGUGAAGAAUACUCACAGCUCUCCAUUGAUGUCUGUGACAAAUAUGAUGCUGGAAAAUACAUCCUCAACUUGGAAAAUAGCGCUGGCACCAAAUCAGCCUUUGUUUCUGUUAAAGUUCUGGACACUCCAGGGGCCCCUGUGAAUCUGACAGUAAAAGACAUUAAGAGGGAAAGUGUCACUUUGACCUGGGAGCCUCCUCUUAUUGAUGGAGGUUCAAGAAUCAAGAAUUACCUGGUUGAAAAGCGUGAGUCAACCAGGAUAGUUUAUUCUAACGUGGACAACAAGUGCACAAAGACAAGCUACCGUAUCACCGGCCUCACUGAGGGACAAAUCUACUAUUUCAGAAUCUUAGCAGAGAAUGAGUUUGGUGUUGGACAGUCAGCUGAGACAGAAGACUCAGUUAAGACCUCUGAGCCUCCUCUAUCAGUCGGUAAAGUCACUUUGACUGAAGUGUCCAAAACCUCUGCCUCCUUCUCCUGGGAGAAGCCAGACCAUGAUGGAGGCAGCAGGAUUAUGGGCUACUACAUUGAGAUGCAGCCUGUGGGUUCAGAAGAAUGGGUGGUGGCCGCCACAACCAAAACUUGUGAGGGCACCGUCACAAGCCUAAGUGUGGGUCAUGAGUACUUCUUUAGAGUAUCAGCUUUCAAUGAAAAGGGAAAGAGUGACCCCAGGCCUCUGGCUGCACCAGUCACUGCUAAAGAUGUAACUAUCAAGCCCGGAUUCAAGAUGACAGUCAACACUUACAGUAUACAGAAUGGUGAGGAUCUGAAGAUUGAGAUUCCAGUGAUUGGGCGCCCUGUUCCUCAGGUUGAAUGGAAGAAAGAUGGACAAGCUCUUAAGGAGACAACUAGACUAAAUGUAGCCAGCACACUAUCAUCCACUAAGCUGUGCAUCAAGGAUGCAAAUAGAGAAGAUUCUGGUAAAUACACCAUCACAGCCACCAGCAGUGUUGGAACAGCUACAGAGGAGAUUACUGUCGUCAUUCUUGAAAAGCCAGGCCCACCCACAGGCCCUGUGAAGAUUGAGGAGGUGAGCUCUAAUUAUGUCACCUUCUCCUGGGAGCCACCAGAGUAUACUGGAGGCUGUCAGAUCAACAACUACAUUGUGGAGAAGAGAGAUACCACCACAACAGCAUGGCAGAUUGUGUCUGCUACUAUUGCCAGAACAACCAUCAAAGUCACCAAUUUAAAGACUGGAAUUGAGUAUCAAUUCAGAGUGUCUGCUGAGAAUAGAUAUGGAAAGAGUUCUGCCAUUGUCUCUUCCAAUGUUAUUGCUCAGUAUCCAUUCAGUGAGCCUGCUGCACCUGGAACACCAACUGUUUCUGCUGCAACAAAGGAAAACAUGGUUGUUGAGUGGAAAGCUCCCACCAACAACGGAGGAAGCCCAGUCCUAGGCUAUCACCUCGAGAGAAAGGAGAAGAACAGCCUCUUGUGGACUAAACUCAACAAGCUUCUAAUCCCAGACGCACGUUUCAAGACUUCAGAGCUGGAAGAAGCUAUUGAGUAUGAAUUCAGAGUUUAUGCUGAGAACAUUGCUGGACUCAGCCCAGCUAGCAAGGUCUCUGCGAGCACAGUAGCCAGGGACCCCUGUGACCCACCAGGCACUCCUGAGGCCAUUAAUAUUACCAGAAAUCUUGUGAUGCUUCAGUGGACACGGCCACAGUAUGAUGGAGGCAGUGCAAUCACUGGCUAUGUGAUUGAGAGGAAGAAGCACCCAGAUACCCGCUGGAUGAAGGCCAGCUUCACCAACAUCAUUACUACCCAGUACACAGUCACUGGCCUGACUGAGGACUGUGUUUAUGAGUACAGAGUCAUUGCCAGGAAUGCUGCAGGAAUUUCCAGCCGUCCUUCUCAGAGCACAGGAGAGAUUACUGCCAAAGAUGAAAUUGAGGCUCCAGAUGCCACCAUGGAUUCUAAAUUCAAGGAUAUGACUGUUGUUAGUGCUGGUGAGACAUUUGUCAUUGAUGCCGACUAUACUGGCAAGCCUCUGCCUGAAGUAAUUUGGUUAAAGGAUGGAAAAGAGAUUGACCAAACCACACCAAGAAUGGAGGUCAAGACCACCCUCACACGUACCAUCCUGACAGUCAAGGAUUGCAUGAGGGUGGAUGGUGGGCACUUUUACCUCAAACUUGUCAAUGUAGGAGGAAUCAAGAUUGUCCCAGUUAAUGUUAAAGUUCUGGAUAGACCUGGUCCUCCAGAUGGCCCGCUAGAAGUCAAAGGGGUCACAGCUGAAAAAUGUUAUCUGCACUGGAACCAUCCCUCACAUGAUGGUGGAGCCAGCAUCUCGCACUACAUCAUUGAGAAGAGGGAGACCAGUCGUUUGUCAUGGACCGUGAUUGAGUCCAAGAUCCAGGCCAUCAGCUACAAAAUCACAAAACUGCUGCCCGGCAAUGAAUACAUCUUUAGAGUCACUGCUGUGAAUAAAUAUGGUGUUGGUGAACCUUUGGAAUCUGAGCCUGUUUUUGCUCGUAACCCCUUCACCACUCCCAGUGCCCCCUCCAACCUAGAGACCAGCGCUAUCACUAGGGACUCCAUUGUACUUACAUGGGAGAGACCAGAGCAUAAUGGAGGAGCCGAGAUUGAAGGAUAUAUCCUUGAAAAACGUGAUAUGGAUGGCAUCAGAUGGACUAAGUGCAAUAAGAAGAGACUAAGUGACCUGAGAUUCAGAUGCGCUGGCCUCACAGAGGGCCACUCCUAUGAAUUCAGGAUCUCAGCUGAAAAUGCUGGUGGUGUGGGAAAGCCUAGUGCACCAACUGAAUAUAUCAAAGCCUGUGAUGCCAUUUAUCCACCAGGAUCUCCAAAUAACCUCAAAGUCACCGGCCAUUCAAGCACCACGAUUUCCCUGUCCUGGUCCAGGCCUAUCUAUGAUGGUGGAGCACAGAUAAGCGGAUAUGUUAUUGAAAGGAAGGAGGCAGCAGAUGAUGAAUGGAUCACUUGCACACCACCCACUGGUGUUCAGGCCACUCACUACACUGUAAAGCAUCUGAAGGAGAAUGCAGAGUACAACUUCCGCAUCUGUGCCGUUAACUGUGAGGGAGUAGGAGAGCAUGUGGACCUUCCUGGUUCUGUUAUCGCUGCAGAGAAGCUGGAGGCUCCUGAAAUUGAACUAGAUGCUGACCUGAGGAAGAUGGUCAAUGUUCGUGCCACCGCUUCCUUGCGUCUGUUUGUGACAAUCAGAGGAAAGCCAGAGCCAGAGGUCAAAUGGUCAAAAGCCGAUGGCACUUUGAAUGAGCGUGCCCAGAUUGAAGUCACAAGCUCUUACACAAUGCUGGUGAUCGAGAAUGUCGAUAGAUUCGACACUGGCAAAUAUUUACUGAACCUUGAGAACCUCAGUGGUUCUAAAUCAGCCUUUAUCAAUGUCAGAGUUCUGGACUCCCCCAGCGCUCCUACCAACCUGGUGGUUAAGGAUGUGAAGAGAACUUCUGUCUCUCUCUCCUGGGAGCCUCCUUCAAUAGAUGGUGGGGCUAAGAUAUCACACUAUAUUGUGGAGAAGAGAGAGCAGAAGAGAAUGGCUUUCACUAGUGUUUGCACCAACUGUGUGAGGAACUCUUACCUCAUUUCCGACCUGCAGGAGGGAGGCCGAUACUAUUUCCGUGUGUUGGCUGUGAAUGAGCUCGGAGUAGGUCUGCCUGCCUCCACGGACCAAGUCAAGGUGGCUGAGGCUCCUUUGCCCCCUGGGAAGAUUGUCCUGGUUGACGUAACUCGUCAUACAGUCUCUCUUUCCUGGGAGAAACCUGAUCAUGAUGGAGGUAGCAAGAUUACAAACUUUAUUGUUGAGAUGCAGCCAAAGGGAGAUGAUAAAUGGUCCGUGUGCAGUGAAGUCAAAGCACUAGAAGCUACUAUUGGUGGACUCACAACUGGAGAGGAAUAUUCCUUCAGGGUGACUGCUGUGAAUGACAAGGGCAAGAGUGAUGCUAAGCCUCUGGCUACCCCUGUGGUUGUAAAGGACAUCACGAUGGAGCCCACCGUCAACCUGUUGUACGACACAUACAGUGUAAAAGCAGGAGAUGACCUGAAGAUUGAUGUUCCCUUCAGAGGCAGACCUCAUCCUGAAGUGUCCUGGAAGAAGGAUGGCCAAGUGCUUAAGCAGACAACAAGGGUUAAUGUUCUUACUUCCAAGACCUCAUCCAAGAUUGUCAUCAAGGAUGCAACCAAGGAGGAUGUAGGAAAGUAUGUGAUUACUCUGACAAACUCAGUUGGCACCAACACAGCUGAAAUAUCUGUUAUAAUCCUAGACAAACCUGGCCCACCCAGCAACAUUAAGAUGGAUGAUGUGAGCGCUGACUUUAUCUCUCUGUCUUGGGAUGCUCCAACCUAUGAUGGUGGAUGCCAAAUUAACAACUAUGUUGUGGAGAAGAGAGACACUACCACAACCUCAUGGCAGAUUGUCUCAGCCACAGUAGCCAGGACAUCAAUCAAGGUGUCUCGUCUUAAUCACGGAACAGAGUAUCAGUUCCGUAUUGCAGCUGAGAACCGUUACGGCAAGAGUUCUGCCAUUGACUCUACUCCCGUUAUUGCUCAGUAUCCCUUCGAGCCUCCUGGCCCUCCAACCAAUGUCCAUGUUUCCCAUGCCACCAAGUACGGCAUGCUCGUGGUAUGGGGCAGACCUGCCAGUGAUGGUGGCAGCCCUGUAAUUGGUUAUCACAUUGAAUGCAAAGACCAAAGCAGCAUCCUGUGGACCAAGGUCAACAGAGGUCUGCUGGCUGAGAACCAGUUUAAAAUGACAGACAUUGAAGAAGGCCUGCUGUAUCAGUUUAGAGUCUAUGCUGAGAACAUGGCUGGAAUUGGUCCUUGCACUAAGGCCAGUGACCCUGUGGCAGCCAGGGAUCCAUGUGAAUCUCCACGUAACCUUAGAGUCACCAACAUUACCAGGACCUCAGUUUCCCUCUUCUGGGAGAAGCCAGAGUAUGAUGGCGGAAUAAAGGUAACUGGGUACAUUGUUGAGCGUAAAGAACUUCCCAAUGGCCGCUGGCUAAAAUGCAACUUCACCAACCUGCAAGACACCUACUUUGAUGUCACAGGCCUCACAGAAGAUGUCCAAUAUGACUUCCACGUCAUCACUAAGAAUUCUGCAGAGCUAUUAAGUGCUCCCUCAGAGAGCACCGGUCCCGUCACAGUCAAGGAUGAUGUUGACCCUCCCACUAUUAUCCUGGAAGAUAAGUUAAGACAGCUGGUUGUCAUUAAGGCUGGAGAGAUCAUUAGAAUUGAUGCUGAAAUCACGGGCCGUCCACUCCCAGUUGUAUCAUGGUCUAAGGAUGGAAAGGAGAUUGAGGAGAAGGCCAGGUGUGAAAUCACCUCCACCAAUUUCACAACUACACUGAUUGUCAGAGACACUAUCAGGAGGGACUCUGGCCAGUAUGUCCUGACCUUGCACAAUGUAGCAGGAACCCGGUCUGUGGCUAUCAACUGUAAAGUUCUGGACAGACCUGGACCUGCCUCGGGACCUCUGGCAGUAUCUGGCCUGACAGGCGAGAAAUGCACCAUAAAUUGGGGCCCCCCUCAGGAGGAUGGUGGAGCUGAAAUCAUGCACUACAUUGUUGAGAAACGUGAGACCAGUCGCCUCACCUGGACUAUUGUCUAUGGUGACAUGAAGGCAACCACCUGUAAAGUGACCAAGUUGCUCAAAGGAAAUGAGUACAUCUUCAGAGUCAGGGGAGUCAACAAAUAUGGGGAUGGUGAGGCCCUGGAGAGUGAUCCAUCAAAGGCCGUGGAUCCAUUCACUGUGCCUGCCGCUCCCACUAAUGUACAGGUCACCUCAAUUACUAGUGAGGCAAUGACCAUCUGUUGGGAAAGACCAGUUUCUGAUGGUGGCAGCAGUCUCGCUGGCUAUGUCAUUGAAAAGCGAGAGAAGACUGGCCUUCGCUGGUGCCGUGUCAACAAGAAACCUGUUUAUGACCUCAGAGUCAAAGCUUCACACCUUCGUCAGGGCGGUGAGUAUGAGUAUCGAGUGUUUGCAGAGAACUCUGCUGGCCUCAGUGCUCCCAGCGUUCCUUGCCCACUUACAAAGGCUGAAGACCCACUGUUCCUGCCUUCACCUCCUGCUAAGCCAAAGAUCAUCGACUCUUCAAAGACAACAGUCACCUUGUCAUGGAAUAAGCCACUAUUUGAUGGUGGAUCACCUGUGACUGGUUACAGAGUCAAAUACAGGAAUACUUUCGAUGACGAAUGGAUUACUGGAGUCCAGAAUACCAAGAAUACAGAGUUUACAGUGGUGGGAUUGACACCUGGGGCUGAAUAUGUAUUUGUCAUCAAGUCCAUUAACAAGAUUGGAACCAGUGAGCCCAGUCCUGAAUCAGACAAACAGGUCGCCAAAGAAAGAGAGGAGGAGCCAGUCUUUGACAUCAGCAAUGAGAUGAGGAAGACUCUCAUUGUGAAGGAUGGUAGCUCAUUCACCAUGACAGUACCCUUCAGAGGCAAACCCAUCCCCAGUGUUACAUGGUCUAAGCCUGAUAUUGACCUUAGAGUUCGUGCUGUCAUUGACACCACAGACACCUUCACCUCCAUCACCUUAGAGAAAGCAACUCGCAAUGACUCUGGCAAAUACACCAUCACCUUGUCCAGCGUAGCUGGAACCUCCUGCUUGACACUCAAUGUCAGAGUCCUGGAUUCUCCUGGACCUCCUGCCCAUGUAGAGGUCAAGGACGUGACCAAGAUCUCUGCUACUGUAACCUGGGACACUCCUGAGAAUGAAGGAGGAGGACCAGUCAAGAACUACCUUGUUGAUAUCCGUGAGGCCAGCCAAAAAGGCUGGACCAGGUUGACUGACACUUGCAACAGACUGACGUACAAGGUGAUGGACGUGCUGGAGGGAGGGGUCUACUUCUUCAGAGUGACAGGCGAGAAUGAGUACGGUGUUGGUGUUUCUGCUGAGACCAAAGAGGCAACCAAGAUCACAGAAAAACCAAGUCCACCACCAAAGCUGGGUGUGAUUGAUGUUACCAAGGAGAGCGUGUCCCUGGUCUGGGCCAAACCAGAACAAGACGGAGGCAGCAGAAUUACUGGAUACCUGCUGGAAGCUCUGGAGAAAGGCCAGGAGAAGUGGGUUAAGUGUGGCGUGACCAAGUCCAUCCACUUCACAGUGUCUGGUCUGAGGGAGAAUGCCGAGUACUUCUUCAGAGUCAGAGCAGAGAACCAUGCUGGCUUCAGUGAUAUUAAGGAAAUGGUCACCCCAGUAGUGGUCAAAGACCAGCUUGAAUCUCCUGAGAUCAAUAUGAAUGACUUCCCCCACAACACAUUGUAUGUUAGAGCCGGCUCCACCCUCAAGUGUGACAUCCCACUCACAGGCCGGCCUUUGCCUCAAGUCUCCCUGUCCAAGGAUAACGUUCGGCUCAAGUCAACAAUGAGGUUCAACUCUGAAGUCACCCCUGACAGCAUCAAGAUCAUUUUACGUGAGAGCAUUGCUGGAGACUCAGGACGCUACGAUAUCACCGCCUCCAACUCCAGUGGAACCACCAAAUCCUUUGUAAAAAUAAUGGUUCUGGACCGCCCCAGUGCUCCAGUUGGACCUGUGGAGCUGUUUGACGUCACAGAGGACAGCGUGAGCCUGAAUUGGUUCCCACCGGCAUAUGAAGGUUGCAGCCCUAUCACCAACUACAUCAUCCAGAAGAGAGAGACAACCACAGCCAACUGGAUGGAUGUCUCUUCUGCUGUGGCCCGCUGCACCAUGAAGGUCAUGAAGCUGACCACUGGCUUGGAGUACCAGUUCAGAAUCAGGGCUGAGAACAGAUAUGGAAUCAGCGAGCACAUUGACUCGCCAACUGUCACUGUCAGACUUCCUUACACUAUUCCUGAAGCUCCAUCACCUCCAGAGAUUACUCGUGUAACCAGGGAGACCAUCAAUUUGGCCUGGAAGGAGCCUCAGUCAGAUGGCGGCAGCCAUGUGUUUGGCUACCAUCUCCAGAUGAAAGACAGGAACAGCAUCCUUUGGCAGAGGGUCAACAAAAUGGUGAUCCGUGCAACACACUUCAAGGUCACCAACAUCAAUGCUGGACUCAUUUACGAGUUCAAGGUAGCAGCAGAGAACGCUGCUGGAAUCAGUGCCUUCAGCAAGAUGUCUGAUGCAGUGCUGGCUAUUGAUGCCUGUGAGCCACCGACCAACGUUCGUAUAAGUGACAUCACCAAGAAUUCCAUUAGCCUGGUCUGGCAGAGGCCCAACUACGAUGGCGGAUCCCCAAUCACCGGUUACAUCAUUGAGAAGAGAGAAGGCGUUAGUGCCAGGUGGUCCAAGACUAACCUCGUCAAUGUCUCAGAAACCCGCUUCACUGUGACUGGCCUAACCCAGGACGAGACGUACGAGUUUAGAGUCAUGGCCAAGAAUGCCGUUGGCUCAGUGAGCAACCCAUCCAUGACAGCUGGACCAGCCACAUGUGUGGACACCUAUGGUGCCCCAGAGAUUGAUAUACCUCAAGAGUACUUCAGCGAAGUCAAGUACAUGGCUGAAUCUAAUGUGGAGCUCAAGUUUAAUAUCACAGCCAAACCGGCUCCCACUAUUGAGUGGUUUAAGGAUGGCAGAGAGCUCGAGCCUACUGCCCAGCUCUCUUUCAAACACACAUUUGAGUCCACCAAUUUGUUCCUGAAGGAAACCACUCGCCUUAACUCUGGAAUCUAUGAGGUCAAGGUGAAGAAUUCCCUAGGAACUGCGUCCGGCAUGGUCAGGCUGCUCAUUCAAGACAAGCCAGGCCCUCCUGCUGGAGAGAUUCAGUUUAAGAAGGUGACGGCCGACAACAUCACCAUCAUGUGGUCCCCGCCUGCUGACGAGGGCGGUGCCAUGGUCACGCAUUAUAUUGUGGAAAAGAGGGAAACCAGCAGGGUCAUGUGGUCCAUUAUCUCAGAGAAAUUGGUCGACUGCAUUGUUAACGUGCCCAGACUCAUCCAGGGCAAUGAGUACAUCUUCAGAAUCCGUGGAGUCAACAAGUAUGGCGUCGGAGACCCACUGGAGUCUGAACCUAUAAUCGCAAAGAAUGCAUUUGUUGCUCCUAGCGAGCCAUCCAAGCCUAAAGUGACUAUGAUCACCAAGUCUACCAUGACAGUGAUCUGGGAAAGACCGGCGUUGGAUGGAGGCAGCGACAUCGACGGCUACUACCUGGAGAAGAGGGAGAAGAAGAGUCUGCAGUGGUUCAAGGUGGUGAAGGGCACCAUCAGAGACACCAGGCAGAAAGUCACCAACCUGACGGAGAACAACGAGUACCAGUACAGAGUUUGUGCUGUCAACAAGGCUGGAGCAGGAAACUACUCGGAGGCUUCUGACCUCUACAAGGCCUACGACCCCAUCGAUCUCCCUGGUGAGCCAUCCAAGCUGCGUGUGGUGGACUCCACAAAGACCUCCAUCACCCUCGGCUGGGAGAAGCCCGUCUAUGAUGGCGGCAGUGAAGUCACACACUACAUUCUGGAGCAGAUGAACACAGAGGAAAGAGAAUGGGUGAUCACUAACUCAACGAUCAAGACCUGCGAGUAUGUGGUAUCUCACCUCAAACCAGGAACCUACUACUUCUUCAGAGUCUUUGCUGUCAACACCAAGGGCAAAGGAGAAGACAUCAAAAUGUACCAGCCUGUGCAAGCCAAAGAUAUUUUGGAGGAGGCUGAUUUGGACUUGGACGUUCCGAUGAAGACCCACUACACAGCCAGGGCCGGCCGUGACGUGGAAGUGUUUAUCCCCCUGAAGGGACGCCCCACCCCCAAUGUCACAUGGCGCCGCAGCGACCGCAACAUUUCUGCUGACAACCGCUACACAAUCACCAGCACUGAGCGAGCCACCACACUCCUCAUCCCCAAGGUCACCCGCGAUGACCGCGGCAAGUACCUGCUGGAGAUUGAGAAUGGCGUGGGAGAACCCAAGAUAAUCACCGUUUCCCUGAAGGUUCUGGACAGUCCAGCCACCUGCCAGAAACUGAUGGUCAAGAACGUGACGAGAGGAAAGCUGACCCUCAGCUGGGAGGCGCCUCUCAUUGAAGGCGGGUCCCCUGUCACUCAUUACAUUGUGGAGAAAAAGGCCUCCACCAUGAAGGCUUACCAGGUGAUCAAUGCCGAGUGUGCCAACACAACUUACAAGGUGUCAGGCCUGGAGGAGGACAUAGCUUACUUCUUCCGUGUGUCUGCUGAAAAUGAGUACGGUGUGGGCGACACCUGCGAAACCACUGAGCCUGUAAGAGCCACGGAGACACCUGGAGCUGUAAAGAACCUGGUGAUGGCGGACUCUACAAAGAACUCUGUUACCCUGCAGUGGGCUAGACCUGACCACGAUGGCGGCAGCCACAUCACCGAAUACAUCAUUGAGAAGAGAACCAGGGAAGAGGCCACCUGGAAUUUGGGAGCAACAUGCAAGCGCUUGAACUGUGAGGUGACGGGACUCAAGCAGGACGCUGUCAUGGACUUCAGAGUGUUUGCCAAGAAUGAGAAGGGCAACAGUGACUUCUCCAUGAUUACUGAUAUCACAGUGAUGGACUUCAUCAUUCAACCCGAAGCCAGUCUCAGUGACUAUCCCAAAGGCGAGCUUGCUGUUCGUAUUGGUCAGAACAUCCACAUCGAGUUGCCCUUCAAGGGUAAACCAAGACCUGCAAUCAGCUGGCUAAAGGAUAACUUGCCUCUGAAGGAAUGUGAUAAGAUUCGCUUCAGGACUACUGACAACAAGACCGCAGUCACAGUCAGAGGAGUCAAGAAGGAGCAUGCCGGCCAGUACACCUUGGUUCUGGACAACAGAGUCAUAAAGAACUACUUUGACAUUAAUGUGAUCACUCUGGGUCCCCCAUCAGUGCCUGUCGGACCCAUCCGCUUCGAUGAAAUUAAAGCUCAAAGUAUCAUCAUUUCCUGGGAUAAGCCGAAGGAGGACGGAGGUGGUGAGAUCACCUGCUACAGUGUGGAGAAACGUGAGACUUCUCAUGCCAACUGGAAAAUGGUCUGCUCCAGUGUUGCCAGGGCCACCUUCAAGAUUCCCAACCUGGUAAAGGGAACUCAGUACCAGUUCAGAGUCCGUGCAGAGAACAAAUAUGGAGUUAGUGAAUCACUCACCUCCUCAGAAAUUGUUGCCGAACACCAGUACAAACCUCCAGGGCCAGCAGGAAAGCCAGUUUCCUUCAACGUCACCAGUGAUGGUAUGACAAUCAGGUGGGAGGCCCCAGGCUUCGAUGGAGGAUCCCCCAUUCUGGGCUAUCAUGUUGAAAAGAAGGACAGGAACAGCCUCUUGUGGCAAAAGGUGAACUCCACCAUCAUCUCCAACAAGGAGUACAGGAUCAUUGGUCUCAUAGAGGGCCUGGAGUACUCCUUCAGAGUCUAUGCUGAGAACAAGGCCGGACUGAGCCCUGUUAGUGAACAGAGCAAACAUGCGCUCGCUAUCGCCCCUGUUGAUCCACCUGGCAACCCUCAAUGCAUCGAUGUAACCAGAGACUCAGUCACCCUGCAGUGGGACAUCCCCAAGAAGGAUGGUGGCAGCAAAAUUGUUGGCUACAGUGUGGAGAGGCGCCAAGGGAGAGGCAAAUGGCUGCGAUGCAAUUUCACUGAUAUCUGCGAGACUCAGUUCACUGUGACUGGUCUGUCUGCUGGAGACAGAUUUGAGUUUAGAGUCAUCGCCAGGAAUGCUGUGGGCACAGUCAGUCCACCAUCUAACUCCUCUGGAUACAUUAUGACCAAGGAUGAGAGCAUUACUCCUGAGAUCGAGUGGUCUCCACACCAGGUGGUCACCCUGAAGGCUGGUGAGAACAUUACCCUCAACUGCACCAUCACUGGACGUCCCGUCCCCCAGGUUGUCUGGUAUAAGGAUGGCAAAGAGAUUGACAAGAGGACCAUGUAUGACAUCGAGAUUACCACUGGCAUUGGCACCAGCAGUCUUUUUGUUCGUGAAGCUGACAGGAACCACCGUGGCAUCUACACCAUAGAGGCCAAGAACAGUUCGGGUGCCAGGAAAGCUGAUGCCAACGUCAGAGUACAAGACACCCCCGGACCUGUUGACGGUCCCAUCCGUUUCACCGGUAUCACGGCUGAGAAGUGCACCGUGUGGUGGAACCCGCCAGAAAACGACGGCUGUGCUGCCAUUACCCACUACGUGGUGGAGAAGAGGGAGACAUCCCGGAUCUCCUGGGCCUUGAUCACUUCCAAAUGCGAAGCCUGUUCUUACAAUGCUGCCAACCUCAUCAAGGGCAAUGAAUACCAGUUCAGAAUCUCUGCUGCCAACAAGUUAGGCAUUGGCAAACCACUGGACUCUGAUCCCAUCAUCGCCCAGAUGCAAUACACUGUGCCUGAUGCCCCUGGUACCCCAGAUGCCACCCAUGUGACUGGAAACAGCAUCACCACGUGCUGGACCAGGCCAAGGUCCGAUGGAGGUAAUGAGAUCAAACACUACAUCCUGGAGAGGAGAGAGAAGAAGAGCCUGCGCUGGGUGAAGGUCUCCUCCAAGAGGCCCAUCACUGAGCUAAGACACCGUGUCCUUAACCUCACUGAGGGCAACGAGUACGAGUUCCGCGUCAUGGCUGAAAAUGGUGCUGGAAUCGGACCGUCCAGCAGUACUUCCAGGCUCUUCAAAUGCAAGGAACCAACCAGUGCUCCCAGUGCCCCCACAUUAAUAAAGGUCGCUGACUCCACCAAGUCCUCUGUCACCGUGGAGUGGACCAAGCCAGUCUUCGAUGGUGGCUUGGAAAUCAUUGGCUACAACAUUGACAUGUGCAAGGCCAGUCUGGAGGAGUGGCACAGAGUCAACAACCAGCUUUGCCACGACACCAGAUACACUUCUAAGGGAUUGGUGCCUGGAGAGUUCUACAAGUUCAGGGUCAGUGCUGUGAACGGAUCUGGAGAGGGCGACGCCUCAGUGCUGGCAAGCGCUGUUCAGGCUCUGGACAGACUUACAUCUCCUGAGAUCGAACUCGAUGCCAACUUCAAGCAGACUCACAUUGUGAAGAAUAGUGGCAUUGUUACCCUUCAAGUUGCCUUCCGAGGCAAACCAGCUCCUCUCGCCACCUGGUCCAAGAUAGAUGGUGAGCUGCCUGUUAUGGGCGAUAUCAACACCACAGAUUCCUCCUCUACUCUCACCAUCGAGGGUUGCACGAGGUACGAAGCGGGCAAAUACGUCCUGUCCCUGGAGAACAACAGCGGGCGCAAGUCCAUCACGUUCACUGUCAAAGUGCUGGACACGCCUGGACCUCCGGGAGCUAUCGCCUUCAAAGACGUUAUCCGCGGAGCCUUGACUGUUAUGUGGGAUGCCCCUGCCAAUGACGGCGGAGCCCGAAUCCAUCACUACAUUGUUGACAAGCGCGAGGCCAGCCGUCUUGCCUGGCAGGAAGUCAGCACCAAGUGCUCUCGCCAGAUGAUUAGGGUAACUGGUCUGGAUAUUGGUCUGCCAUAUGUGUUCAGGGUGAUUGCUGUAAACCAGUAUGGCCAGGGAGAACCUCAUGAAAUGACUGAGCCCAUCAUUGCCACAGAGGAACCCGCACCACCCAAAAGACUGGAUGUUGUCGACACCACCAACUCCACAGCCUCCCUGGUAUGGCUGAAGCCCGAGCAUGACGGAGGCAGCCGCAUCAGAGGCUACAUCAUUGAAUUCAGAGCUAAAGACACUGACCGCUGGGUUGUUGGUGGAGAGACCAAAUCCCAGAAGAUGCUGUUGGAGGGUCUGAUUCACAACACAGAGUAUGACUUCAGAGUCAAGGCCAAGAACGACGCUGGAAUCAGCGAGCCUCAGGCCACCUUCAGCUCUGUGGUCAUUAAAGAGCAAUGCAUCGAACCAACCGCUGACCUCAGCAGCAUCACCAACCAGCUCAUCACCUGCAAGACCUCCAACACCUUCACAAUUGACAUCCCCAUCAGCGGCAGGCCAGCACCAAAGGUCACCUGGAAGCUGGAGGAGAUGAAGCUCAAGGAGACGGACAGAGUCUUGAUCAAAACCACAAAGGAGAGCACCACUUUGGUGGUGAAAGACAGCAAGAGAAGCGACAGCGGCAAGUACUACCUGACCCUGGAGAACGUUGCUGGUGUGAAGACGUUCACAGUGACCGUAGCUGUUGUUGGCCGACCAACUCCACCCACGGGCCCUGUGGAAAUCUCUGGAGUCUCCUCAGAGUCCUGCAACCUGGCCUGGUCCGAGCCAGCUGACGAUGGCGGCAGUGACAUCAGCAACUACAUCGUGGAAAAACGAGAGUCCGGCUCUGCCUCUUGGCAAGUAGUGAACUCCAGUGUAAAGAGAACCACCAUCAAAGUGACUCACCUUACCAAGUAUAUGGAGUACACCUUCAGAGUCUGCGCUGAGAACAAGUUUGGAGUCAGCAAGUCCACCGAAUCUGCUGCUGUUGUGAUUGAGCAUCCAUUCGUUGCUCCAAGUCCUCCAACUCGUCCAGAUGUGGUAUCUGUGUCCGCCAACGCCAUCAGCAUCAAAUGGGACUUGCCGUAUGACGAUGGUGGCAGCAAGGUGUCGGGCUACUGGAUCGAGAAAAAGGAGAGAAACACGAUCCUGUGGGUGAGGGAGAACAAGCUGCCCUGCCUGGAGUGCCACUACAAGGUGUCCAGCCUGAUCGAGGGCCUGGAGUACCAGUUCAGGGUGUACGCCAUGAACAUCUCCGGAUUCAGCAAGGCCAGCGAGGCUUCCAGACCCGUGGUGGCACUCAAUCCUGUUGAUCCUCCUGGUAAACCUGAGGUGACAGACAUCACCCGGUCCUCCGUGUCCUUGUGCUGGACCGUGCCUCUCAACGAUGGCGGCAGCAGGAUCGUUGGUUACGUGGUGGAGAGGAAGGUCCACAGCACGGAUGAGUGGGACGACAACCGCUGGCUCAAGUGCAACUACACCACCAUCAGUGAGAACUACUUCACCGUCACCAACCUGGGAGAGGGAGAGACCUUUGAGUACCGCGUUAUCGCCAAGAAUGCAGCCGGUGUCCAAAGUGCACCCUCAGAGGUCACCGGACCGGUCACAUGCAAGGAUGAGUACUCUCCUCCGAAAGCAGAGCUGGACAGUAAGCUGGUGGGUGAGACCAUCACGGUCAAUGCCGGCUCAGACCUGAUCCUGGACGGCGCCGUGGGCGGUAAACCGGAGCCCACAGUCUACUGGUCGAAGGGCGACAAGAUUCUAGAGCUCGGCGAGAAAUACUCGCUGACCUACACCGCUACCAGAGCCAUGGCCGUCAUCAAGAACUGCGACAGAUAUGACACGGGCAGAUACAUCCUGACCGCCAAGAACGCCGGCGGAAUCAAGACCGCAGUCGUCAGCGUUAAAGUUCUGGACACUCCUGGAGCUCCGACUGAUAAGAUCGCCAUCAGCAGAGUGACGGAGGAGAAGUGUACGGUGUCCUGGAAGAUCCCUCUGGAGGACGGUGGAGACCUCGUCACCCAUUACAUCGUGGAGCGCCGCGAGACCAGCCGACUCAACUGGGUCAUCAUGGAGACCGAGUGCAAGACGCUGUCGUGUGUCAGCUCCAGGCUGAUCAAGAGCAACGAGUACGUCUUCAGAGUCAGAGGAGUCAACAAGUUCGGCCCCGGAGUUCCUCUGGAGUCCGAACCCGUCAUCGCCAGGAAUGCCUACACCUUCACGUCCCAGCCGGGCACUCCGGAGGUCACAGCGGUGGGUAAGGAGCACGUCGUCAUCGAGUGGCUGAAGCCCGAGAGCGACGGAGGCAGCGAGAUCAAAACCUACCUGGUGGACAAACGAGAGACGAGCAGCACCAGGUGGACUCGUGUGAAUAAGAAUUACACCAUCUACGAUACCCGUCUGAAGAUCACGGGCCUGCUGGAGGGAAGCGAGUACCAGUUCAGGGUGACGGCUGUCAACGCUGCCGGAGACAGCCAGCCGAGCGACGCCUCACCGUACAUCCUCUGCAAAGAACCCACAUAUACCCCAGCUCCUCCAUCAAUGCCUCGUAUCACCGACACGACCAAGCACAGCAUCAGCAUGACCUGGACCAGGCCCAUGUACGACGGCGGCUCGGACGUCAGCGACUACGUGGUGGAGAUCCUGGAGGAGGGCACCGAGCAGUGGUACCGCGCCACCGCCAAAGCCCUCAAGACCAACGAGUACGUGGCCGCCGGCCUGGCAUCCAACAAGAAGUACAGAUUCAGAGUAGCUGCCAUCAACAGCAAAGGGACCGGGGAGUUCAGUGAACCCAGCGCUGAGGUUGAGCCGCUGGAGAAAAUCGAAAUGCCCGACCUGGAGCUGGCCGACGACCUGAAGAAGACGGUGUGUCUGCGCGCCGGAGGAACUAUGCGCCUGGUUGUGUUUGUCACCGGCCGGCCAGCACCAGUGGUGGCCUGGAGGAAGACGGGUGUGGAGCUGCAGAGCCGCGGCUACAUUGAACACACCGACAGCUUCACCGCACUGACGGUGGAGAAGAUCAACCGCUAUGACUCCGGAAAAUAUGUUGUGGAGGCGGAGAACCCGUCUGGCAAGAAGACCGCCACCAUCCUGGUUAAAGUCUACGACACUCCUGGUCCUCCAAGUUCUGUGAACGUGAAGGACUACACUAAGGAGUCGGUUGUGAUCACCUGGGACGUCCCAAGCAUCGACGGCGGUGCUCACGUCAGUAACUACAUUGUAGAGAAGCGUGACGCCAACAUGAAGACAUACAAGACUAUCACCACUGAAUGUAGGAAGACCCUGUUCAGGAUCACCGGUCUGGAGCAGGGAGUACACUACUUCUUCAGAGUCCUGCCCGAGAACAUCUAUGGUGUUGGGGAGCCCUGUGAGACAUCCGAGGCCGUGCUGCUGUGCGAGGUACCGUCGGUGCCUCAGGACCUCCGGGUUGUGGAUGUCACCAAGUCCUCCGUCACACUGCACUGGUUGAAGCCGCUGCACGACGGCGGCAGCAGGCUGACGAGCUUCGUCGUGGACGCCUGCAAGGUGGGGACAGACAGGUGGAGCGUCGUGGCAACAGUCAAGGCCUCAGUGUCCCAGCACACCAUCCAGUCUCUGACCGAGAACGACCAGUACCUCUUCAGGGUGCGAGCCACCAACAGCAAGGGAGCCAGCGAGACGAUGGACACCGUCACUCCUGUCGUCAUCCAGGAUAUCAAGGUGAUGCCCAAGAUCGACAUGACCAGCAUCCCUCAGAAGAUCGUCCACGUGCACCGCGGCAAACCCAUCGACUUCAACAUCCCCAUCAAGGCCAGACCGCAGCCGGUCUGCUCCUGGUCCUUUGGCGGCGUUAAACUGAAGGACAGCCUGGACCGUAUCAAGAUCGACAGCAACGGAAAAUACACCCACCUCGUCAUCCGCGAGACCACCAUCAACGACACGGGAAACUACUCGCUUGAGGUGAAGAACGCUGUUGGAAUGGCAACUGAGGUCAUCAAGGUCAUCAUCCUCGACAAACCAGGCGUCCCAGUCGGUCCGGUGAAGAUCGAGGAGAAUGACGGCGUGUCGGUGACGGUCAGCUGGGAACCUCCAGAGAAAGACGGCGGUUCCAACGUCAGCGGCUACGUGGUGGAGCAGCGCGACGCCCACCGGCCAGGUUGGCUCACCAUCUCAGAGUCAGUGACCCGACCCUGCUUCAAGUUCACCAGACUUACCGAGGGAACAGAGUACGUGUUCCGCGCUGCCGCCAUGAAUCGCUUCGGUGUUGGCGGCUUCCUGCAGUCUGAGGUGGUGGAGUGCAAGAGUGCUAAGACCAUCCCUGGUCCUCCAAGCUGUCCAGAGGUGAUUGAUGUCACCCACGAGGGUAUGACCCUGACCUGGCAACCACCCGAGGACAACGGUGGCUCAACCAUUGCCGGCUACAUCGUCGAACGUAAGGAGGCGCACUCUGACAGGUGGAUGAAGAUCAACAAGAACCCUGUAACCAUGACCAGGUACCGCUCUUCUGGCCUGAUAGAGGGCCUGGAGUACGAAUACCGUAUCACCGCCAUCAACUCCAGAGGAGCUGGCAAACCCAGCGAGAGCUCAGCCGUCAACGUUGCCAUGGAUCCCAUCGAGCCUCCAGGUCCUCCAGUUCAGCCCACCGUCACAGAUACCACCAGGACCUCCGUCUCUCUGGCCUGGCAGCCACCUGAAGAAGAGGGUGGUUCUGUCAUCACUGGUUACUUCAUCGAGAUGCAGAAGGUGGACCAGGUGGAAUGGACACUGUGCAACACCACGCCCACCAAGAUGUGCGAGUACACGCUCACCCACAUGCCCCAGGGCGCCGAGUACAAGUUCAGGGUCAUCGCCUGCAACGCUGGUGGUUCUGGAGAGCCUGCUGAUAUUCCUGGAGUGGUUAAAGUCCAGGAGAUGCUCGGUCAUCCCGACUACGAGCUCGAUCAAAAAUACGCGGAGGGCUACGUGGUGCGGCAGGGCGGAGUCGUCCAUCUGUCUGUGCCCAUCAAGGGUAAACCCAUCCCUAUAUGCAAGUGGACCAAGGACGGUCGGGACAUCUCCCACCGGGCCAUGAUCGCCACCCAUGAUGACAUCACCGAACUGGUCAUCAAAGAGGCGCACAAAGACGACACCGGCACCUACGACCUGGUGCUGGAGAACAAAUGUGGCAGGAAGGCCGUAUACAUCAAGGUGAAGGUGAUCGGUCGCCCUGACAUCCCAGAAGGCCCUCUGGAGUUUGAUGACAUUCAGGCCAGAUCGGUCCGGGUCAGCUGGAGGCCACCGUCAGAUGAUGGCGGCUCCGACAUUCUGGGAUACAUCGUGGAAAGGCGAGAGGUACCCAAGGCUGCCUGGUGUACCGUAGACUCCCGGGUAGCUGAGACCUCUCUGGUGGUGAAGGGCCUGAAGGAGAAUGUGCAGUACCACUUCAAGAUUUCUGCCGAGAACCAGUUCGGCGUCAGCAGAUCUCUCAAGUCUGAGGAGGCUGUUACACCGAAAACACCACUUUGCCCACCAGAGCCUCCCAGCAACCCACCAGAGAUCAUGGACGUGACCAAGACCACGGUGACUCUGUCCUGGGCCCGACCCCGGGACGAUGGAGGCUCCCGCGUCACAGGGUACUACGUGGACAGGAGAGAGGUGUCGACGGAGAAGUGGGUCCGACACAACAAGACCCACAUUACCACUACCAUGUACAACGUCACCGGUCUGAUCCCUGAUGCAGAGUAUAUGUUCAGAGUGGUGGCUCAGAACGACAUUGGGCUGAGCGAGCCUGGUCUUGCUUCAGAGUCCGUGGUCUGCAAAGAUCCAUUUGACAAACCUAGCCAACCAGGAGAGAUCGACAUCAUCUCCAUCACCAAAGACUGCAUCACCAUCCACUGGCUCAGGCCAGAGCAUGACGGUGGAAAGGAGAUUCUGGGCUACUGGAUUGAGUUCAGGCAGGCGGGAGAAAGUGCCUGGAAGAAGUGCAACAAGGAGCGCUCCAAAGAUCGUCAGUUCACCAUGGGCGGUUUGAUGGAGGCCACCGAGUACGAGUUCAGAAUCUUCGCUGAGAACGUGACUGGACUCAGCCGACCUCGCCGCACACCCAUGGGCAUCAAGACCAAACUGAGCGUUGGUGAGGCUCCAGCUAUGAAGGACGAGAUCGAGGACGUAACCACCAAGCUUGGUGAGUCCGGCACUCUCACCUGUGGCAUCAUUGGCAGACCUCUGCCUGAGAUCAAAUGGUACCGCUACGGCAAGGAACUGAUCCAGAGCCGCAAGUACAAGAUGAGCUCAGAUGGCCGUAACCACUCUCUCAGCAUCCUGACGGACGAGCAGGAAGACGAGGGCAGCUACACCUGCAGGGCCGUCAACGAAGCCGGAGAGGUCGAGACCAGUGGCAAACUGCGACUGCAGGCGGCGCCUCAGUUCCACCCUGGUUUCCCUAUGAAAGAGAAGUAUUUUGCCGGGGCCAGCACCAGCCUUCGCCUCCAUGUCGUCUACAUUGGACGUCCCAUCCCCAAGAUAAUGUGGUUCUAUGACAAGAAGCCUCUGAACGCAUCCGAGAAUGUUAUUAUUGAAAACACUGAAAGCUACUCCCACCUGGUGGUGAGGAACGUCCAGAGGAAGACCAACGCUGGCCGCUACAAGGUGCAGCUUAGCAACGUGUACGGAACCGUCGACACUAUGCUCCGCGUUGAAAUCCAAGAUAAACCAUGCAUCCCCGAGGGCCCUAUUGUUGUUGACGCCCUGCUGAAGAGCUCAAUUGUUAUCAGCUGGAAUUCUCCAAAGGACGACGGCGGCUCCAUGAUCACCAACUACAUUGUGGAGAAACGUGAGGCCAAAGAAGGCGAGCAGUGGCACCUGGUGUCUUCCUCCAUUUCUGGCACCAACUGCCGUGUCCCCAACCUGAUAGAGAGCGCCGGCUACUACUUCAGAGUCUCUGCCAAGAACCAGUACGGAGUCAGUGAGUCUCUGGAGAUCCCAUCGGUGGUCAUCGUUAAGAGUCCAUUUGAAAAACCUGGCAUCCCACAGCAGCCCUUCAUCAUCAGCUCCACCAAGGACUCGUGUGUGGUCUGCUGGAAGCCUCCAAGCAGCGACGGUGGAGCUAAAAUCUCCAGCUACUACUUGGAGAAACGUGAGAAGAAGCAGAACAAGUGGAUGUCAGUAACCAGCAAGAAGAUGGUGGAGACCAGUUUCGAGGUCACAGGCUUGAUCGAGGGCUUUGAGUACGAGUUCCGUGUCAAGUGUGAGAACUUGGGCGGUGAAAGCGACUGGAGUGAGAUCUCAGCGCCGAUCAUCCCCAAGUCCGACCAGUCUCCUUGUGCUCCCGCGUUCAGGGAGGAGAUCAGGGACAUAACCGCCAAAUACCAAGCCAAUGCCACCUUUGUCACCAAGGUGGUGGGACAUCCCAAACCUUUGGUGAAAUGGUACCGCAGUGGAAAAGAGAUAGAGGCAGAUGGAACCAAGAUUAAAGCCCAGGAGUUCAAGGGAGGCUACUACCAGCUGGUCAUCACUGCCGCUGAUGAGACCGAUGCCACAGUUUACCAAGUCAGAGCAACCAACUCCUCAGGAUCCAUCUCUACAACAGCCAACCUGGAGGUGGAAGUUCCUGCUAAGAUCCACCUGCCGAAGGAGCUCCAGGGAAUGGGAGCAGUCCAUGCUGUCCGUGGUGAUAACAUCACCAUCAAGAUCCCCAUCUCUGGCAAGCCUGAGCCAGCAAUCAUUUGGCAGAAGGGUCAGGAGAUCCUCUCCAACUCUGCUCAUCACCAAAUCAUCACCACCAGGUCUUUCACCUCCCUGGUGUUCCUGAAGGGAAUGGAGAGGAAGGAUACUGGCUACUACGCUAUAACAGCAAAGAACAGGUUCGGAACGGACAAGCAAACCAUUGAGGUGAACGUGGCUGACAUACCUGAUGCUCCAAAGGGUCUGGUCGUCAGCGACAUUGCUCGGGACUCCAUCACCUUGACCUGGGAGCCACCUGCCAAUGAUGGUGGAAGCGACAUCAUUAACUACAUUGUGGAGAAGUGUCCCACCACUGCUGACAGGUGGAUCCGUGCUGGACAGACCGCUGACUGUAGCAUUACCAUCAUCAACAUAUUCGGAAAGACCAAGUACCAGUUCCGUAUCAUCGCUGAAAACCAGUUUGGCCAGAGCUCUCCUUCUCAGCCAACAGAGCCCAUCACCACAAAGGAAGACAAGUCUGUGAUUCGGAACUAUGACGAGGAAGUGGACGAAACCAGAGAGGUCACCAAGGAGGAGGCUCUGUUCUACAAGGUGAAGGAGCUGUCCUCCAAGUACGUCAUCUCUGAGGAACUUGCUCGCUGCCAGUUUGGAGUGGUCCACCGCUGCACAGAGAUUGCCACAAAGAAGACCUUCAUGGCCAAGUUUAUCAAGGUCAAAGGAACUGACCGUGAGUUGGUUCUCAGAGAAAUUGAAGCCCUCAAUGCAGCAAGGCACAUGAAUAUCAUCUACCUGCAUGAAUACUUUGAAAGCAUGGAGGAGAUCAUCCUGAUCUUUGAAUUCAUGUCUGGAGUUGACAUCUUCGAGCGCCUUGGCACCUGCAACUUCGAGCUUACGGAGCAGGAGAUUGUCCGCUACCUGAGACAAGUCUGCUCUGCCCUCAAGUUCAUGCAUAGCCACAACUUCGGCCACUUUGAUAUCCGCCCCGACAACAUUGUCUACACCACAAGGAGAAGCACCACCAUAAAGAUCAUUGAGAUGGGCCAGGCUAGGCUACUGGUGCCAGGAGAAAACGUUAGAAUGCCGUUCUCAGCUCCGGAAUACUGUGCCCCUGAGAUCCACCGUCACGACAUGGUCACGACAGCCACUGAUAUGUGGUCUGUUGGUGUAAUGGCCUACGUUUUGCUCAGUGGCCUGAAUCCGUUUGGGGCAGAGUCCACUACUCAGAUGAUUGAGAACAUCUCCAACUGUGAAUACAUCUUUGACAGUGAAGCAUUUAAGGACAUCAGCCUGGAGGCUAUGGACUUUGUCGACAGACUGCUGGUCAAAGACAGGAAGCUCCGUAUGACAGCCCAUGAGGCUCUGGAGCACCCAUGGCUCAAGAUGAAGAUUGAGAAUGUCAGUAGCAAGGUCAUUAGGACAUUGAAACACAGAAGGUACUACCAGUCUCUGGUAAAGAGGACCGAUACCAUUAUAGCGGCAGCUCGUGUUGCCUAUGGUGGCGCCUUCAAGAACCAGAGAGGAUUGGCAGUGGGUAAAGUGAAGAUUGGAAUUGAGUACCAUGGCAUUCGCACUGGCCCAGUCAUGCAUGGCUCCGCUGAAGAAGGCGGUCACGUCAGAUUCACUUGUAGCAUCACCAACUACGACAAGAGUACUCAGGUGUCAUGGUACCACGGUAACCGUCAGCUACACGCAAGCGCCAAGUAUGAAAUUACUUACACUAAUGGUUUUGCCAGCAUCUAUGUCAAGGACAUUGACGAGAGUGAUGAUGGUGUGUACAGAUGCAAGGUGGUGAGUGAUGAUGGAGAGGACAGUGCUUACGGAGAGCUCUUUGUUGAGACAGUGAGGAGCAUCAAAGAGUACUAUAUUAGCCGCUCCAUCAAGAAGCUGAGGAGGAGAGUUGACAGGACUAAACUCCUGCAGAGGCCGCCAGAGUUUACUUUGCCUCUCUACAAUCGCUCUGCCUACAUUGGCGAAGAUGUGCGCUUCGGUGUCACUAUCACUGUGCACCCGGACCCUCACGUAACAUGGCUAAAGAAUGGGGAGAGAAUCAAGCCAGGUGAAGAUGACAGGAAGUACACGUUCACCAGUGAUAAGGGUCUGUACCAGCUGAUGAUCCACAACCUGAGUUUGGACGAUGAUGCAGAAUACACUGUCAUGGCCCACAACAAGUUUGGAGAAGACAGCUGCAAGGCCCGUCUCACUGUGACACCUCAUCCUGUAACUGAGGAAACUAUGAGGCCGAUGUUCAAACGUCUGCUGGCUAAUGUUGAUUGUGUCGAGGGAUACAGCAUCCGCUUCGAGCUCAGAGUCUCAGGAAGCCCGACUCCUACUCUGAAAUGGCAGAAGGACGGGCAUUCACUAGAGUUCGGUCCCAAGGUUGUUGUCAUACAGGAGGACGUUGACUACCACGUCUUGCACAUCAGAGAUACUCUGUUCGAGGACGCCGGUGUGUACAAGGUUACCGCAACCAACUCUGCUGGCUCUGCAAGCUGCCAGGCUAAACUGAAUGUGGACCGCCUUACCUACACCAGGAGAGAGUAUAAGAGCGAGGAGGAGAAAUACAGACAUGUACAGAAACAAAUUGAAAAGACUAACAAGAUGGCUCUGCAAAUUGUUGCCACCGAGGAGCUCGUACCUUUCAACCCCACAGCCCAGAAUGCACUCAAAUUCGCUGCAGAGAUGUACAAGCCUGCAGUAAGCACCAAGAACGUUGAGGGCGAGUUUGACAUCUCGGUAGAGAAGUCCGUGACCAAGAAGCUGGAGGAGGAGAGGAGGAUCUUCAUGCCUUAUGAGAUCCCUGAGCCUCUGGUCCAUGAUCCCAGAAAUCUGGAUGAGGACAAAGCCAUCAAACAGUUUGUGCCUCUCUCUGACAUGAAGUGGUACAGAAAACUUAGGGACCAGUAUGAGGUUUCAGAGAAGAUGGAGAGGAUUGUGCAGAAGAGGCAGAGACGUAUUCGCCUGUCCAGGUGGGAGCAGUUCUAUGUCAUGCCCCUCCCUAGAAUCACCGACCAGUACAGGCCAAGAUGGCGUAUUCCAAAACUCACUCUGGAUGAUUUGGAGACUGUCAGGCCCGCCCGCUGUUCAUUUUAUCCUGAAUCCGAGAUCUCCUUCAGAUCCAGAAGGAGAUCUCUGGGAGCCAUUAUUGAUGAGGAGCUGCUGAUGCCUGUGGAUGACUACCUUUCCGUGAGGAGAACCGAGGAGGAGAAAAUGAUGCUGGAGGAUGAACUGGAGCUAGGCUUUUCUGCCUCUCCCACCCGCAGUCCUGUACACAUGGAGCGGCGUGCCGUGGAACUUGAAGAGAGCAGGCAGGAGGUGCGGUACGAGGCUGUCGAGGUCGCUAAAACAAAGAAGAAACGCACCAUUUCUCAGUUCACGAGGAGGAGAAGGUCACUUUCUCCCACGUACAUCGAGCUCAUGCGUCCAGUCUCAGAGCUGAUCAGACCGUCACGUUCCAGGCUGCCUGUGGAAGUAGAGGGCGAGGUCGUGUUGAGGAGGUCCCCCACCCCUGAGAGGACCCGUCCUCGCUCUCCCAGCCCCAUCAGAUCCGUUGAGAGGUCAUCCCGCUCCUCCUCCAGGUUCGAGCGGUCCGCCCGCUUUGACAUCAUGUCACGCUAUGAGGCCAGAAAGGCUGCCCUGAAGUCCGAGAGGAAAUAUCAGGUGGUUAGCCAGACACCUUUCAGCCUGGACCACACGCCCCGUGUGACCGUCAGGAUGCGCUCUCAUCGCAUACCGAUUGGCCAAGACACCAAAUUCACCCUGAACAUACAAAGCAAGCCAGAGGCCGAGGUCAAGUGGCUCCACAAUGGAAAUGCAAUCACUGAAAGCGGUGAGAAAUAUGUCUUCACUAACAUGAGCGGUGUUCUGUCCAUCACUAUUCUGGACUGCCAGGAGGAAGACAGUGGCACAUACCGCUGUGUGUGCUCCAACUCCAAGGGAGAAGCUUCCGACUACGCCACCCUCGAUGUGUCAGGUGGCGGCUACACCACCUUCUCCUCUCGCCGCAGGGACGAGGAUGUUCCCAAAGGAUAUCUCCCUGAAGUCACUCGAAUCGACCACUAUCACACCACCCACUUCAAAGCUGGCUAUGCUUCCGAGUCCCACCUUCAGGUGGAGGAGAGCAAGUCUAAGCUCACCGAGACACAUGAGGUUUCAACCCGUGAAAGAUAUGCUGCCUCCUCUGAGAGAUACUCCUCUGCUGAGAGGUAUGAUUCAUCCAUCAAGUAUGCCUCUGCUGAAUACCUGUCAUCUGAUUCCUCCUACUCAUCGGAAAAGUUUUCUCUCACCGGGAAACGCACCUUGUCUGAAGCUAAAGUGAAGUCGUCUUCUGCUGCUGCUAUAUCUGAGGAAGUUGCUGUCCACAAGGUGAAGCCUUCUCUUCCUGCCAAAAUCCUCACCAAGCCCCAGUCUGUGACGGUUGCAGAGGGAGAGACAGCCAGAUUCUCCUGUGAUAUCGAUGGGGAGCCUGCACCAACUGUGACAUGGAUGCAAGAGAGCAGAGCCAUCGUCUCAUCUCACUGCAUCCAGGUCACCACCACUCAGUACAAGUCCUGCCUGGAGAUCUCUUCCGUGACAGCCUCCGAUGAGGGCAGUUACACGGUGGUGGUAGAGAACUCAGCAGGCAGACAGGAGGCUCACUUCACCUUGACCAUCCGCAGACCGGCUCCCAAAGAGGUCAAAGCUGUAAAGUCACCCACUUCCAGUGUGAAGUCACCAGAGCCUUCAGUCACAUCACGGGCUCCCUCCGUAGCUUCCCCAGUCCCGAGCAUCAAGUCGCCUGAGCCUUCAAUCAAAUCACCAGCUCCAAGUGUGAAGUCUCCUACUCCAAGUGUGAAGUCUCCAACGCCGAGUGUGAUGUCGCCAACACCGAGUGUGACGUCGCCAGUGCUGAGUAUAAAGUCGCCAAGUGUAAAAUCUCCUGAACCUGAGGGAGUUAAGUCACCACAGGGUAUGAAAUCUCCUGAACCCAGACACAAGUCACCACCACCAGCCAAGUCUCCGGAGAGAGUGAAGUCACCCGAACCUGCAGGAAUCAAAUCACCAGUAGGAGUCAAAUCUCCAGAACCUGCAGGAAUCAAAUCACCAGUAGGAGUCAAAUCUCCAGAACCUGCAGGAAUCAAAUCACCAGUAGGAGUCAAAUCUCCAGAACCUGCAAGAAUCAAAUCACCAAUAGGAUUCAAAUCUCCAGAACCUGCAGGAAUCAAAUCACCAUUAGGAUUCAAAUCUCCAGAACCUGCAGGAAUCAAAUCACCGGUAGGAUUCAAAUCUCCAGAACCUGCAGGAAUCAAAUCACCAGUAGGGGUCAAAUCUCCAGAACCUGCAAGAAUCAAAUCACCAAUAGGAUUCAAAUCUCCAGAACCUGCAGGAAUCAAGUCACCAAGAGGGAUCAAGUCACAGGAACCUUCAGGCAUUAAGUCACCGAGGGCCUUGAAGUCCCCUGAGCCCGAAGGAAUCAAAUCACCUCCGAGGGUGAAGUCUCCUCCUCCCAUCAUGUCCCCCAAGAGGGUUGUGUCUCCACCCACCAUCAAAUCCCCAAUCCCGAAACCUCCCAAGGUCCUGAGUCAGCUUAGGGCCGAGGCCAGCGAGGGCUCGGUGAGGAUGUCCUGUGUCUGCGAGAGCAGCGUCAGGGAGGUGGUGUGGUACAUGAACGGGAGGAGGCUUUCACAGAGUAGCCGCUUUGAAGCGCACUACUCCGAGGGCUCCUGCAGCCUUCUAAUCCACAACCUGGCAGACAGCGAUCAGGGAGAGUACAUCUGUGAGAUGACAUCAGAGGGAGGAGUCUCCAAAUCCUCCUUCUCCUUCAGCGGACAGGUGUUCCAGUCCAUGCGAAUGAAGAUCACAGCCUACCGAGAGCAGCAACUGGCACUUAAAGCGUCAGGAUCAAUGACGAUGAGUCACAAGGAGUCUUCUUCAUCCAUGAGCUCGUCCAUGAUGAUGAAGAAGGAAAUGCACGUGAUGGAGGAGUCGUCCUCCUUCUCCUCCUCCGCCCAGCAUGCCAUGAUGUCCUCCAUGAUGGAGUCCAGCUCCAUCAGUAGCAUGGCAGCUGAGAUGAAGCUUGAGACCAUGUCCAUGUCCAGCAUGUCCUCCAUGGCAUCUGAGACGUACGCCAUGAGCUCCGGCAGCUCCUCCCACAUGGAGGGAUCCUCGUUCAGAGCAAUCGGUUCUGCUCCCAGGAUCGAGGCUCUGCCGGAGGACAUCAGCAUCGAGCCGGGCAAAGUCCUGACUGUCACCUGCGCCUUUUCCGGCGACGCCAAACACAUCCAGUGGUCCCGCAGCGGCAGAACCAUCGAGGUGACGGCCGGCGGACGCUUCCACAUCGAUACCUCGGAAGACCUGACAACCCUCAUCAUCACCGGGGUGAAGGAGGAAGAUGCCGGGACUUACACCCUGAAGCUGUCCAACGAGCUCGGAUCCGACACGGCGACUGUUCACAUUAGCAUUCGAUCAGCGUAGAAACGAAAACAGAAAAAAAUAUCCAAACUUCCCCUUUUCCCUACUUCCAUGCCUUUUUAUUUAUUAAUCGAGCGAAAUAAUCUACGUGACAAAGAUCUGGAUUUCUGUUCUUGUAAAUAUGAACUAUUUUUGUACCAAUCUUGACAUUAAUUUAUGCCAAACUAGACUCAGAGUCUAACGUUGUUAUAAAAUGUGCCAUAUUGGAUAACUAUGACUUAGGAUUUUUGAUCCAUUUUUCUGUGACACAUGUACAUAAUGUAUAUAGCCGAAUUUAACGGUUAUGGGAAAUGUUAUUUAUGACAAUAAUAUUAACUGAAACUAAAAUGAAACUAAAAAUGUUUAAACAGGAGAAAGUUCCACGAGGAACGAAUACCCUGUUAAACGGAGAAACUAAACUCUGUGCCUCAACAUUACGUUGAAGUCUAAAGAUCGCCUCAACAGGUAGAGAGGCUCCCUGUUGACGUUAACUCAAUCGGAGACAGAACUUCGACGGCACCGCGUUGCUGUCGCUUUGUAACACGAGCGUGAGAUCCCGAGUGCUGUUUGCAUCUACCCUCAUGUAAGCAGAACGACCGGACCUCGCGCUCUGACUGAUUACGUCGUACCGCCAUUUCAAUGACACGCUCACAGUGCGAGCGGCCUGCACUCCCUGAGCACAAGUGUUUCUUUUUUUUCUUUUUUUGUGCUCUGCUUCUGGCAAACCGACCUGCUCGCUCGGGCUCUUCAGUCGCACCAUCGACCCGGCAAAUCACGGGAAAAAUAAGAGUCCGUCCUUGUUUUGCUCAUUUUGCAGAAGCAGAGCUGUCUCUCGGAGGUCUGCAGAGUGUUUGUGUGUUUAGAUUUUAGGAGUCAGUCAAGCUGGGCGCCGCCAGGCAGCCGAAAACCAACCAACCAACCACCGAACACCGCGUCUAAACGAGGACGGAGUGACGUGGCGGUGUCGCGUAGCGCUCAGCACUUUGCUUUGAUUGAAGUUAGAGUUGUUAGCGUUUCGCAGCCUCCUUGAGUUUUUCUCCAAUUAUUGAUUUAAUAAAGCAUGAUUAUCAGCACUACA